UCCCAGCCUCGCCUCGGGUGUAGGGAUUGCAGGGAGAAGCAAAACUACACCGUCUCAACCGUGUAGUUUUGUUUUUUUCGGCUAGAGGCUCAACCAUUCUCAUGUUGGGAUUGUUUAAAAUCAUACUCUGGAUAAGGACGUCGUUUAAGGAACUUACGUUUGGGCGCAGCCCACCCAGUUUAGGCACUCUUGUGCAAUCAGAGUGCCUUUAAAGAUGUCAACCAAAGCGCCGACGUUCACGCAGCCGUUACAAAGCGUUGUGGCACUGGAGGGUAGUGCCGCAACCUUUGAGGCUCACAUUAGUGGUUCCCCAGUUCCUGAGGUGAGCUGGUAUCGGGAUGGUCAGGUUAUUUCUGCUGCAACUCUGCCCGGUGUGCAGAUCUCAUAUAGCGAUGGCCGCGCUAAACUUGUGAUCUCCGCCGUGACAGCCGCUAACAGUGGAAGAUACACCCUACAAGCCACCAAUGGAUCUGGACAAGCAACUAGUACCGCUGAACUACUUGUAACAGCUGAAACAGCGCCACCCAACUUUUCACAACGACUACAGAGCACAACAGCAAGACAAGGAAGUCAAGUUCGACUUGACGUGAGAGUGACUGGAAUCCCUACACCUGUGGUGAAGUUCUAUCGGGAUGGAGCAGAAAUUCAAAGCUCCCCUGAUUUCCAAAUUUUACACGAAGGAGACCUCUACAGUUUAAUAAUUGCAGAAGCUUACCCCGAAGACUCCGGCACCUAUUCAGUAAAUGCCACAAAUAGCGUGGGACGAGCAACUUCAACAGCCGAACUUCUGGUUCAAGGUGAGGAAGAGGCUGUUCCCGCUAAAAAGACAAAGACAAUUGUUUCGACUGCUCAGAUUACACAAGCUACAAGACAAACUAGAGUUGAAAAGAAGAUAGAAGCCCACUUUGACGCCAGAACACUUGCAACUGCUGAGAUGGUUAUAGAAGCGAGUGCCACUGGGCAACAACUGCCACACAAGGCUCCUCCGCGGAUGCCACCGCGGCCUACCUCUAAAUCACCGACUCCGCCAAUAAGUGCUGCCAAAGUACAGAUGGCACGACAGCAGUCGCCAUCUCCGGUUAGACAGUCGCCAUCUCCUGUAAGACAUGUCAGAGCUCCAACACCAUCUCCAGUCAGGUCCGUGUCUCCUGCUGGGGUUGGGAGGCUCUCAGUCUCCACCUCACCCAUCAGGCCUGUGAAAUCCCCAAUCUUGGUGCGUAAAGCGCAGGCAGCGGCAGCGGAGGGUUCUGAGGUCCUUCCUCCUUGGAAGCAGGAAGGCUACGUUGCCACAUCUGAAACGAGAAUGAGAGACACCAGAAUAACGACAAGUACCACCCAGAUGAAGACUGAAGAGAGAUGGGAGGGGAGAUACGGUGUCCAGGAACAGAUCACUGUCAGUGGCACAGCUGCAGCGGCGGCUGCUAUCGGAGUUGGUGCUGCUGCCAGUACGGCUGCGGCUGCAGCAGCGGCAGCAGAGGGCACUGAGAAAACAGCAGCUGUUGCUACAGUAGUUGCUGCUGUAGACAUGGCCAGAGUGAGAGAACCUCAUCCAAGCGCUGUAGAACAGACUGCUAAAAGGACAGCAAUGGCUGCAGUACACAUUCAACCUGUCCAGGAGCAGAUUAAAAAGGAAGCUACCAUAGUUGUUACUACUGGUAAAGCCAGAGAACAAGAGGUAAUAUCAAGAACUAGAGAAGGAGUUGCUACUAAACAAGAACAAAUACACAUCACUCAUGAAAAGAUAAAAAAGGAACCAGUGAAAGUUCCUGUGCCCAAGGUAAUAAUUGCCGCCGACACUGUUAAGGCGCAAGAACAGAUUUCGCGAACCAGAGAAGAAAUUUCAACCGCAAGAGAACAAAUUCACAUCACUCAUCAUGAAAAGAUGAGGAAAGAAGUUGUGAAGCCUGUGAAACCUUCUGUACCUAAGGUUGUAAUUACAACUGAUAAACCCAAAGUGCCCACUACAGUAGUUAAAACCACAGAGGGGAUGGCUGCCAAACAAGAACAAGUCCACCUUAUCCAAGAAAAGAUAAGAAAGGAAGCCGAAAAAACUGUCGUAGCUCCGAAAAUCAUUGCUGUUGACAAACGCAGGGAGCAAGAGACAAUAUCGAGAGCUAGAGAAGAAGCCGCUGUCAAAAGAGAACAGAUACAUCUAGUUCACGAACAGAUUGGUGUUGGCAAAAGAGCUGAAGCUGUAGCCACAGUUGUUCACGCAGUUGACCAAGCACGCACUAGAGAACCAAGAGAGGCAGAUUAUGCGGAAGAAGCUUAUUCUGAACAGGCAGCUUUGGAACGUGGAUACAAAGAACAAACUUUAGCAAGACGCGUUGUUGAGUUGCCUCCAGAACAUCAUGUGGUCACCAGAGUAACGAAAACCGAGGAGGUUCAUGUUCCUCCUGAGAGGCACAUAACAGCUGCUGAAAAAAUGGGGAUGUCUGUCUCAACACAGAUUAAAAGGACUGCAGAAACGUCCGUCGAAAAAUCAAUCCAUGUGGAACACACACGUCCCCGCACAGCAAGCCCUCAUUUUACAGUUUCAAAAAUUUCUGUUCCUAAACCAGAUCACACUUAUGAGGUUUCAAUAGCAGGAUCUGCUAUAGCUACUCUGCAAAAGGAGUUGUCAGCAACUUCUGUUCCAAAGAUCACCAAACCUGUGAGGCCUCCUCUUGCAAAGUCACCCGAACCCAGAAUGCUGCCGGAGAAAGUAGCCUCCCCGCAGUUUCCUUUUGUAGAGACAGCUGACACCUAUCAGAAACGCUAUGGUGCUGAGAUGAAGAGAGAAAUAGGUGUGAGCAUGACAGGUGGCCUGAUGCAACGGGAACGCGUUGAAUUAAUGCAAGAAGGCGAACCAGAGGUGAUUGAAGCUCCUAGAGUUCCAGCGGUACCAGUAGAAGUUCCCGCCACACCUCCAUCCAUAGUAACAGUCUUGAAAAAUGUGACUGUCAUGGAGGGAGAGUCUGUCACUCUGGAAUGUCGCAUCUCUGCAUAUCCAGCACCAACCAUUUCGUGGUACAGAGAAGACUAUCGCAUCGAGAGUUCCAUAGAUUUUCAGAUUACCUUUGAGGCAGGAGUCGCUCGCCUUGUGAUUCGAGAAGCUUUUGCAGAAGACAGCGGAAGAUUUACUUGCACUGCUACCAACGAGGCAGGAAGUGUAAGCACUUCAUGCCACCUGACCGUACAAGUCUCAGAAGAGUUUGAGAGCAAGGAAGCUGUUUCUGCGAAAGUGAUCACAGAAGAAAAACGCUACGUGGAGUCAAAAGAUGUAGUGAUGGCUGAGGUCACUGCUGCAGAAGAAGUAUCUGGAGAAGCUGCUGCUCCAUUCUUCAUACGGAAACCGACCGUACAGAAGUUAAUUGAAGGUGGAUGUGUCAUUUUUGAGUGCCAAGUUGGGGGCAACCCAAAGCCACAUGUUUACUGGAAGAAAGCUGGGCUUCCUCUUACGACAGGCUACAGAUACAAAGUGCUUCAUAAAAAAGAGACUGGGGAAUGCAGACUUGAAAUUUCGAUGACCUUUGCCGACGAUGCCGGAGAAUACACUAUUGUUGUUCGCAACAAACACGGGGAAGUUUCUGCAUCAGCUUCCUUACUGGAAGAAGCUGACUACGAGGUCUACCUAAAAUCUCAAGAAACACUCUAUCAAACCCAAGUAACUGCAUAUGUACAAGAGCCUAAAGUGGCUGCGGUAGCCCCACCGACUUCGUAUGCCGACUACGAAAAAGAAUAUGAAAAAGAACAAGCUCUAAUUAUGAAGAAAAUGGCAAAAGAUACUGUGCUCGUCAGAACUUUUGCUGAAGAACAGGAAUUUCACAUUUCCUCCUUUGAAGAAAGACUUAUCAAAGAAAUUGAAUACAGAAUUAUUAAGACCACCUUGGAGGAACUCCUUGAAGAAGACGGAGAAGAAAUGGUGGUUGAUGUUUCUGAAUCCGAAACAGUGGAAGCAGAAUUUGAAAUGAGACUGAAGAAUUACCGAAUCCUUGAGGGAAGUGGUGUGACCUUCCAUUGCAAGAUGACUGGAUAUCCUUUGCCCAAGAUUGCAUGGUACAAGGAUGGCAAGCGUAUCAAGCAUGGAGACCACUACCACAUGGAGGUCCUACAAGAUGGCAGAGCCAGCCUCCGUUUACCUGUUGUCUUACCGGAAGAUGAAGGCAUUUAUACUGUCUUUGCCAGUAACUUAAAAGGAAAUGCCAUAUGCUCUGCAAAAUUAUACGUCGAGCCUGUUGGACCAAGUGGGUCUCCAGGUUAUAUCCCAUCGCCUGAAAUGAUUAGAAGAUAUCGGUCUCUCUCUCCUCGCUCCCCAAGCCGCUCUCCUGCCCGCAGUUCCCCUUCACGCUCACCUGCACGGAGACUGGAGGAGACGGACGAAGCACAGCUGGAGAGGUUGUACAAGCCAGUGUUCGUCUUGAAGCCAACCUCAUUUAAAUGUGCAGAAGGGCAGACGGCGAGAUUUGACCUCAAAGUUGUGGGCAGACCUAUGCCAGAAACAUACUGGUUCCACAAUGGUCAACAAGUCCUUAACGAUUACACACAUAAAAUUGUGAUUAAGGAAGAUGGCACACAGUCGCUGAUUAUUGUUCCAGCUACACCUGAUGAUUCCGGGGAAUGGGUUGUAAUUGCCCAAAACAGAGCAGGCAAAACAUCCAUCGCAAUGACCCUGACAGUGGAAGCUAAGGAACACUUAGUGAGACCACUGUUUGUAGAGAAGCUGAAGAACAUGAGUGUUAAGGAGGGAAAUAAACUGGAAAUGAAUGUGCGGGCCAGGGGUAACCCUAAUCCUGACAUUGUGUGGCUGAAGAACAGUGACAUCAUCGUACCCCACAAAUAUCCAAACAUAAAAAUUGAAGGAACAAAAGGAGAAGCUGCCCUGAAAAUCGAGCGCACUGUGAGACAUGACGCUGCAUGGUAUACUGCGACAGCCAUCAACAAAGCUGGACGUGACACUACACGGUGUAAAGUGAAUGUUGAAGUUGAGCUCACUGAACCCGAACCAGAGAGGAGAUUAAUCAUUCCCAAGGGGACUUACAAAGCAAAAGAGAUUGCAGCACCAGAACUAGAACCUCUCCACUUGCGUUAUGGUCAAGAGCAGUGGGAGGAAGGUGACCUUUACGACAAAGAAAAACAACAGAAGCCGUUUUUCAAGAAGAAGCUCACUUCCUUAAGGCUGAAGCGCUUUGGGCCAGCCCAUUUUGAGUGCAGACUCACGCCGAUUGGUGACCCAACCAUGGUGGUGGAGUGGCUGCACGACGGCAAGCCCUUGGAGGCAGCCAACAGGCUUAGAAUGAUUAAUGAAUUUGGAUAUUGCAGCCUUGACUAUGACGUAUCCUAUCCCAGAGACAGUGGAGUGAUCACCUGCAGAGCUACAAACAAAUAUGGCACUGAUCACACAUCGGCGACACUCAUUGUUAAGGACGAGAAGAGCCUUGUUGAAGAAUCCCAACUGCCAGAAGGCAGGAUGGGGCUGCAACGCAUUGAAGAACUUGAGAGAAUGGCCCAUGAGGGCGCUCUUCAUGGAGUUACAGAAGAUCAGAAAGUCAAACAGAAGCCAGAAAUAGUCUUGUUUCCUGAACCAGCAAGAGUUAUUGAGGGUGAAAUAGCGCGGUUCCGCUGCCGGGUGACUGGUUAUCCGCAGCCCAAAGUCAACUGGUACCUCAAUGGCCAACUCAUUCGCAAAAGCAAGAGGUUUAGACUCCGUUACGAUGGGAUCUAUUACUUGGAUAUUGUGGACUGCAAAUCCUACGAUACAGGUGAAGUAAAAGUAGCUGCUGAAAACCCCGAAGGUGCAACAGAGCACAAGGUGAAACUUGAGAUUCAGCAGAGGGAAGAUUUCAGAUCCGUGCUUCGCCGAGCCCCUGAGCCUAAGCAUGAAGCUCCAGCAACGGAGCCUGGCAAACUUUUGUUUGAAGUUCAAAAGGUCGACAAGCCCGUUGAGAAAACUACCAAGGAGGUGGUGACGCUGAAGAAGGCCGAAAAAGUGAGCCAUGAAAAAGUGUCUGAAGAAUCUGAAGAACUCCGCAGUAAAUUCAAGCGCAGAACUGAGGAGGGCUAUUUUGAAGCAAUCACCGCUGUGGAGCUCAAAUCUCGCAAGAAGGACGAGUCCUAUGAAGAGCUGCUUAAAAAGACAAAGGAUGAACUUCUUCACUGGACCAAAGAGUUAACCGAAGAAGAGAAGAAAGCCCUGUUGGAAGAAGGCAAAGUCACUAUUCCAACCAUCAAGCCAGAGAAGGUUCAGCUCAGUCCCAGCAUGGAGGCUCCCAAAAUAUUUGAACGCAUCCAAAGCCAGACAGUUGGCCAAGGAAGUGAUGCUCAUUUCCGUGUCCGUGUGGUAGGCAAACCAGACCCAGAGUGCCAGUGGUUCAAAAACGGUGUGCAGAUUGAGAGGUCAGAUCGCAUCUAUUGGUUCUGGCCCGAAGAUAAUGUUUGUGAGCUGGUCAUCCGAGAUGUAACAGCAGAGGACUCUGCCAGCAUCAUGGUGAAAGCCGUUAACAUAGCUGGUGAAACCUCAAGUCAUGCUUUCUUGUUAGUACAAGCCAAGCAGCAUAUCACGUUCACACAGACUUUACAAGAUGUCACUGCUAAGGAGAAAGAUUCAAUGGCGACCUUUGAGUGUGAAACCUCCGAGCCUUUCGUUAAAGUGCAGUGGUACAAAAAUGGUCUGGAGAUUUCUUAUGGAGACAAAUACAGAACGCACUCUGACAGGAAGGCUCACUUCCUUUCAGUGCUAAUGAUUGAUAAGUCUGAUGAAGACGAUUACAGCUGUGCCCUGGUGGAAGACGAGUCUGUAAAGACAACAGCCAAACUAAUUGUUGAAGGUGCUGUUAUUGAGUUUAUUAAAGAACUGGAAGACAUUGAAGUCCAAGAAACCUUCUCGGGGGAACUGGAAUGCGAGCUUUCGCCUGAAGAUGUCGAAGGAAAAUGGUAUCAUAAUGAGGUGGAGCUCAAACCCAGUAAUAAGUAUCUGAUAACCUCACGCCGAGGUCGCCAAAUCCUCACAGUUAAAGAUGUUGCUAAAGAAGAUCAAGGAGAAUACAGCUUUGUGGCAGAUGGGAAAAAGACCUCCUGUAAACUGAAGAUGAAGCCACGGCCUGUUGCUGUCCUUCAAGGUCUUACUGACCAGAAAGUCUGCGAGGGCGACAUUGUGCAACUUGAAGUGAAACUCUCCCAAGAAAACGUUGAAGGUGUCUGGAUGAAGGAUGGUGUCGAGAUUCAACCAAGCGACCGUGUCCACAUUGUAGUAGAUAAGCAGUCACAUAUGUUGCUGGUGGAAGAUGUCACAAAGGAAGACAGCGGAUCAUACUCCUUCAACAUCCCCAGCCUGCUCCUCUCAACCACUGGCCGUGUCACAGUCUAUAGUGUGGAAAUUAUUAUACCACUAAAAGAUGUCCAUGCUAUUGAGGGUACGAGAGCCAUCCUUGAAAGCAAAAUUUCAGUCCCUGAUGUGUCUUCAUCCAAGUGGUACCUAAACGAUGAGCAAAUAAAACCUGAUGACCGUGUCCAAGCUGUCUCCAAAGGCACAAAGCAGAGGCUAGUGUUUACCAGGACACAUGCAUCAGAUGAAGGACACUGUAAACUGGCAGUAGGCAAGGUUGAAACCAGCUGCAAUCUCACAAUUGAAGAAAUUCAGAUUAUUAAAGGUCUUCACGAUAUCACCUGCACCGAAACUCAGAAUGUAACCUUUGAAGUUGAGCUGUCCCACGCAGGGAUUGAUGUUGUGUGGCAUUUUAAGGACCAAGAGCUCAAAGCUGGGCCCAAGUAUAAGAUCGAGGCACAUGGCACAAUCUAUAAACUGACAGUAGUAAACAUGAUGAAAGACGAUGAAGGAGAGUAUACAUUUUAUGCUGGAGAAAAGAAGACAUCUGGGACACUGGUUGUAGCAGGUGGCGCCAUUUCAAAGCCCCUCACUGAUCUAACUGUGGCCGAAUCCCAGAAAGCUGUUUUUGAAUGUGAAGUAACCAAUCCAGACUCUGAGGGCCAGUGGCUGAAAGAUGGGAAACCCCUUUCAAUGACUGAUCGCUACAAAAGUGAAUCUGAUGGUUUGAAGAGGAGACUUAAUAUCCCAAUCAGCAAAGUAGAUGAUGUUGGCGAAUAUACCUAUCAAGUGGCCUCUUCGAAAACAUCCGCUAAGCUGAAAGUUGAAACUGUCAAAAUCAAGAAGACGUUGAAGAACCUGACUGUAACAGAAACACAAGAUGCAGUUUUUUCAGUGGAACUUACUCAUCCUGAUGUGAAAGGAGCUCAGUGGAUCAAGAAUGGUGUUGAGCUGCAUUCUGGUGACAAAUAUGAGAUCAAGGUGGAAGGGACAACCCACACGCUGAAAGUCAAGAAAUGCGCUGUAACUGAUGAGUCCGUCUACAGCUUUAAACUGGGAAGGAUAGGAGCCAAUGCACGACUCCAUGUUGAAACUGUCAAGAUAAUCAAGAAGCCCAAGGAUGUGACUGCUCUGGAGAAUGCUGUUGUUUCAUUUGAAGUGAGUGUGUCCCAUGACACCGUCCCAGUCAAAUGGUUCCACAAGAACAUCGAGUUGAAGCCCAGCGACAAAUACCGACUGAGCUCCCAGAGGAAAGUCCACAAGCUGACGUUGCAAAAUAUAUCUCCCGCUGAUGCUGGAGAAUACACAGCAGUAGUAGGACAACUUGAGUGCAAAGCAAAACUCUUUGUAGAAACUGUGCACAUAACAAAGACCAUGAAAAAUAUUGAGGUUGCCGAGACCAAAACUGCCUCUUUUGAGUGCGAGGUGUCUCAUUUCAAUGUGCCCGCUGUGUGGCUGAAAAAUGGAGUGGAAAUUGAAAUGAGCGAGAAGUUCAAAAUAGUGGUUCAGGGAAAGCUCCAUCAGCUCAACAUCAUGAACACCAGCAGUGAGGAUUCUGCCGAAUACACCUUUGUCUGCGGAAAUGACAAAGUCAGCGCAACCCUGACAGUGAAGCCUAUCUUGAUAACAUCCAUGCUGAAGGACAUUAACGCAGAAGAGAAAGAUACAAUAACCUUCGAAGUGACUGUUAAUUAUGAAGGCAUUACGUACAAAUGGUUGAAGAACGGCGUGGAAAUAAAAUCCACGGACCGGUGCCAGAUUAGAACUAAGAAACUUACACAUUCACUUUCGAUAAGAAAUGUGCACUUUGGAGAUGCUGCGGAAUACAGUUUUGUUGCUGGGAAAGCUGCUUCAUCUGCAACUUUAUAUGUGGAAGCUCGCCACAUUGAGUUUAGAAAGCACAUCAAAGACAUAAAAGUUGUGGAGAAGAAAAAAGCUGUUUUUGAAUGUGAGAUCUCAGAACCUGACAUUUCUGUUCAGUGGAUGAAAGAUGGACAGGAGCUACAGCUUGAAGACAGAAUGAAAGUUCAGAGAGAACGGUUCGUUCAUCGCCUCCUGAUUACUACCACAAAGAUGUCUGAUUCCGGGAAGUACACGGUAGUGGCAGGAGGAAAUAUGUCCAGCGCUAAUUUGGUAGUGGAAGGGCGUGAUGUUCGCAUCAGGAGCCUUCAAAAAACCGUCCAGGUCAUUGAGAAACAGCGAGCCGUGGUAGAGUUUGAGGUCAAUGAAGACGACGUUGACGCUCGCUGGUAUAAGGAUGGAAUUGAGAUCAACUUCCACAUUGAGGAGAGAUAUCACUAUGUGGUGGAAAGAAAAGUCCACCGGAUGACAAUCACUGAAACUAGAUAUACAGAUGCUGGAGAAUACACCAUCUUAGCUGGAAGAAACAGGAGUUCCAUCACUCUCCAUGUGAACGCUCCCGAGCCACCCCAGAUUGAGAAGGAGCUUCAGCCAGCCACCGUGGAAUCUGGAAAGCCAGCCCGCUUCUGUGCGGUUGUGUCAGGAAAGCCGCAGCCCAAGAUCUCGUGGUACAAAGAUGAACAGCCUCUUUCUUCAGGCUUUAAGGUCAAAUUUCUUCAUGAUGCCCAAGAAUACACCCUGUUGCUGAUUGAGACUUUCCCAGAAGAUGCUGCCGUUUACACAAUUGAAGCGAAGAACGACUAUGGAGUCGCCACUUCUUCUGCGUCCCUUUCUGUGGAAGUCCCAGAAGUUGUUUCUCCUGAUGUAGAAGUGCCAAUUUACCCACCUACUAUUAUCGCACCACUCCGCGAUGCUAUUACUUCUGAGGGACAGUCUGCUUGCUUUCAGUGCAGAGUUACAGGGACAGACCUCAAAGUAGCUUGGUAUAGCAAAGACAAAGAAAUCAAGCCAUCCCGCUUCUUUAGGAUGACUCAGUUUGAAGACACUUUCCAGCUUGAGAUUGCAGAAGCAUACCCAGAGGAUGAAGGAAUUUACACCUUUGUCGCAGGCAAUUCUGUUGGCCAGGUGUCAAGUACGGCUGCACUGAAGCUGGAAGCCCUGGAAAGAGUUCUGCAGGAGAAGAUAGAACAACAAAUUGAAAUGGAAGUGAAAGUUGGACCCAUACUGAGGAGAAGGCUGGAAUCCCAAGAAGUCGCUGUGAACCACCUUGCCAAGUUCACCUGCGAGAUCGAGAUGGCGCCAGACGUACGGUUUCAAUGGUACAGAGCCGGCCGGGAAAUCUAUGAUGGUGACAAGUAUACCAUACACACUGCUAAUUAUACAUCCACUCUUCAAAUCCCGAGACCGCAAGUAGUUGACUGUGGCGAAUACAGCUGCAAAGCUUCCAAUAAGUAUGGCAGCGUAAGCAGCAAAGCAACCUUAACGGUAACUGAAGCGUUUCCUCCAACCUUUCUAACCAGACCCGAAUCUAUUACUACUUUUGUGGGUAAGAGUGCCAGGUUCCUCUGCACAGUGGCAGGCACCCCUGUAAUCGACACAGUGUGGCAGAAGGAUGGUGCCGCCAUUUCUUCCACAGAACAUUGCAAGAUUUCAGCUUCUGAGAAUAAGCACAGUUUAGAGAUCCCACGCCUCACAGUAAAUGACAGGGGGGUAUAUACCUGCAAAGCCUCAAACAAAUUUGGAGCAGACAUCUGCCAGGCAGAAAUAGCUGUCAUUGAUAAACCACGAUUCGUCAAGGAAUUGCAGUCUGUUCAGUCUGCAGUCAAUAAGAAGAUACAUCUUGAAUGCCAAGUGGACGAAGACAGGAAAGUCACAGUAUCCUGGAGCAAGGAUGGAACCCGAAUACCUCCAGGCAAAGAUUACAAGAUUUGCUUUGAAGACAAGAUAGCAUCACUUGAUAUCCCUCUGUCUAAACUUAAAGAUUCAGGAACAUAUGCAUGCACUGCUGUAAAUGAGGCUGGAAGUAGCUCUUCUUCGGCCACUGUAACAAUCAGAGAGCCACCAUCGUUCCUGAAGAAAGUGGACCCCUCUUACUUGUUGACUCCUGGAGAGUCAGCGCACCUUCAGUGCAAAAUCAAAGGGUCUCCUGAGAUCCAGGUGACAUGGUACAAAAAUAACAAAGAAAUUAGAGAGAGCGACACACAGAGGAUGUCUUUUGCCAAUAACGUGGCUGUGCUAGAUAUUACCAAUGUGAAAGUUGAUGACAGUGGAAGUUACUCGUGUGAAGCAGCUAAUGAUGCUGGCAGUGACAGCUGUAGUACUGAGAUUGUUGUCAAAGAGCCUCCUACUUUCAUCAAAACUCUUGAGCCGGGCGACAUAGUGAGAGGAAUGAAUGCCACUCUUCAUUGUGAGGUUUCUGGUACUGGACCAUUUGAAAUCAGUUGGUUUAAAGACAGGAAACAAAUUCGCAGUAGUAAAAAAUACAGGCUGACAUCCCAAAAGUCUCUUAUCUCUCUGGAGAUUUCUUCAUUUAAUAGUGCAGAUGUUGGUGAAUACGAAUGUUCCAUAGCGAAUGAAGUUGGAAAAUGUGUUUGCAGUGCAACAUAUAUACUGAAAGAACCUCCCUCUUUCAUUAAGAAAAUCGAAGAUGUUACUGCACUCGCUGGGGAUGAAGUUUUCUUACAGGCAGCUGUGAGAGGCUCAGCUCCUAUUUCUGUCACUUGGAUGAAGGGGAAAGAUAUUAUUAAAGAAGAUAACAAAGUCAAAGUGACCUUUGAAAAUGGCAUUGCAACUUUGCAAAUCACAGAUGUCCAGAUUAGCUCUGGUGGUAAAUAUACAUGUCUGGCUGAGAAUGAUGCAGGAAGCCAAACAUGUUUUGGAGAAUUAGCAGUUAAAGAGCCUGCUACCAUUGUUGAGAGAGCUGAAUUCAUUCAGGUGACGGCAGGGGACCCAGCAACUCUGGAAUACACUGUUGCAGGCACUCCAGAGCUCAAAACGAAAUGGUUCAAAGACGGAAAGCCUCUGGCUUCUAACAAAAAGUAUAGAAUCAGUUUUAAGAACAAUGUUGCUCAGUUGAAAUUCUACACCGCCGAAUUGCACGAUACUGGUGAAAUCACCUUUGAAGUUUCAAAUGAUGUUGGACGCAGUUCGUGCACCACCUCAUUUACUGUAUUAGAUCGCACCCUUCCUCCGUUCUUUACCAAACCUCUGCGGAACGUCGAUAGCGCGGUUGGUGGCUCCUGCCACUUUGACUGCAAAGUAUCAGGUUCUCUUCCAAUAAAAGUGUCUUGGUUUAAGCAUGACAAAGAGAUCACUUCCAGCGCCAAGUAUGCAAUACGCUACGAAGAAGGUUCAGCGUCUUUGGACAUCAAACACCUGGAUACCAAUGACGCAGGCGUGUAUUCCUGUAGAGCUACUAACUCUGCAGGGGGCAAGGAAAGCCAUGGAACUUUAACGAUAAAAGAGCCACCUAGCUUCGUGACAGAGCCAGAGUCUCAAGAAAUAUCUCCCGGGUCAACAGUGCGUUUGAAGAGUACAUUUAAGGGAACAGCGCCACUCUCUGUACAAUGGUUUAAGGGUGAUGCUGAGCUAACAACUGGUGGAGCUUGUUACAUCAUGACAGAAGCUUUGUCGAGUUACUUGGAGCUUUACGCUGUGAAACCUGCUGAUUCUGGUGCCUAUUCUUGCAAAGUCAGCAACGCGGCUGGUUCAGUCUCAUGCAGUGCAAACUUGUUUGUCCAAGAACCCGCUACUUUCGUGGAAAGACUUGAGCCGUCGCAGUUGAUUAAGAAAGGAGAAUACGCCCAAUUAGAAUGUAAAGUUACAGGCACACCUGAAAUUAAAAUCUCUUGGUUCAAGGAUGACAGGGAAAUUAAAGACAGUGCCAAACACAAGAUGACUUUGGUGGGCUCCACAGCAGUCCUCAGACUCCUGGAUGUCACUCUUGAAGACUGUGGUGAAUAUACAUGUGAGGCAAAAAAUAAUGCUGGGAAAGAUACCUGCAGUAGUGUCGUGGUUGUAAAAGAGUCACCUUACUUUGUCAAGGAAUUUGAACCAAGGGAAGUGUUAAAAGACUCAGAUGUGAUACUGGAAUGUGAGGUCUUAGGUACCCCUCCGUUUGAGGUCUAUUGGUUAAAGGACAACAAACCUGUGAGGAGCAGUAGGAAGCACAGAAUAAGCAUUGAGAAUUCCUUGAUUAGCCUCCAGGUUUUCAAGUUUGACUCUUCAGAUGCAGGAGAAUACCAGUGCAGGGUAACAAACGAUGUAGGAAGCUGUGUCUGUAGCUCUGAGUUGGCUCUGAAAGAACCCCCACAAUUUGUGAAGAGGAUUGAGAACAUUAGCUCACUUAGAGGAGGCACAAUAGUAUUUCAAGCAACUAUUAAAGGUUCCAUGCCUAUAACAGUCUCUUGGCUGAAAGAUAAUGAUGACAUUGUUGAAGACGAUAACACCAAAAUGACCUUUGUGAACAAUGUGGCCACUCUUAUGAUCAGGGCCAUAGAAGUGAAGCACGAUGGGAAAUAUUUUUGCCAGGCUAAAAAUGAUGCUGGAAUCCAAAGAUGUUCUGCUUUACUAACAGUAAAAGAGGCAGCCACCAUCACUGAUAAAGCUGUUUCAAUUGAUGUCACGGAAGGCGACCCAGCCACACUGCAGUGUAGAUUUUCAGGAACAAAAGAUAUUACUGCCAAGUGGUUCAGAGAUGGAAAGGAGUUGACAUUGGGACACAAAUAUAAAAUCAGUGUUACCGAUACAGUCUCUAUGCUAAAGAUUGUUUCUACCGAAAAGAAAGAUAGCGGCGAAUACACAUUUGAGGUUUCAAAUGAUGUCGGAAGCAGCAGCUGUAAAGCUAGCAUUAAUGUCUUAGAUCUGAUCAUACCGCCUAAAUUCACCAAAAAGCUAAAGAAAAUGGAUAGCAUUAAGGGCUCUUUUGUUCACCUUGAGUGUAUAGUGUCUGGUUCACACCCAAUAAGUAUCCAGUGGUACAAGGAUGGCCAAGAGAUAACUGCUAGCGAAAAGCACAAGUAUUCUUUCCAUGAUAACAUGGCAUUCUUGGAGAUCAACCAGCUUGAAGGUGCAGAUAGUGGAUCUUAUACCUGCGAGGCAACAAAUAAAGCUGGAAGCAACCAAUGCAGUGCUCAUUUAACCGUCAAAGAACCCCCAUGCUUUGUUGAAAAGCCACAGUCACAAGAUGUGGUACCAGCUGCCAGAGUCCAACUCAAAGCUCUUGUGAGCGGCACGCCUCCCAUACAAAUAAAGUGGUUCAAAGAUAGCAAAGAACUCCUUUCGGGAGCUUCUCGCUCAGUUUACAAGGAUGACACUUCAAGCGUGCUGGAACUCUUUUCGGCCAAGACAUCUGAUUCAGGGAACUAUAUCUGCCAAUUAAGCAAUGACGUCGGGACAACAACCUGCAAGACAACUCUUUUUGUGAAAGAGCCCCCUAGGUUUCUUCAGAAGCCUAGCCCUGUAGUAGCUUUGAGAAAAGGACAGUCUACCACUUUUGAAUGCCAGGUAGCGGGUACACCGGAAAUCCGUGUCCUUUGGUACCUUGAUGGGAACGAAGUGCUGGACCAUGCUAAAUAUGGAGUCUCGUUUGUAGACAACAUGGCGACUUUUAAAGUUUCCAAUGCUAAAGUGGAGGAUAGCGGGACUUACAUCUGCGAGGCUCGCAAUGACGCAGGUAGUGAGAGUUGCAGCAUUGAACUGAGAGUGAAAGAACCUCCCACAUUUGUGAGGGAGCUAAAACCUGUGGAAGUAGUAAGAACCUACGAUGCUGUGUUAGAAUGUGAAGUCACAGGGACUCCUCCGUUUGAAGUGACCUGGCUGAAGAACAACAACGAGAUCCGAAGUAGCAAGAAAUACACCAUGACUGAUCAGCAAUCUGUUUUUGCCCUUCAUAUCAUGAACUGUGAUGUUCAGGAUGCUGGCGAAUACCAGUGCAUUAUUUCAAAUGAAGGGGGCAGCUGUUCCUGUAGCACAAAAGUCAGUCUGAAAGAACCCCCAUCCUUCAUCAAGAAGUUAGAAAACGUCCACGCUGUUUUGAAGAGCUCUGCUGUAUUUCAAUGCACUGUGGCUGGUUCUCAGCCUUUAACCGUGUCUUGGAUAAAAGACGAAAGGAUCAUCGAAAACGAUGACAGCUUCCACAUUACAUUUGAAAACAAUGUGGCGAGACUGAAGAUCAGGCAUGUUGACCUCGGUCACAGUGGGAGAUACACCUGUCAGGCAAAGAAUGAGUCAGGAGUUGAGAAGUGUUUUGCUUUACUUUUAGUGCAAGAACCUGCUCAGAUCAUAGAAAAAGCUAAAUCAAUUAAAGUUACGGAGAAAGACCCAGUCACUCUAGAAUGCACUGUGGCUGGAACACCAGAACUUCAAGUAAAAUGGUCCAAAGAUGGCAAACAACUCAUGCCCAGUAGAUAUUACACCAUGAGCUUUGACAAUAAUGUGGCUAGGUUCAGGAUUGAGUCCAUUAUGAAGGAGGACAGCGGCACAUACACCUUUAAGGUCGAAAAUGAGUUUGGAAGCAGCACCUGUGAGGCUACUUUGUCUGUACUAGAUCAAGCAAUCCCUCCUUCGUUUACCAAAAAAUUGCCAAAAAUGGAUAAAAUUCUGGGAUCAUCUAUUCAUAUGGAGUGCAAAGUCUCUGGCUCACUCCCAAUUACUGCAAAAUGGUUUAAAGAUGGAAAAGAGAUACCCGAGAGUGCAAAAUACAGGGAUCUGUGCCAUGAGAACACUGUAUCGCUCGAGGUUAAUUACCUAGAGUUGACAGAUUCUGGAAAUUAUACUUGCAGCGUAACAAAUGUUGCAGGAAGUGACUCAUGUAGCGCCGUCUUAACUGUGAAAGAGCCACCAAGCUUCUUGGUAAAACCAGAAAGUCAAUCAGCUAUACCUGAUUCAACAGUGGAAUUUAAGGCAUCUUUAAAGGGAACACCGCCUUUUAAAAUAAAGUGGUUUAAAGAAGAUUUAGAACUUGUGUCUGGACCUAACUGUUUAUUUGGGAUUGAAGGGUCAACUGGUUUCUUAAAUCUUUAUUCUGUGGAUGUAUCAAAAAGUGGAAACUAUACUUGCCAAGUUUCCAACGAUGUUGGCAGCGAUUCUUGUACAACCACACUGAGCAUAACAGAACCUCCAAAGUUCAUUAAGAAGCUAGACCCGUCUAAAGUUAUUAAACAGGGUGACUCCACACGACUUGAAUGUAAAAUCAGUGGCUCUCCGGAAAUCAAAGUGGUAUGGUACAGAAAUGACACUGAAGUCCAUGCCAGCGAAAAAUUCCAGAUGUCAUUCACAGAUUCUGUGGCAGUCAUUGAAAUGAGGCAUCUUGGUGCAGACGAUAGUGGAGAUUACAUAUGUGAAGCACAGAACCCUGCUGGCAGGGCAAGCUGCAGUACUAAACUCCUAGUCAAAGAACCACCCAUCUUUAGCAGGAAGCCGUCUCCAGUAGAUACACUCAAGGGUACUGAGGUUAGCCUUGAAUGUGAGAUUUCUGGGACGCCACCUUUUGAUAUUACGUGGUAUAAGGAUAAGAGGCAAAUCCGUAGCAGUAAAAAGUACAAAGUCACAUCCAAAAACUACCAUGCAAGUGUUCACAUUCUGAAUAUUGAAGUAUCUGACAUUGGUGAAUACCAGUGCAAAGCUCAGAAUGAUGUCGGAAGCGACACUUGCGUUUGUAUGGUAAAACUUAAAGAACCACCAAAAUUCGUGACCAAAAUUAACAACCUCACUGUUGUGGUGGGUGAACCAGUAGAAUUGCAGGCCACCUUGGAAGGCUCUCAGCCGAUUUCGGUGACAUGGCUCAAGGACAAAGAAGAGGUCAUCAGAGAAAGUGCUAACAGGACAAUAACAUACGUGGAAAAUGUUGCCACUUUGCAGCUUGCCAAAGCAGAACCAGCAAGCGCUGGGAAGUAUAUCUGUCAAAUCAGUAAUGAUGCCGGAACCCGAGAGUGCAUAGCUACUUUAACCGUUCUAGAGCCAGCUGUUAUCACUGAGAAGGCAGAACCAAUGAAAGUCACCGUCGGAGACAUUUGUACCCUAGAGUGCAAAGUGGGUGGAACACCAGAACUUUCAAUAGGCUGGUUUAAGGAUGGAAAAGAAUUAACAACUAGCAACAAAUACAAAAUUACCUUCUACAACAAAGUGUCCACACUUAAAAUUAUUGAUUCAGAAAUGGAAGACAGUGGCUUAUACACUUUUGAGGUGCAGAACAAUGUUGGCAAAAGCAGCUGCACGGCUUCCGUUGAUGUUCUGGAUCGGAUUAUUCCACCUUCUUUCACAAGAAAACUUAAAGAAACUCAUGGUGUACUGGCUUCUUCGGUGAUUCUUGAGUGCAAAGUGGCUGGAUCCCUUCCCAUUACAGUUGCUUGGUUCCAUAAUGGACAUAAAAUCACUAGUGGGGAAAAACAUCAAAUCUCAUUUUCAGACAAUGUUUGCAGUUUGCAGAUUGGUUCACUGAACUCAUCUGAUACAGGAACUUAUGCAUGUAAAGCUGCUAAUGUGGCAGGCUCUGAUGAAACCAAGGCUGCUUUGAUUGUACAAGAACCACCCUCUUUUGAGAAGGUACCUGAAUCUGUGGAUAUUUUACCAGGCAAAAGUGUUACAUUUUCUGCUGUUAUUAGAGGAACACCACCAUUUAAGGUGAGGUGGUUUAGAGGCGUCAAUGAACUCGUACCAAGUGAUAAAUGUAACAUCUACUUGGAAGAUUCGGUCACAGACCUGGAGCUGUUUGAUGUAGAGCCACAACAGAGUGGAGAGUAUACUUGUGUUGUGACUAAUGAGGCUGGCAAAGUGUCUUGUACGGCACAUCUUUCUGUAAAAGAACCAGCCGUUUUUGUGAAGAAGCUCAGCGACCAUUGUGUGGAGCCAGGCAAAUCCAUAAUUCUAGAGAGCAGGUACACUGGUAGCCUUCCGAUUUCAGUGACAUGGAAGAAGAACGGCGUAACUUUAGGCCAGUCUGAAAAGUGCAGCAUCACCACCACAGAGAAGUCAUGCAUUCUGGAAAUUCUUAACAGUACAAAGGAUGAUCAAGGAGAAUACACAUGUAUGGUUGAGAAUGAGGCUGGAGAAGAUAUCUGUGAAGCACUGGUAUCCACUUUAGAACCUCCUUCUUUCGUCACUCACUUGGGACCUCUUGAGGUGUCAGUUGGAGACUAUACCACUUUGCAAUGCCAAGUUGCUGGGACCCCAGAAAUUACAAUAUCUUGGUUCAAAGGAGAUACAAAAUUAAGAUCUACUCCUGAGUAUAAGAUGUACUUCAAAGAUAAUGUUGCUACACUUAUUUUUAACAAAGUGGAUGCCAGUGACAGUGGGGAAUAUAUUUGCAAAGCAGAAAACAGUGUCGGAACAGCCUCUUCAAAGGCUGUCUUAGCAGUUCAAGAGCGAAAACGCCCACCUUCUUUUGUAAGGAAAUUAAAGGAUACAGAGCAAACCGUUGGCUUCCCAAUCAAAUUAGUUUGCCGUCUAAAUGGGUCAGAGCCUAUUAGUGUUACAUGGUAUAAGGAUGGUGUGCCUUUAAGAGAUGACUUUAAUGUGCAGGCCUCUUACAUAGAUAACGUGGCAACUCUUCAGCUGUUGCAAACUGAGAUGAGUCACACUGGGCAAUAUUCUUGCACAGCGACCAAUCCUGUAGGAACUGCUACUUCUAGCGCUAGGCUCACAGUCUCAGAACGCAAACAAGCUCCCUCCUUUGAUAUCACACCCGAGUCCAAAGAUCUUCCCGUUGGAGAAAGUGCUGACUUUGAGUGUCAUGUUACUGGAGCCCAACCUAUACAUGUAACAUGGGCUAAAGAUGGCCGCGAGAUCCGUACAGGAGGAAACUAUGCCAUUACCUUUGUAGCAAAUACAGCCCAUUUGAGAAUUCUGAGAGUAGGCAAAGGAGACAGCGGACAGUAUACUUGCCAAGCUAGCAAUGAUGUUGGGAAAGACUUUUGCUCGGCUCAGCUUAAUGUGAAAGAACCUCCUAAAUUUGUGAAGAAACUGGAACCAUCAAGAAUGCUGAAACAGGGCGAUUCAUGUCAACUUGAAUGCAAGAUCAGUGGUUCCCCAGAAAUCAGAGUUGUGUGGUACAAGAAUGACCACGAAAUCCAUGCUAGCGACAAGCACCGUAUGGCAUUCAGUGACGGCACAGCAGUGCUGAUCAUUGUUGAUGCUACCCAUGAGGACAGUGGAGAUUACAUUUGUGAAGCGCUUAAUUCUGCUGGCACCGCAAGCUGCAGUACAACGGUCACAGUGAAAGAACCUCCCGUUUUUAGCAAGAAACCCAGCCCCAUAGACACACUCAAGGGCUCCGAUGUCACCCUCCAGUGUGAAAUAGCAGGCACACCGCCAUUCGAAGUCGUCUGGUUCAAGGACAGAAAGCAAGUCAGGAGCAGCAAGAAGUUCAAAGUGACAACCAAGAACUUCAGUGCCAGCGUCCACAUUCUCAACCUCGAAGCGGCAGACCUUGGGGAAUAUCAGUGCAAAGCCACAAAUGAGGUCGGAAGCGACACUUGCUCUUGUGCUGUGAAGUUCAAAGAACCUCCUCGGUUUGUUAAGAAGCUGAGCGAAACCUCCACCUAUGCCGGGGAACCCACAGCACUGCGGGCCGUAGUAGAAGGCUCCCAACCCAUUUCCGUCGUUUGGCUUAAGGACAAAGGCGAAAUAAUACGGGAAAGCGAAAACCUCAAGAUUUCCUUUUCGGAUAACAUCGCAACUCUUCAGAUUGCAAGUGCCGAAGCCAACAACAGUGGGAAGUACAUCUGCCAGAUUAAAAAUGAUGCGGGAAUGAGAGAAUGCGCAGGGCAUUUACAGGUUCUAGAGCCGGCUGUGAUUUUAGAGAAGCCCGAGCCCAUGACGGUGACCUCUGGCAAUGCUUUUACUCUGGAGUGCACGGUGGGUGGCACUCCAGAGCUAAUUGCCAAGUGGUUUAAGGACGGAAGAGAGCUCACCAACAGCCGCAAGCACCAAAUCAGCUUUUCCAACAAGGUGGCGACACUUAAAGUUCUCUCUGCAGACAUGAACGACAGGGGAUUAUACACUUUUGAAGUGCACAACGAAGUGGGGAAAAGCAGCUGCUCUUCCUCCGUCGACAUUUCAGACCACGUCGUCCCUCCUUCUUUUAUAAGAAGAUUGAAAGAAACCUUUGGCGUGCAGGGCUCCUCAGUUGUUUUGGAGUGCAAAGUUGCCGGCUCCCUUCCUAUUUCAGUCACUUGGUUUUAUGGAGGAAAUGAAAUUUUCCCAGGGGACAAAUACGAAACCGGCUUUUCGGAUAAUGUCUGUGCUUUGAAGGUGAAUGCUCUGGACUCGUCUGAUACAGGUCCCUACACCUGUGCUGCCCAGAAUGUAGCCGGUUCUGACGAAUGCAGUGCCUUUUUGACAGUGCAAGAACCACCCUCUUUUGCAAAGACGCCAGACCCGCUGGAGGUUUUACCUGGAAUGAGUGUAACGUUCAGGAGUCUGAUUAGGGGAACUCCUCCAUUCAAAGUGAACUGGUUUAAGGGGAGUAGAGAACUGGUGCCAGGGAAAACGUGCAACAUCACCUUGGCAGAUUCAUCUGCGGAGCUGGAAUUGUUCGAAGUGGGACCACUCCAGACUGGAGAUUACACCUGCCUUGCCACGAACGAUGCUGGCAGUGCUUCUUGCACCACACAUCUUUUUGUAAAAGAGCCUGCUGUGUUUGUGAAGAAGCUGAGCGAUUUCAGCGUAGAACAUGGGAAAUCCAUAAUUCUAGAAAGCACAUUCAGCGGAACUCCUCCACUCGCAGUAACGUGGAAGAAGAACGGCUUAAACAUCACACAGUCUCCAAAAUGCAAUAUAACCACCACAGAGAAAUCAGGCAUUCUGGAAAUUCUUAAUAGUUCUACAGAAGAUGAAGGAGAAUAUAUCUGUGAAGUGGCAAAUGAUGCUGGGGAGGAUGUAUGUCACGCCCUGGUAUCAAUCAUAGAACCCCCUCAUUUUGUUAAGCACUUGGAUCACUUGGAGGUGACCAUCGGAGAGCCUGCAACUUUACAGUGCCAAGUGGCUGGAACACCCGAAAUUAAAGUGUCAUGGUACAAAGGCGAUACCAAACUAAGAUCCACACAGGCUUAUAAAAUGCACUUCAAGAACAAUGUGGCUUCACUCGCUUUCAGCCGGGUAGAGAACGCUGACAUUGGCGAAUACACCUGCAAAGCAGAAAACAGCGCUGGGUUUGCUACUUCAAUGACAACAAUCACCAUCAAAGAUGUUAAACUUCCUCCUUCAUUCACGAGAAAACUGAAAGACGUGCAGGAGACUCUUGGUUCUCCUAUAGCCUUUGACUGCCGCAUUGUUGGCUCUGAGCCGCUUGAAGUGUCUUGGUCGAAGGAUGGGGUGCAGCUGAGAGAUGACGACAACAUUCAAACCACCUUCUUAAGCAAUAUAGCGACGCUUCAGAUCUUGCAAACCUCCAUGGCUCACGCCGGCCAGUACACUUGCACAGCUCACAAUGCUCUUGGGACUGCUUCUUCCAGUGCCAAGCUCCUACUCACAGAACACCUGAAACCACCAUUCUUUGAUGUGAAGCCUUUGCCCCUUGACGUUGCUCUUGGGGAAAGUGGUUCUUUCAAGUGUCAUGUCACAGGUUCAGUGCCAAUGAAAGUUAGCUGGGCAAAAGAUAACCGUGAGAUCCGCCCUGGUGGCAAUUACAAGAUUACACUGGUAGAAAACACUGCCACACUGACCAUUCUUAAAGUAGGCAAAGGUGAUGGUGGACUGUAUACCUGUUAUGCAAGCAACAGUGCUGGGAAGGAUUCUUGUGGUGCUCAGCUGAGUUUCAAAGAGCCACCAAGGUUUAUUAAGAAGUUAGACUCCUCCAGAGUUGUGAAAGAGCACGAUUCGACUAGAUUUGAAUGCAGAAUAGGUGGCUCUCCAGAAAUUAACAUUGUGUGGUACAAGGGUGAAACUCAAAUUCAUCCCAGUGACAAAUUCAGCAUGUCAUUCAUCGAUUCUGUGGCAGUCAUUGAAAUGCACAGUCUGAGUGUUGAAGACAGUGGAGACUACACUUGCGAAGCCCAAAACGCAGCGGGUAGUGCGAACAGCAGUACUUCACUGAAAGUGAAAGCUCCUCCUGUUUUCCGCAAGAAACCGCGGCCAGUAGAGACUCUGAAAGGUUUCGAUGUUCACCUUGAAUGUGAGCUUCAAGGCACUCCUCCCUUCCAUGUUUCAUGGUACAAAGAUAAAAGAGAAAUAAGAAGCAGCAAAAAGUACAAGAUUUUGUCUGAGAAUUACCUUGCUAGCAUUCACAUUCUCAACGUUGAUGCGGCAGACAUUGGUGAAUAUCACUGUAAAGCUGUCAAUGAUGUGGGAAGUGACACUUGCAUCUGCUCUGUGAUGCUGAAAGGACCCCCAAGGUUUGUGAAGAAACUUAAUGAUACCACUGCCGUUGUUGGGGAUCCAGCAGAACUGCAAGCUACGGUAGAAGGUUCUGAGCCGAUUUCUGUUGUUUGGAUGAAAGACAAAGGUGAAAUCAUCAGAGAAAGUGAAAAUGUCUGGAUGUCAUAUUCCGAUAAAGUUGCCAUCCUUCAGGUUGUAAAUGCAGAACCAAGCAACACUGGGAAAUAUACCUGCCAGAUUAAAAACGAUGCCGGAAGUCAGGAGUGUUUUGCUACUUUAUCAGUCCUAGAGCCAGCAUCUAUAGUGGAGAAACCAGGACCAAUGAAAGUCACAACUGGAGAUUCUUGUACUUUGGAGUGUACAGUAGCUGGGACACCAGAGCUGACUGCUCGGUGGUUCAAGAACGGACACGAGCUCUCUUCCGACCACAAAUACAAAAUCACUUUCUUCAACAAAGUAGCUGGGCUUAAGAUUCUGAAUACAGGAGUAGAGGACAGUGGAGAAUAUACGUUUGAGGUGAAAAACAAUGUAGGCCAAAGCAGUUGCAAAGCAUCAGUCCAAGUUUCAGAUCGCAUUAUACCACCUUCAUUCACAAAGAAGCUGAAGGAAACACAUGGGCUCUUGGGUUCAUCUGCUGUACUUGAGUGCAAAGUAAUUGGGUCACCUCCCAUUUCUGUUUUUUGGUUCCAUGAUGGAGAAGAGAUCACUAGUGGAGAAAAGUAUCAAGCAACUCUUACAGAUAACACUUGUUCUUUACGAGUGAAUGCUGUCCAAGAGUCAGAUGCUGGAAAUUACAUUUGCACGGCAACUAAUGUAGCUGGAUCUGAUGAAUGUGAUGCAUAUUUCAUUGUCAGAGAACCUCCAUCUUUUGUGAAGAAACCAGAACCUCUGCAAGUUUUAUCUGGGGCAAAUAUAACUUUCACAAGUAUCAUUAAAGGAAGCCUUCCCCUUGAUGUGAAAUGGUUUAGGGGUAGCGUUGAACUGUCCCCAGGACAUAGAUGUAACAUCUCUCUGGAAGAAUCAGUGGCUGAACUGGAGCUGUUUGAUGUACUUCUAGCCCAAAGUGGAGACUAUACUUGCAUUGUUAGUAAUGAAGCUGGCAAAAUCUCUUGCACAACCCAACUCUUUGUAAAAGAACCAGCGAAAUUUGUGAAGAAACUGAAUGACUUCAAUGUUGAGAAAGGAAAGCAGUUAAUCCUGGAAUGUACAUACACUGGGACACCUCCUAUUGCAGUGUCCUGGAGGAAAAAUGCUAUAAAUAUAUCACAGUCAGAAAAAUACAGUAUCACCACUACUGAAACAUCUGCCAUACUUGAGAUCUCUAGUAGCAAACUGGACGAUGCUGGGCUGUAUUCUUGCCAUAUAGAAAAUGACUCGGGACAAGAUAAUUCACAGUCUACGGUCUCAAUACUAGAACCACCUUAUUUUGUCAGAAGCCUGGAACCUACUCAGGUGACAGUUGGGGAUUCUGCAUCACUGCAGUGCCAAAUUGCAGGCACACCAGAAAUCACUGUGUCGUGGUACAAAGGAGACACCAAACUGAGAGCAACCGCUACCUCUAAAAUGCACUUUAAAAACCAAGUUGCCACGCUGGUGUUCACUCAGCUGGGUAGCAACGAUGGUGGAGAGUAUAUUUGCAAAGCAGAAAAUAGUAUUGGAGAAGCUUCCUGUUCAGCACUACUCACUGUUCAAGAGCUUAAACUUCCUCCUUCAUUUCCCCGGAAAUUAAGAGAUAUUCACGAAACUGUUGGAUUACCAAUUACAUUUGAUUGUGGCAUUACUGGUUCCGAACCCAUUGAAGUAACCUGGUAUAAAGAUGGCGCACAAAUAAGAGAUGGCUAUAAUGUGCAAACGUCAUACUUAAACAACGUUGCCACUCUGCAGAUCUCACAAACUGACAUGAGUCUUGCUGGACAAUAUACUUGCACAGCUUCCAAUGCUAUUGGAACUGCCUCUUCUAGUGCCAAACUCAUCCUUACAGAAGGGAAGACUCCUCCGUUCUUUGACAUCCCAAUUGCACCUGUUGACGCCGUUGCUGGUGAUGGUGCUGACUUUGAAUGCCACAUUUCUGGAACACGCCCAAUAAAGGUUACUUGGUCAAAGGAUAACCGAGAAUUGCGAACUGGAGGGAACUACCAGAUCAGCUAUGUGGAAAAUAUAGCCCAUUUGACAAUUCUGAAAGUUGGCAAAGGGGAUUCUGGAAAAUAUACGUGUCAUGCUAGCAACGAAGUUGGAAAGGACUCUUGCACAGCUCAACUUAAUAUUAAAGAACGACAGACUCCACCUUCCUUCACCAAAAAGCUGUCAGAAACUGUAGAAGAGACAGAAGGGAACACAUUUAAACUUGAGGGCCGUGUUUCUGGCUCCCAGCCUUUGACUGUUGCCUGGUACAAGAAUAACCAGGAGAUUUAUGAAAGCCCUAAUUGCGAAAUAUCAUUCAAGAACAACACUCUUCUCCUUGAAAUUAAGAAUUCAGGACAAGCUGAUGGAGGUUUAUAUACCUGCAAAGUGUCCAAUGAGGCUGGGAGUGCACUCUGUACUUCUUCUGUGGUUAUUAAAGAGCCCAAAAAACCACCAGUAUUUGAUCAACCUCUUAAACCGGCAACAAUAGAAGAAGGUAAAAUCUUGCAGCUCAGUUGCCAUGUCAAGGGAUCGCAACCCAUCAGAAUCCAGUGGCUAAAAGCUGGGAAAGAGCUAAGAUCAUCUGAUAAAUGCAGCUUGAGCUUUGCUAAUGGAUCCGCUGUUUUGGAAGUCCAGGCAGUUACUAAGACUGAUUCUGGCGAGUAUAUAUGCAAAGCUUCGAAUGCAGCUGGAACUGACUCUUGCAAGUCAAAAGUGACAAUUAAAGAAAAAGCAGCAGCUGCACCAGCAGCAGCUAAGAAAGCACCAACUGAUGGCAAGCUUUACUUCGUCUCGGAGCCUCAAAGCAUCACUGUCAUUGAAAAGAGCGUUGCAACAUUUAUUGCCAAAGUAGGUGGCGAUCCCAUCCCCAAUGUUAAAUGGAUGAAGGGAAAAUGGAGGCAACUCAACCAAGGAGGUCGCAUCAGCAUCCAGCAAAGAGGAGAUGAAGCCAAGCUGGAAAUAAAGGAUACAACAAAAACUGAUUCUGGGCAUUACAGAUGUGUGGCUUUCAAUCAGCACGGUGAAAUUGACAGCAACGUCAACCUACAGGUUGAGGAGAAGAAACAAGAAGUGAUAGAGGGGGAUCUUAGAGCAAAACUAAAGAAGACCCCAACUAAAAGGAAGGAAGAUGAGGAAGAAAAGGCCAUUGAUAUAAUGGAACUUCUGAAAAAUGUAGAUCCUAAAGAAUAUGAAAAAUAUGCACGUAUGUAUGGAAUUACCGAUUUCCGAGGUCUCCUCCAAGCCUUUGAGCUGCUGAAACAAAGCCAGGAAGAAGAAACUCAUAGACUGGAGAUUGAAGUAACACAGAGAUCUAGAAGGGAAGAACAAGAGUUUGAUGAACUGGUAUCAUUUAUUCAGCAAAGACUUACACAGACAGAGCCCGUCACUCUGAUCAGAGAUAUUGAAGAUCUGACUGUAGUAACAGAUGAAGAUGCCGUGUUUGAGUGUGAGAUUAAAAUUAACUAUCCAGAAAUCAAACUUUCCUGGUACAAAGGCACGGAAAAACUGGACUCUAACAACAAGUAUGAAAUAAGAAUUGAAGGUGACCGACACAUACUUAAAAUCAGGAAUUGUCAACUUGGAGAUCAAGGAAAUUACAGAGUGGUCUGUGGGCCACAUAUUGCCAGCGCUAAGCUUACUGUGAUUGAACCAGCAAUUGAACGGCAUCUGCGUGACACUUCACUCAAGGAAGGCUUUACCUGCUCUUUCGUCUGCCAGUUUUCUGUUCCAAAUGCAAAAUCCCAGUGGUUCAGAAAUGGAAAGGCUCUUAAGAUAGGAGGUAGAUAUUCAGCUGAAGUCUCAGAGAAGAUGCACAGGCUCAUUAUUAAGGAUGUGCGAACAGAAGACCAGGGGCGCUAUACCUGCAGGUUUGACCAUCUAGAAACAACUGCUGACCUAACCAUUGAAGCUGAACCCAUCCAGUUUACAAAGACCAUUCAGAACAUAGUGGUGAGCGAAUACCAGUCUGCAACCUUUGAGUGCGAGGUAUCCUUUGAUGAUGCAGUCGUCACAUGGUAUAAAGGCAAAGUUGAACUCAGGGAGAGUCAAAAGUACAGUUUCAGAAGUGAAGGCCGUUGCCAUUACAUGACUAUCCACAACGUUACUGCAGAUGAUGAAGGGGUGUAUUCUGUCAUUGCUCGUCUUGAGCCAAGAGGUGAAGCAAGAAGCACUGCUGAACUUUAUCUGACUACUAAAGAAAUUAAACUGGAAGUGAAGCCCCCAGAUAUCCCAGAUGCUAGAGUUGCAGUUCCUGUUGAAGUUCCAGCUGAAGAAACUCCUGCUCUUCCUCUCUUCCUUCUUAUGCCAGAAGAGAAGAAAAAGGAAAAAGUCGUUAAAAAGACAACCGUGCAGAAAGUCACCAAAAAGGUGGUUCCAAAAGCUCCAGAAGAAGUUGCCCCUCCUAAAGCUCCUGCAAAGAAACCUCAGGAAGUCAAAGUAACCACUGUAGCUAAGAAGAAAGAAGCAGUUUAUGAGAAGAAGGAAGAAGUAUAUGAGGUUCACAAAGAAGAAUAUGAAGAAUGGGAAGAGGAUUAUGGAGAGAAGCAUGAAUAUUAUGAACGAGAAGAAGGAUACGAUGAAGGAGAAGAGGAAUGGGCAUAUGGAGAAAGACAAGUAACUUAUGAGGAAAAGCAAAUUCGCAAAGAAGUUGUCCAGGUCCCAGGAAAGCCAGAACCACCUACGCGGAAACCACCAGAGAUUUCAGCCAAGAAAGUAGAGAAGAAAGUUGUGGUAGAAAAAGUUACACGGAAACCUGUAACCGAAGAGGUGGAAAGAAAGGCUAAAGUGAUGGAGGAAGAACAUCUCAAACGGGCCAGAGCUCCAGAAGCUCCACCACCAAAACCUGCACGAAAGGUGGUCCAUGAAGAAGUGGUAGAGAGAAAAGUACCAACAGAACAACAAUGGACCAUUUCAGAAGAAAAGGUGUCUGUUUCAUAUCACAGAGAAGAAGAAUAUACAUAUGGUUCAGAACCAGAAGAGUAUGAAGAGGACAGCUUCUAUGUGGAAUAUCCAGCUGAAGAACCAGAUGAGUACGAUGAGGAAAGGUUCUAUGUGGAAGCACCUGAAGUUCCACCUCCCAAAGUUCCUGAGGUGAGGAAGAGAGCAGAAGAAAAAGUUCCCAAGGAAGUGGAGGCCCCGCCGGCUAAAGUGCCUGAGGUGCCAAAGAAACCAGUCCCAGAAAAGAAAAAACCUGCUCCUCCUCCGAAAGUAGAGGCUCCGCCAGCUAAAGUGCCAGAAGUGCCUAAGAAACCUACGCCAGAAGAAAGAAAGCCUGCUGCUGUUCCCAAGAAAGAACCGGCACCCCCAGCUAAAGUGCCCGAAGCACCUAAAAAGCCAGUCCCAGAAGAAAAAGCACCUGUUCCCGUUCCUAAAAAAGUGGAGCCACCUGCUAAAGUGCCAGAGGUACCUAAGAAAGUAGAAGAAAAGGUUCCUGUUCCAAAGAAGAAAGUGCCUCCGCCACCCAAAGUACCUGAGAAAGAGGUCCCUGAAGAAAAAGUGCCGCGGCUACGCAAAAGGGAAGAAGCUCCUCCAGCUAAAGUGCCUGAGGUACCUAAGAAAGUCAUACCUGAAGAAAAAUUACCUGUUGCUGUUCCCAAAAAAGUAGAAGCUCCACCAGCCAGAGUGCCUGAGGUGUCUAAGAGAGCUGUUCUAGAAGAGAAAAGAUUUGUUUCAGAAGAAAAAGUAUCUGUUGCCAUUACUAAAAGAGUGGAAGCUCCACCACCUGAAGUGGAAGAAUGGCCUGAAGAGGUGGAGGAGGAGGAAGAAGUGGAAGAAGAAGAAAUUUAUGAAAGAGAGGAGGAGAUUUCUUAUGAAAGGGAGGAGGAAAUUUCUUAUGAAAGAGAGGAGAUCUCUUAUGAGAGAGAGGAAGAGAUUUCUGAAGUAACAGAAGAGGCCUACUACGCUGAGGAGACAGUGCAUGAAGAAGUCCCACCAGUUAAAGUACCUGAGGUUCGGAAGAAACCUGAACCAGAAAAGAAAGUACCAGUUGCUGUUCCCAAGAAAGUGGAAGCUCCCCCAGCUAGAGUGGCCAAGAAAGCACCUCCUGAGGAACGGGCACCACCUAAAGCAAAAGAACCUCCAGCACCCAAAGUGACCGAAGUACAUAAGAAAAAGGUUGUCACUGAAGAAAAAGUAACAGUCACUAAGAAGGAGGAGGCUCCACCAAAAAGAGUGCCAGCUGUGCCAAAGAAAGCUGUGCCGGAGGAGAAAGUCCCCGUUCCGGUUCCCAAGAAAGCAGUGGCUCCACCAGCUAAAGUGCCAGAAGUUCCAAAGACAGUUGUCUCAGAAGAAAAAAUAUCUAUUGCUGUCCCCAAAAGGAAAGCAGCCCCUCCAGAAAAAGUUGUGGAAGAGCACUGGGGGUAUUCGGAAGAAAUGUCUGUUUCUCUUCACACAGAGGAGGAAGUUUCAUAUACAGUUCCCGAAGAACCUGAGAGAAUUCCCACAAAACAGAAAAUGCCCAUAUCAAUUGCCGCUAAAGUGAAGAAACCUCCAGCUAAAGUGCCUGAAGUCCGUAAGACCGUUACUCGAAAAGAAGUGGUUCAUGUGGAAGUUCCCCAUUAUGAAGAGGAGGAAGAGGCUCCCCAAUAUGAAGAGGAAGAAGUCACACAAUAUGAAGAGGAAGUCACACAAUAUGAGGAGGAAGUCACACAAUAUGAGAAGGAAGUCUCUCAUUAUGAGGAGGAAGUAACCCGAUAUGAGGAAGAAGUCACACAAUAUGAGGAGGAAGUACCUCAAUAUGAAGAGGAGGAAGUUCCUUAUUAUGAAGAAGUUCCUGAGUAUGAGGAAGAGGAAGAAGUUCCUCCUCCACCUCCUCCAGCUAAAGUGCCUGAGGUACCAAAGAAGCCCAUCCCUGAGAAAAAGGCUCCUCCUGCGCCUGUCCCCAAGAAGAAGGAAGCUCCUCCAGCAAAAGUGCCUGAGGUGCCAAAGAAACCAGUCCCGGAAGAAAAGGUUCCGGUUCCUAAACGAAAAGAAGCCCCACCAGCUAAAGUGCCUGAAGUGCCCAAGAAAGUGGUCCCUGAAGAGAAAGUACCUGUUCCUAAAAAGGUGGAAGCUCCUCCUGCUAAAGUGCCGGCCGUGCCGAAAAAAGCCGUGCCAGAAGAGAAAGUGCCUGUUGCGGUCCCCAAAAAACCAGAGCCUGCUCCACCUAAAGUGCCUGAGAUACCCAAGAAAGCUGUGUCUGAAGCAAAGGUGCCUCUCACUGUGCCCAAAAAACCAGAACCUCCACCAGCUAAAGUGCCUCACAUACCAAAGGAGCCUGUCCCAGAAGAAGCACCUGUUUAUAUACCUGAAGAAGAGGAAGCUAUACCUGAAAAAGUCCCAGAAGUGCCAAAGAAAGUCGUCCCAGAAAAGAGAGUCCCUGCAGCUGUUCCCAAAAAAGUGGAGCCUCCUCCAGCAAAAGUGGCUGAGGUUCCUAAACCCGUCCCUGAAGAGAAAGUGCCCGUUCCCAAAAAGGUGCCGCCUCCUCCAGCAAAAGUGCCUGAGGUUCCUAAGCCUGUACCGGAGGAGAAAGUUCCUGUUGCCAAAAAGGUCCCAUCUCCUCCCAAAAAAGUGCCUGAAGUUCCCAAACCUGUCCCAGAAGAGAAAGUCCCUGUUCCUAAAAAGGUGGCAGCUCCUCCAGAGAAAGUGCCUGAGGUACCCAAGAAAGUUGUCCCUGAAAAGAAGGUACCAACUGCUCCUCCUAAAAAAGUAGAGGCUCCACCUGCCAAAGUGCCUGUGGUACGUAAGAAACCCAUCCCUGAAGAACAGGUCACUGUUGAAAAAUACUUCUAUGAAGAAUAUGAGAAAUAUGAGACCUAUGAGAAGACUGAGGAGUUUCUUCAGGUAGAAGAGGGUGAAGAACCUGAAGAAUAUGAGGAAGCCCCAGAACCUGAAAGAUAUGAAGAAGCUCCAGAAGAACCUGAAGUCGAGCAAUACGAGGAAGCUCCAGAAGAAUUUGAACAGUAUGAAGAAGCUCCAGAACCGGAGGAACUUGAGUACUAUGAAGAGGUUCGGGAGACCAAGGAGAUUGAAGAAUAUGAGGAAGUGUAUGAGGUUCCACCAGCAAUAGUGCCUGAGGUACCCACAAAAGUUGUCCCAGAAAAGAAGGUGCCAGCUGCUGUUCCAGAAGCACCUCCAGCUAAAGUGCCUGAAGUACCAAAGAAACCUGUUCCAGAAGAGAAAGUUGUGCCUAAAAAGCCAGAGGUGCCAGCAGCUAAAGUGCCUGAGGUACCAAAGAAACCUGUCCCAGAAGAAAAAGCUCCAGUGGCUGUGCCGAAGAAGCCAGAACCUCCACCUGCCAAAGUGCCUGAGGUGCCAAAGAAAGUUGUUCCAGAAAAGAAAGUACCAGCUGAAGUGCCUAAGAAACCGGAAGCUCCACCAGCUAAAGUUCCGGAAGUACCCAAGAAAGUGGUCCCUGAGGAAAAAGUAAAGGUUCCUGAGCCUAAAAAACCAGAGCCUCCUGCUGUUAAAGUUCCUGAGGUGCCAAAGAAAAUCCCAGAAGAAAAAGUACCCGUGAAAAAGCCUGAACCUCCAGCACCCAAAGUGCCAGAAGUUCCCAAGAAAGUCGUUCCAGAAAAGAAACCGCCUGAACCAGAAGCUCCACCAGCUAAAGUGCCUGAAGUGCCCAAGAAAAUUGUCCCAGAAGAAAAAGUACAAAAGAAACCAGAACCUCCCCCUGCUAAAGAACCAGAACCGGAGAAGAAGAUACCUGAAAAACCCAAACCCCGUGUACCUUUCCCACCAAAAGAGGAGGUUAAGGAGGAAAAGGUUCAGCUUAAAGCACCUGGACUGAAGCCACGGAGACCCACACCUGAGCCUCCCGCUCCACCACCUAAAGAAGAAGUUGUUUUGAAAAAAGUCACAAGAGCAGUUAAGAAACCAGAGGAAGAACCUAAGCCAGAGAAGGAACCAAAAGCUCCACCCAAGCCUCUUGAAAAGAUUAAGAAGCCUGAAGUGCCGGAGGUUGAAAAGAAGAAAACUGAGAUCCCAGCUUUCAAGAAAAGGGAAGAAAAAGAAAAACCUGUGCCUGAACCAGCAAAAGUUCCAGAGCCUAAACCAGCCACAAUUCCUGAACCAAAGCCUGCUACAGCUCUAAAAUCUCCUAAGCCUCCCGCAGAACCCAAACCUGAAGCAGCUCCUUUAACAACACCAGUGGUUGGAAAGAAAGCAGAGCCUAAAACUACACCAAAGGAGGAAGCUGGCAAGGCUAAACUUCCUAUUAAAGCCAAAAAGACACCUUCGCCAGCGGAUGCCGAGAGGAGGAAAUUAAGACCAGGAAGUGGUGGCGAGAAACCUCCAGACGAGCCUCCUUUCACAUACCAGCUGAAAGCUGUGCCCCUCAAGUUUGUUACAGAAAUUAAAGACAUAGUGCUGACAGAAGCAGAGUCGGUAGGCUCUUCCGCCAUCUUUGAGUGCCUCAUCUCUCCCUCCACUGCCAUCACCUCUUGGAUGAAAGAUGGCAGCAACAUCCGCGAGAGUCCUAAGCACAGGUUCCUCUCUGAUGGGAAAGACAGAAAGCUCCACAUUAUUGAUGUCCAGCUUUCAGACGCUGGGGAAUACACUUGUGUACUGAAACUGGGAAAUAAAGAAAAGACCUCUACAGCGAAACUAAUUGUUGAAGAAUUACCAGUGCGCUUCGUGAAGACUCUGGAGGAGGAGCUUACUGUCAUCAAAGGGCAACCCUUUUAUCUAAGUUGUGAGCUGAACAAAGAGAGAGAUGUGGUCUGGAGAAAAGAUGGGAAAAUCAUCAAAGACAAAUCUGGAAAAUUUGCUCUGGGUAUUAUUGGUUUGCAGCGCGCCGUUACAAUCAUGGAUGCCGAUGACACUGAUGGAGGUGUAUACACUGUGACUGUGGAUAAUACUGACCUCAUCUGUCAGUCAACUGUGAAAGUGGUUGAAGUGAUAAAAGACUGGCUAGUGAAGCCUAUCAGAGACCAGCAUGUGAAACCAAAGGGUACUGCUACCUUUGCUUGUGAUGUCGUGAAGGACACACCAAAUAUUAAAUGGUACAAAGGUGAUGAGGAGAUUCCUCUUGAACCCAAUGACAAAACAGAAAUUGUAAAAGAUGGACCUCAUCUCUUCCUCAAAAUUAAGAACUGCAUGCCAGAAGAUCUCGGAGAAUAUGCUGUGGAAGUUGAAGGGAAGAGAUACCCAGCUAAACUGACCCUGGGUGAACGUGAAGUUGAUUUGCUUAAGCCCAUUGAAGAUGUCACUAUUUAUGAAAAAGAAACAGCCAACUUUGACUGUGAGAUUUCUGAAGACGAUGUCCCCGGUGAAUGGAAACUGAAAGGAGAAACACUCAGGCCCUCACCUACUUGUGAGAUCAGAGCCGAAGGAGGAAAACGCUUCUUAACCUUACACAAAGUCAAACUAGACCAGGCUGGAGAGGUUCUCUACCAGGCAUUGAAUGCAGUGACUUCAGCUAUUUUGACAGUGAAAGAAAUCGAGCUGGACUUUGCUGUGCCUUUGAAAGAUGUGACUGUACCAGAGAAACGGCAGGCGAGGUUUGAAUGUGUGCUCACCAGGGAAGCCAAUGUGAUAUGGACUAAAGGCACUGACAUAAUCAAAGUUGGAGAUAAAUUUGACAUAAUUGCAGAUGGAACAAAACACAUUCUGGUCAUCAAUGAUUCUCAGUUUGAUGAUGAAGGAGAGUACACUGCUGUAGUCGAAGGGAAGGAAAGCACUGCAAAAUUGUUUGUGGAAGGUGUCCGGCUGAAAUUUAUCUCCCCACUCAAAGAUCAGACAGUGAAGGAAGGAGAAACAGCCCACUUUGAUUUUGAGCUUUCUCAUGAAGAUAUGCCAGUAACCUGGUACAAAAAUGAUAAGAAAAUCCACAAUAGCAGAACGGUUCUCAUUUCUGUAGAAGGGAAGAAACACAAAUUAGAAAUUAGAGAAGUGACACUUGAUGACAUCUCCGAAAUCAAGGCUGAAGUGAAGGCAUUGCACACUAAGGCAAACCUGAAGGUUUUAGAGGCCGACCCAUAUUUCGUUGUGAAAUUGCAAGAUUAUACCGCUGUUGAGAAAGAUGAUAUCAUUCUGGAGUGUGAACUUAGCAAAGAUGUGCCAGUGAAAUGGUAUAAAGAUGGUGAGGAACUUGUAGCUUCCAAGAGAAUCUCCAUCAAGACUGAUGGCAAGCGCCGCAUAUUAAAAAUUAAAAAAGCAACCGAUGCUGAUAAGGGAAAUUAUGAAUGUAACUGUGGAACUGACAAGACAAUUUCUGAAGUUAAGAUUGAGGCUCGUAUGAUAAAAAUAGAGCGUCCUCUUUAUGGAGUGGAAGUAUUUGUUGGUGAAACAGCACGAUUUGAGGUCGAAAUCUCUGAGCCUGAUGUUCAUGCCAUUUGGAAGUUAAAGGGAGAAACUUUAACAGCUUCACCUGAUUGUGAAAUGAUUGAAGAUGGCAAGAAACAUGUCUUGAUUCUUUACAACUGCAAACUGGAUAUGACAGGAGAAGUGUCCUUCCAAGCUGCAAAUGCGAAAAGCGCUGCAAAUCUGAAAGUGAAAGAGCUGCCUCUCAUCUUCAUAACUCCUCUCAGUGACAUUAAAGUCUUUGAGAAGGAUCCUGCGAAGUUUGAAUGUGAGGUAUCAAGGGAACCAAAGACUUUCCGUUGGUUGAAAGGAACCCAAGAGCUUGAAGGGGAUGAGAAAUUUGAAAUUAUAACAGAAGGCACAAAGCACGCACUUGCCAUUAAGAGUGUGGCUUUUGAGGAUGAGGCUAAAUAUAUGUUUGAGGCCGAAGACAAACGGACAAGUGCAAAGCUGAUCAUUGAAGGCAUUCGCCUUCAAUUCAUUACCCCUCUCAAGGAUGUAACUGCAAAGGAGCGCGAGACUGCAGAAUUUACUGUUGAGCUUUCCCAUGACAAUAUCCCUGUUAUCUGGUAUAAGAAUGACCAACGGCUCCAUACCACCAAGGUUCUUUCAAUGAAGGACGAUGGCAAAUUCCAUACGCUCACAUUCAAAGAUCUCAAUAUUGAUGACACCUCUCAGAUAAAAGUGGAAGCUAUGGGCAAAUCGUGUGAAGCUAAACUUACUGUCCUUGAGGGGGACCCUUAUUUUACUGGGAAGCUUCAAGAUUACACUGCUGUGGAGAAAGAUGAAGUGAUUUUGCAGUGUGAAAUUAGCAAAGCAAAUGCUCCCGUAAAAUGGUUUAAAGACGGACAAGAACUAACUCCGUCUAAGAAUGUUAUUAUCAAGGCCGAUGGCAAAAAGAGAAUACUCAUCCUCAAGAAGGCCUUGAAGAAAGACAUUGGUCAAUAUACCUGUGAUUGCGGCACCGAUCAGACUUCUGCUAAGCUGAACAUUGAAGAUCGUGAUAUUAAGAUUGUACGUCCCUUAUAUAGUGUGGAAAUAUUUGAGACAGAGACUGCACGUUUUGAUACAGAAAUCUCUGAGGAAGAUAUUCAUGCUAACUGGAAACUGAAAGGGGAGCCCUUGACACAGACACCUGACUGUGAAAUUAAGGAGGAAGGCAAAAGGCACUGUCUUACACUCUACAACGUGCGCUUGGACCAGGCCGGUAGCGUAGACUUCCAAGCAGCCAAUGCCAAAUCAUCUGCCAAUCUUCGAGUAAAACCACGUGUCAUUGGCCUGCUGAGGCCUCUGAAGGAUGUAACUGUAACAGCUGGGGAAACAGCAAACUUUGAAUGUGAACUCUCCUAUGAGGGAAUUGCAGUGGACUGGUUCUUAAAAGGACAGAAAUUGGAGCCCAGUGACAAGAUUGUGCCCCGUGCUGAAGGCAGAGUUCACACCCUUGUUCUAAGAGAUGUGAAACUAACAGAUGCUGGAGAAGUCAAACUGACUGCAAAGGAUUUCAGAACUCAAGCAAAUCUUUUUGUAAAAGAACCACCUGUUGAGUUUACUAAGCCUCUUGAGGACCAGACUGUAGAGGAGGAAGCUACUGCAGUUCUGGAGUGUGAAGUAUCCAGAGAAAAUGCACCAGUGAAAUGGUUCAAGAAUGGCCAAGAAAUCCACAAGACAAAGAAAUAUGAUAUAAUUGCUGAUGGCAGAGUCAGAAAACUUAUCAUUCAUGGUUGCACACUGGACGAUGCUAAAACGUACACAUGCGAUUCUAAAGAUUUCAAGACGUCUUGUUUCUUGAACGUUGAACCACCUCAUGUUGAGUUCACAAAGCCCCUUACGGAUAUUGAAGUUAAAGAAAAAGAAGUUGCUCGGUUUGAAUGUGAAAUUUCCCGACCAAAUGUUCAGGCACGGUGGUUUAGGGAUGGUGUUGAAAUCAGAAAAGGCAAGAAGUUUGACAUCAUUGCUAAAGGUGCCCAGAGAAUACUUGUUAUCAACAAAUGUCUGCUUGAUGAUGAGGCAGAAUACGCAUGUGAAGCAAAAGGAGCCAGAACCUCUGGCAUGCUGACAGUGAUAGAAGAGGAAGCUGUCUUUACCAAAAAACUUCCCAAUGUGGAAGCAAGUGAAACAGACACUGUCAAAUUGAUUUGUGAAGUUUCCAAGCCCGAUGCAGAAGUAACUUGGUUCAAAGGCGAUGAGGAGUUGCCUGAAGGUGGUAGAUAUGAACAGAUUGCUGAUGGCCGGAAGAGAAUUUUGGUCAUCCACAAUGCUAGUCUUGACGAUGCAGCAGCAUACACCUGCAAACUUCCUAGCAGUCAGACAACUGGCAAGCUGAAAGUUCAUGAACUUGCAGCAGAAUUUAUAAGCAGGCCACAGAACGUUGAAGUACUUGAAGGAGAAAAAGCAGAAUUUGUCUGCUCAGUAUCCAAAGAAGCCUUUGACGUACAGUGGAUAAGGGAUGAUACUGUUCUUGAAGCCAAUGAUAAGUAUGACAUAAUUUCCGACGGCAAAAAGAGAGUCCUGGUCAUUAAAGAGUCUGUUCUGGAUGACGAUGGAACUUAUUCUGUCAUGGUCGGUGCAGCCAAAGCAACAGCCCGCUUGACAGUGAUUGAAAAACUCAGGAUUGUCAUCCCACUGAAGGACCAACAAGUAAGAGAGGGAGAAGAACUUGUAUUUAACUGUGAGGUUAAUACAGAAGGGGCCAAGGCAAAGUGGUACAAAGAUGAAGAAGCAAUAUUCGACAGCGCAAAAUACAUCAUGGUCCAUAAGGAUUUAGUUUACACGCUAAGAAUUAGAGACGCCCAUCUGAAUGACCAAGCAACCUACAACAUAGUCCUGGCAAACAAGAGAGGAGAACAAGUAAAGAGCUCUGCUACUUUGACUGUGCUUGAGGAAGACCUCAGAAUUAUUGAGCCUCUUCAAGACAUUGAAACCAUGGAGAAGAAGUCUGUCACGUUCUGGUGUAAGGUUAACCGCCUCAACGUAACCCUCCAGUGGACAAAGAAUGGUGAAGAAGUCACCUUCGACCGCCGCAUUUUGUACAAAGUGGAUAAAUACAAGCAUUCACUUAUCAUUAAAAACUGUGGCUUUAUAGAUGAAGGGGAGUACGUUGUUACCGCUGGCCAAGACAAGUCGGCUGCAGAGCUUAUUAUCACGGAGGCACCUGCAGAUUUCAUUGAGCACUUGCAGGACCAGACAGUCACUGAAUUUGAUGAUGCAGUCUUCAGUUGCCAGCUUUCCAAAGAGAAAGCAAUGGUGAAGUGGUACAGAAACGGACGAGAAAUUAAAGAGGGCAAAAAGUAUCAGUUUGAAAAGGAUGGAAAUUUACACAGGUUAAUCAUAAAAGACUGCAGGCCAGAGGAUGAAUGCGAGUAUUCCUGUGGUGUGGAUGACAGGAGAUCCAGAGCAAGACUUUUUGUGGAGGAAAUUCCUGUGGAGAUUAUCCGACCACCGCAAGAUAUUUACGAAGCCCCUGGCUCUGAUGUCCUUUUCUUUGCUGAACUGAAUAAAGAUAAGGUGGAAGUCAAAUGGUUGAGAAAUAACAUGAUAAUAGUCCAGGGAGAUAAGCACCAAAUGAUGAGUGAAGGAAAAGUCCAUAGGCUGCAAGUCUGUGAGAUUAGGCCUCGCGAUCAAGGAGAAUAUAGAUUUAUUGCCAAAGAUAAAGAAGCUCGAGCUAAGCUAGAACUGGCAGCUGCUCCAAGAAUAAAGAUAGCUGAUCAGAAUCUUGUGGUAGAUGUUGGGCAGCCAUUGACUAUGGUGGUUCCAUAUGAUGCCUACCCACGAGCAGAAGCUGAGUGGCUGAAGGGAGAAGAAGCCUUGCCCACUCUUACUGUUGAUACAACACCUGAGAGUACCACCUUCAGAAUUCACGAAGCAAAGACGACUGACAGAGGGAGUUACAAAAUCAUCCUUAAAAAUAAGCAUGGCCAAGCUGAAGCACACAUCAAUGUUCAAGUUAUUGAUGUCCCUGGCCCAGUUAGAAACCUGGAAGUAACUGAGACGUUUGAUGGUGAAGUUAGCCUUGCCUGGGAGGAACCAGAAAGUGAUGGUGGUAGUAAAAUCACAGGGUAUGUUGUUGAAAGGCGCGAUGUCAAACGAAAGACCUGGAUUUUGGCAACAGAUCGUGCCGACAGUUGUGAAUACACAGUGACUGGCCUUCAAAGGGGAGGCGUGGAGUAUCUCUUCCGCGUGAGUGCGAAAAACAGAGUGGGCACCGGUGAGCCAGUCGAAACAGACAAACCUGUGGAAGCCAAGAGUAGAUUUGAUGUCCCAGGACCUCCUCUCAAUGUACAAGUUGUUGAUGUGAACAGAUUUGGUGCGUCUCUUACUUGGGAACCCCCAGAUUAUGAUGGAGGCUCUCCAAUUACGGGCUAUAUCAUUGAAUUACGUGACAGAGCUUCGAUCAAGUGGGAACCAGCCAUGACCACAGGAGCACAUGACUUAGCUGGAACAUUAACUGAUGUGGUGGAAAACAAAGAAUACUUUUUCAGAGUCAGAGCUCAAAACCAGAUUGGAAUUGGCAAACCUAGUGCUUCUACACAUGCGGUGAAGAUAAUGGAUCCAAUUGAAAAACCAAGUCCUCCCAUUAACCUCGAUCAUUCUGACCAAACUAUGUCAUCUGUGAAACUUACAUGGGAACCUCCUUUGAAAGAUGGAGGUAGCCCAGUACUGGGCUACAUUAUUGAAAGGCGCGAAGAGGACACAGACAACUGGAUCCGUUGCAACGCAAAACUUGUGCCUAGUCUUAAUUAUAAGGUAACUGGGUUGAAACCUCUAGCCAGGUAUUAUUAUAGAGUAUCUGCAGAAAAUGCUGCUGGUGUGUCAGAUCCUGCUGAAGCUAUUGGACCACUGACUGCUGAUGAUCCUCACACUGGACCUACAAUGGACUUAAGCGGAUUUAAAGAUGGACUGGAGGUUAUUGUUCCAGAUCCCGUCAAAAUACGUGUUCCUAUUACUGGCUAUCCAGUACCAACUGCAACAUGGUCUGUCGGCGACAAAGUUUUAGAACAGGGUGACCGGGUGAAAAUUGACACGUCUGCAGCCUUUGCAGAGCUUGUUAUUACCCCAAGUGAACGGCCAGACAAAGGCAUCUAUACCUUGAAAUUAGAAAACCCUGUGUCAUCUGUAUCCGGAGAAAUCAAUGUUAAUGUCAUUGCUCGCCCAAGCGCACCAAGAGAACUACAGAUUGGAGAGAUAACUAGGAACUCAGUCCAAUUAAAUUGGGAAGCUCCUGAAGAUGAUGGAGGAAGCCCACUGACUGGCUAUCUUAUUGAAAAGCGUGAAGUGAGCCGCAAAACAUGGGUCAAGGUGAUCGACAACGUCCUUGACCAAGAGUUCACAGUACCAGAUCUGGUUCAAGGAAAAGAAUAUUUGUUCAGGGUCUCAGCAUGUAACAAAUGUGGACCAGGAGAGCCUGCUUACAUUGAUGAGCCUGUCAACAUGUCAGCACCUGCUACGGUGCCUGAUCCACCAGAGAAUGUGAAAUGGAGGGAUCCAACAUCUAAGUCCAUUUUCCUCACAUGGGAUCCACCUAAGUAUGAUGGCGGUUCUCAUAUCAAAGGCUACCUGGUUGAAAAAUGCCAGCGUGGCACUGACAAAUGGGAGCCCUGUGGCGAGCCAGUCAUUGAGACAAAAAUGGAAGUGACAAAACUUAAGGAAGGAGAAUGGUAUGCUUACCGCGUGAAGGCUCUGAACAGGCAAGGGGCAAGUAAACCAAGCAAGCCAACAGAUGAAAUCCAGGCUGUGGAUGCAAUGGAGGCCCCUGAGAUUUUCCUAGAUGUGAAACUGCUUGCUGGAAUCACUGUCAAAGCUGGAACUAAGAUAGAGCUGCCGGCAAGGGUAAAUGGAAAGCCCGAGCCACGGAUUAGCUGGACAAAAGCUGAACAGACCCUGAAACCAGAUAAAAGAAUAACCAUUGAAUCCAAACCUAACCAUUCCACAGUCAUAAUAACAGAGAGCAAGAGAAGUGAUAGCGGCACCUAUAUUAUUGAAGCCGUAAAUGCCAGCGGUCGGGCAACAGCUACAGUUGAAGUUAAUGUCCUAGAUAAGCCUGGCCCACCAGCUGCAUUUGAUAUCUCCGACAUUACAAACGUAUCUUGUGCUUUGACUUGGAAUCCUCCUAGAGACGACGGCGGCUCCAGAAUCACAAACUACGUUCUGGAACAAAGAGCUUCAGACAGUGAAGUGUGGCACAAACUAUCAUCCACUAUCAAAGAAACAAAAUUCAAAGUAACAAACCUAACACCACUUAAGGAGUACAUCUUCAGAGUCAGCGCAGAAAACAUGUAUGGAGUUGGAGAACCAGCCCAGUCCGUUCCUGUCGUUGCUAAAUAUCCAUUUGAUCCGCCAGGUCCUCCGACACGGGUUCAGCCUGUUGAGAUCACUAAAGAUUCUGUAACCUUGACUUGGGUAGAACCAGAUGAAGAUGGUGGCAGCCCGAUCACUGGUUAUUGGGUUGAACGGUUGGACCCUGAUCAAGAUAAAUGGGUCCGUUGCAAUAAAAUCCCAGUUAAAGAUACGACAUUCAAGGUUAAAGGUCUCACGUUCCAUAAGAAGUACAAGUUCCGUGUCGUGGCAGAGAAUCUUGCUGGGCCCGGAAAGCCAAGCAGAGCAACAGAACCAGUCUUAGUGAAGGAUCCUAUUGAUCCCCCAUGGCCACCCGGCAAGCCAGUUGUGAAAGACGUUGCCAAGACCUCGUGUUUCUUGAACUGGACGAAGCCAGAACACGACGGCGGUGCCAAGAUUGAAUCGUAUGUCAUUGAAUUGUUAAAGACUGGCACAGACGAGUGGGUGAGAGUGGCUGAAGGAAUCCCCACACCAGAACACUUCCUCAAAGGGCUUAUGGAGAAGCAAGAAUAUUCCUUCCGAGUCAGAGCUGUGAACAAAGCUGGAGAGAGUGAGCCUAGCGAGCCCAGCGAUCCUGUGCUAUGCAAGGAGAGACUGAAUCCUCCUUCACCACCUCGAUGGCUUGAGGUCAUUAAUAUCACUAAAAACACUGCAGACCUUAAAUGGACAGUACCAGAACGCGACGGAGGUUCUCCUAUUACAAAUUACAUUGUUGAAAAGAGAGACGUACGGCGGAAAGGCUGGCAGACGGUUGAUACUACAGUUAAGGACACCAAAUAUACAGUGACACCACUAACAGAAGGCUCUCUGUAUGUAUUCCGUGUGGCUGCAGAAAAUGCAGUGGGGCAGAGUGACUACUGUGAAAUUGAGGACUCUGUUCUUGCAAAAGAUACCUUCACUACCCCUGGAGCACCAUAUGCACUUACACCAGUCGAAGUGACAAAGAGGCAUGUCGACCUAAAAUGGGAACCGCCUAAGAAUGAUGGUGGCAGACCAAUUCUACGAUACGUUAUUGAAAAGAAAGAGAAGCUUGGCACGCGCUGGGUGAAAGCUGGCAGAACAUCAGGCCCUGACUGCAAUUUCAGAGUAACGGAUGUGAUAGAAGGUACAGAGGUGCAGUUCCAGGUCCGUGCUGAAAAUGAAGCUGGCUGUGGUCACCCUAGCGAACCGACUGACAUCCUGGCAAUUGAAGAUCCAACAAGCCCUCCUUCACCUCCUCUGGACUUACACGUGACAGACGCAGGAAGAAAACACAUUUCGAUUGCGUGGAAACCCCCAGAGAAAAAUGGUGGUAGUCCUAUAAUCGGAUACAAUAUAGAACUCUGUGAAGCAGGAACUGAAAAAUGGAUGAGAAUAAAUUCUCGACCCAUCAAAGAUUUGAAAUACAAAGCAGAAGAAGGCGUUGUCCCUGACAAGGAAUAUAUUCUCAGGGUCAGAGCUGUCAACGCUAUAGGGGCUAGUGAGCCAUCAGACAUAUCAGAAAACGUUGUCGCCAAAGAUCCAGAUUGUAAUCCAACUGUUGAUAUAAAGACUACAGACCUCGUUGUGGUUGAAGGUGAAAAGUUAAGUAUCCCUGUGCCCUUCAGAGCUGUUCCAACUCCAACUAUUGCUUGGCAUAAGAGUGGGAAGGAGUUGAAAGCCGGUGACAGAACAACAAUGAAGAGUGACCACAUCUCUGCCUUGCUGGAAGUAACAAAUGCAGUCCAUGCUGAUGCUGGCGUUUACACUAUUACCUUGGAGAAUAAAUUGGGUUCAACAACCGGUACAAUCAAUGUCAAAGUAAUAGGUGUGCCUGGACCAUGCAAUAGUAUUAAGGCAAGUGAAGUAACUAAAAAUUCAUGUAAAGUGACCUGGGAACCUCCAGAAUUUGAUGGCAACACUCCAAUUUUACAUUAUGUGCUGGAGCGAAGAGAAGCUGGUAGGAGAACCUACAUACCAGUGAUGUCUGGUGAGAACAAAUUGGCAUGGAAUGUGAAGGAUCUCAUACAAAAUGGUGAAUACUACUUCCGCGUUAAAGCUGUUAAUAAAAUCGGAGGAGGUGAAUACAUUGAACUGAGAAAUCCAGUGAUUGCAGAAGAUCCAAAGCAGCGUCCAGAUCCACCUAUUGACCUUGAGGUUCACAAUCCAACAUCAAAGUCAGUAACACUCACAUGGAAACCACCAUUGUAUGAUGGAGGAACCAAGAUUAUGGGCUACAUUUUGGAAAAGUUAGUUAAAGGAGGAGAGAAGUGGGAAAGAUGCAAUGACUUUUUGGUUCCUCUUUUGACUUCUCCUGUGAAAGGUCUUGAGGAAGGCAAAGAAUAUCAGUUCCGUGUCCGUGCAGAGAAUGCUGCCGGUGUCAGUGGACCUUCUAAUGUCACUCCUCUGGUGAAAGCAGUGGAUCCCGUUGAGGCUCCAAAGGUUUUCCUCGGUGCUAAUCUGCAGGCUGGCCUUGAGGUGAAGCAAGGUUCUGAGAUUGCACUUGAAGCACACAUUUCAGGGUCACCUUACCCAACUAUUGAUUGGUUAUGGAAUGAUGAAGUUGUUAAGCCAACAGAAAUUAAGAAGAGAGUUACCAAGGUUACUAGGAAGAAGAAAGGUGAAGUUGAAGAAGAUGAGCCUUUCCACUUGUCCCUGCCCGAGCGUUUGAGCAUUGACAACCACAGACAAGGAGAUUCUGUACUGGUCGUUCGGGAUUCAAUCAGACCAGACCAUGGCACAUAUACUAUUCGAGUUGAAAACGAUCACGGGGUUGCAAAAGCUUCAUGUGAAGUCAAUGUGUUAGAUACACCUGGACCACCAGUCAACUUUGUUUUUGAGGAGGUUCGUAAAAAUAGCAUCACUUGUAAGUGGGAGCCUCCUCUUGAUGAUGGCGGAAGUGAAAUAUUGAACUACGUCCUUGAAAAGAAAGACAACACAAAAUCCGACAUUGGCUGGGUUACCGUUACUUCAACGCUUAGGCAUUGCAAAUAUAAUGUGCCUAAACUUAUUGAAGGAAAGGAAUACAUAUUCCGUGUGAAAGCUGAGAACAGAGUAGGAGCUGGACCUCCAUGUCUUUCAAAACCUGUUGUAGCUCAAGAUCCAUUCAGUCCUCCUGAUGCACCUGAUAAACCUCUAGUAGAGGAUCCAACCAGCAGUAGUCUGUUGGUUAAGUGGAAUGAGCCUAAAGACAAUGGUAGCCCCAUUUUGGGAUACUGGAUUGAAAAGCGUGAAAUCAAUGGAACCCACUGGGCUCGUGUGAACAAAGAGCGUGUGAAUGCCCUGGAAACUAGAGUUGAAGGACUUUUAGAAGGUCUAACUUACGUUUUUAGAGUUUGUGCUGAAAAUGCAGCUGGCCUUGGCAAAUUCAGUCCCCCUUCAGAUCCUAAAACUGCACAAGACCCAAUAUUGCCUCCUGGCCCACCUGUUCCAAGAAUUGUUGAUACAAGCUCAACAUCUAUUGACGUUGAAUGGGACGCUCCACUAUACAAUGGGGGUAGUGAAAUCACUGGCUACCAUGUUUACAAGAAUUUUGUCGGCUCAAAUGAAUGGUCUCGCUGCACAGAAAGACCUAUUAAGGUUCGGAGCUAUAUAGUUAAAGGAAUUAGAGAAGGUGCAGAUUACAAACUUCGUAUUACCGCUCUUAAUGUUGCUGGGGAAGGACCUCCUGGAGAGACAGAACCUGUAACAGUUGCAGAGCCUCAAGAGCCUCCCACUGUUGAAUUUGAUAUUUCUGUCAGGGCAGGAGUUCAGAUAUUGGCAGGUCAAGCUCUUAAACUCCCUGCUGUUGUUACUGGACGACCUACCCCUACAAUUGUGUGGACUUUAGAGGAUGCAGAUGUUGACAAAGAGCGAGUUGUGAUUGAAAAUGUUGGCACUUCAUCUGAGCUAUUUAUCAAAAAUGCACUCAGAAAAGACCACGGAAGAUACGUGAUUACUGCCACUAACGAAAGUGGUUCUAAAUUUGCUGCAACCAGAGCAGAAAUAUUUGAUGUUCCUGGACCGGUUACUGACUUGCAUCCUGUGGUGGUAAAUAGAAAGAUGUGUCUACUUAACUGGGAUGAUCCCAAAGAUGACGGAGGAAGUGAGAUCAUAGGUUUCAUUGUAGAGAGGAAAGAUGCCAAAAUGCAUACAUGGAGACUAGCCGUAGAUACAGACAGAUCUAAGUGUGAUAUAACAGGUCUUGUUGAAGGACAAGAAUAUAAGUUCCGUGUCUUCGCCAAGAACAAGUUUGGCUGUGGACCACCUGUUGAACUGGGACCUCUCCUUGCUGUUGACCCCAAAGGUCCUCCAACUGCUCCUGAGAGGUUCAUGUACACAGAGAGAACAAAGAACUCUGUUACACUUGACUGGAAGCCUCCCCGUAAUGAUGGUGGAAGCCCCAUCAUCGGCUACAUUGUUGACAAAAGAAGACAUGACUCAAAUGAAUUUGAAAGAGUCAAUAAGAGACUCUGUCCAACUACAUCGCUUCUUGUGGACAAUCUUGCUGAGCUGCAUAUGUAUGAGUUCCGAGUCAAGGCUGUCAACGAGAUUGGAGAAAGUGAACCAUCACUGCCCCUUAAUGUAGUCGUACAGGAUGAUGAAGAACCUCCCACGGUGACAUUGCGUCUGUCUGUUAGAGGAGAUACUAUCAAAGUUAUGGCAGGGCAACCAGUCAACAUUCCAGCAGACGUGACAGGUCUUCCAAUGCCAAAGAUUGAAUGGUCUAAAGAUGACGUUGUUAUUGAUAAAACAUCAGAUGCCCUUAAGAUCACCAAAAAGGAAACAAGUAGAACAGAGGCGAAAACUGAACUCAGCAUGCCUGCAGCAGUUAGAAAUGAUAAAGGCACUUACACAGUUUCAGCUUCUAAUCGUCUUGGCACCGCAUACCGCAAUGUUCACGUUGAAGUAUUUGAUCGUCCUUCUCCACCAAGAAAUCUCACCGUAUCGGAUAUUAAAGCUGAAUCUUGCUGUUUGACUUGGGAUGCCCCACUCGAUAAUGGUGGCAGUGAGAUUACGCACUACAUUAUUGAGAAGCGGGAUGCGAGCAAGAAGAAGUCUGACUGGGAGGAAGUAUCCAGCACUGUUGUGGAUAGACGAUUUGGGGUCUAUAAACUGGCAACAAAUGGACAAUAUCAAUUUAGAGUGAGGGCCGUUAACAGGUUUGGGACAAGUGACGAAUGCCUUUCCGAAAAGGUAGUUAUCAAGGAUCCUUAUGGUCUUCCUGGACCCCCUGGAAAACCAAAGGUUACAGAACACACCAGGUCAUCAAUGCUGGUAACAUGGACGCCUCCACUAGACAAUGGUGGAGCUCCAAUUACUGGCUAUUGGCUGGAAAAGAAAGAAGAAGGAGGUGUCUACUGGUCUCGUGUCAACAGAGCUCCAGUGACAAAACCAGCAGUGAAAGGACUGGAAUACAAUGUACUGCGUUUGAUUGAAGGUGUAAAAUACCAGUUCCGAGCUAUGGCUGUGAAUAUUGCUGGAAUUGGCCCUCCCAGUGAACCAUCAGAUCUUUAUGAAGCUGCAGAUCCAAUCUAUCCUCCUGGAGCGCCAUCAUGCCCAGAUGUCAAAGACAGAACCAACUCAACUAUAUCUCUUGCAUGGAAACCUCCACAAAAAGAUGGUGGCAGUCCUAUUAAAGGAUAUAUCGUCGAAAUGCAAGAAGAAGGUAGUUUAGAUUGGAAGAGUGUGAACGAACCAGACAAGCUGUUCCCUACCUGCGAUUGUGUUGUACCCAAUCUGAAAGAGCUCAGAAAGUACAGAUUCAGAGUAAAGGCUGUAAAUGCUGCAGGGGAAUCCGAGCCAAGUCUUUGCACUGCAGAAAUACCAUGCAAGGAAGUUCAAGAGGAGCCAGAAAUAUUUAUUGAUGUUGGAGCACAAGACUUACUCUCUUGCCGUACUGGUACAACAAUCAGAAUUCCAGCAGUUAUUAAGGGACGUCCUGUUCCCAAAGUAACUUGGGAAUUUGAAGGAGAUGCAAAGAAAGCUGUAAAGGAUGGACAUAACAUACCUGAAGAUGCUACGGUGGAAUCAACUGAUACCACAUCAGUGAUUACUAUCCCUACAUGUAACAGAGGUCAUUCUGGAAAAUACAGUAUUACAGCAAAGAAUAAAGCAGGACAGAAAACUGUAAAUGUCAGGGUGAAUGUCCUAGAUGUUCCAGGGCCACCAAAAGACCUGAAAGUAAGUGACAUAACAAGAUGCAGCUGUAAACUUUCGUGGAAAAUGCCGGACAAUGAUGGUGGAGACAGAAUCAGAAACUAUAUUAUUGAGAAAAGAACUGUUGAAGGGAAAGCCUGGACAAAAGUUAAUCCCAACUGUGCUGGCACAUCAUUGGUUAUUCCUGAUCUCAUAGCUGGGCAACAAUACUUCUUCAGAGUACGUGCAGAAAACCGCUUUGGUGUUGGACCCCCAGCAGAUACAAUUCAAAGGACCACAGCAAGGGAUCCAAUCCAUCCUCCUGAUCCACCUAUCAAGCUCAAGAUUGGUCUUAUAACAAAGAACACGGUAAACUUGACAUGGAAACCUCCAAAGAAUGACGGUGGUGCUCCCGUAACACAUUAUAAUGUGGAGUGCCUUCGCUGGGACCGUACUGGUGAAGGGAAGGAAGCCUGGCGACAGUGCAAUAGACGGGAUGUGGAAGAAACAAAGUUUACUGUUGAAGACCUUAAAGAAGGCGAUGAAUAUGAAUUCAGAGUGAAAGCAGUGAAUGAAGCAGGUCCAAGCAGACCGUCAGCUACUGUUGGGCCAGUCGUCGUCAAAGAUCAGACAUGCCCUCCGUCUAUUGAACUCAAAGAAUUUAUGGAGGCAGAAGAAGGGACAGAUAUCAAGAUUGUAGCCAAAAUAAAGGGCGUCCCCUUCCCGACACUGACUUGGGUCAAAGCUCAUCCUAAGAAACCUGAUGACAAAUUGCCAGUGCUAUAUGACCAACAUGUCAACAAGAUUGUGGAUGAAAAUUCCUGUACUUUGCUGAUACAGCAAUCUCGCAGAAAAGACACAGGCUUGUACACUAUAACUGCUGUCAAUAACUUUGGAACAGAUUCAAAGGAGAUGAGGCUGAAUGUGCUAGGUCGCCCUGGACCACCAGAAGGACCCAUUAAAUUUGAAUCUAUUUCCGCCGAUCAGAUGACAAUUUCUUGGCUUCCUCCUAAAGAUGAUGGUGGAUCUAAGAUAACUAACUAUGUUAUUGAAAAAAGGGAAGCAAACAGAAGGACCUGGGUCCAUGUUACCAAUGAACCUAAAGAAUGCAUCUUCACAGUACCCAAACUACUAGAAGGGCAUGAAUACAUCUUCCGCAUCAUGGCACAGAAUAAAUAUGGCGUUGGGGAACCUCUUGAUAGUGAACCUGAAACUGCCAGAAAUCUAUUCAGUGUUCCUGGAAUUUGUGACAAACCAACAGUCAGCAGUGUCACACAUGACUCAAUGACCGUCAACUGGGAGGAGCCAGAAUAUGAUGGAGGCUCCCCUGUGACAGGUUAUUGGCUGGAGCGUAAAGAGACCACUGGAAAGAGAUGGACACGGGUUAACCGUGAUCCUAUUAAACCUAUGACAUUGGGAGUUUCUUACAAAGUACCUGGCCUUAUUGAAGGUUCAGAUUACCAGUUCCGUGUCUAUGCUAUUAAUGCUGCUGGUGUUGGACCGCCAAGCAUGCCGUCAGAUCCAAUAACUGCAAGAGACCCAAUCUCUCCACCUGGUCCUCCAUUUCCAAAAGUUACUGAUUGGACAAAAUCUUCCGUUGACCUUGAAUGGACUCCUCCAUUAAAAGAUGGCGGUUCUAAAGUCACUGGUUACCUUGUUGAAUUUAAAGAAGAAGGGAAAGAAGAAUGGGAAAAGGCAAAAGAUAAAGAAAUAAGAGGGACCAAGUUUGUUUUGGCAGGAUUGAAAGAAGGAGGUUUCUACAGAUUUAGAGUCAGAGCAAUAAAUGCUGCUGGUAUUGGAGAGCCUGGAGAUGUCACUGAAGUCAUUGAAAUAAAGGACAGAAUAGUUGCUCCUGAUCUCAUGCUUGAUGCUCAUGUGAAGGACAGAAUCGUUGUCCAUGCUGGUGGAGUGAUCCGCAUUAUAGCUUAUGUCUCGGGAAAGCCACCUCCAACAAUUACCUGGAAGAGGGAUGAGAGAGCUCUCCCAGAGGAGGCUAAAAUCGAGGAAACUGCAAUUAGUUCCUCUAUGGUCAUAAAGAACUGCAAGAGAAGCCAUCAGGGCUUAUACACUCUUCUCGCUAAAAAUGCCGGUGGAGAAAGAAAGAAGACUAUUAUUGUUGAUGUGCUAGAUGUUCCAGGUCCAGUCGGCAUUCCAUUCCUUACUGAGAACCUAACCAACGACUCAUGCAAACUUACGUGGUUUUCUCCUGAAGAUGACGGUGGCUCAGCUAUCACCAACUACGUAAUUGAAAAACGUGAAGCAGACCACAGGGCUUGGACCCCAGUGACAUAUACGGUCACCAGGCAGAAUGCAACAGUUCAGGGGCUGAUUGAGGGCAAAGCAUACUUCUUCCGAAUUGCACCUGAGAAUAUUAUUGGCAUGGGCCCAUUUGUGGAGACAACAAAAGAGAUUUUAAUCAGAGACCCAAUAACUGUGCCAGAAAGGCCUGAGGAUCUGGAAGUCAAAGCAGUAACGAAGGAUUCUGUUACACUGACCUGGAACCCACCUAAGUACAACGGUGGCUCUGAUAUAACCAUGUAUGUUUUGGAAAGCCGCCUUAUUGGGAAAGAGAAAUUUACCAGAGUUACAAAAGAGAAAAUGCUUGACAGAAAAUACACAGUUGAAGAUUUGAAAGAAGGUGACACUUAUGAGUAUCGCGUGAGCGCUUGCAAUAUUGUGGGACAAGGCAAACCAUCAUUUGUUACGAAACCCAUCACAUGCAAAGAUGAAAUUGCUCCUCCACAACUUGAACUUGAUAUCCGAGAGAAGCUCACUGUCCGUGUAGGAGAAGCUUUCAGUCUGACCGGCCGUUACUCAGGCAAACCAGCACCAAAGAUUACCUGGCUCAAAGAUGAAAUUUCUGUGAAAGAAGACAAACGGACAAAGAUCCAGACGACGCCAGCUACUCUUUGUUUGGGGAUAUUGAAAUCUGUCCGUGAAGAUUCAGGCAAAUAUUGUGUCAUUGUAGAAAACAGUUCGGGAACAAGAAAAGGUUUCUGUCAAGUUACUGUAGUUGAUCGUCCUCAACCACCAGUGGGGCCAGUUAUUUUUGAUGAAGUUACUAAAGAUCAUUUUGUUAUCUCCUGGAAACCUCCCUUGGAUGAUGGUGGAAGUCCAAUUACAAAUUACAUUAUUGAGAAGAGAGAUGCAAACAGAGACCUCUGGAUGCCAGUCACGUCAGCCAAUGUCAAGACAACGUGCAAAGUCCCUAAAUUACUUGAGGGAAGAGAUUAUGUUGUCCGAAUCUAUGCUGAGAACUUGUAUGGCAUGAGUGAUCCUUUAAUAUCUGAUGAAAUGAAGGCCAAGGAUCGUUUCAGUGUUCCUGCUGCACCAGAGCAACCUAUCAUUAAAGGCGUCACCAAAAAUUCUGCUUUAGUUACCUGGAAGAAGCCAUAUGAUGGAGGAAAACCAAUAACCAAUUACAUACUUGAAAAGAAGGAAACUAUGUCUACUCGAUGGGGAAGAGCCACCAAAGAUCAUAUUUACCCAGAUACUCAGUUCAGGGUAACAGAUCUUCUUGAAGGCUGUGAAUAUGAAUUCCGAGUUUCAGCAGAAAAUGAAAUUGGCAUUGGUGAUCCUAGCCCACCCUCAAAACCAUUCUUCGCUAAGGAUCCAAUCGUAAAACCAAGUCCACCAAUUAAUCCUGAAGCAGUGGAUAAAACUAAAAGUUCAGUGCAAUUGUCCUGGCAACCACCACGUCAUGAUGGAGGAGGCAAGAUCAUAGGCUAUCUCAUUGAGUACCAAAAGGAUGGAGAUGAGGAGUGGAAAAAAGCCAACCAUACAGCAGAUUCUUGCCCUGAGACAAAAUACAAUGUCACCGGCCUCACUGAGGGUACCAAAUAUAGAUUCAGAGUCUUUGCAGUCAAUGGGGCAGGAGAAUCCGAGCCAGCUAAUGUUCGUGAUCCAGUUGAAGUCAAGGACAGACUUGAGGCUCCUGAUUUAAUCCUGGAUGCUAAUAUGACACGAGAACAACAUGUAAAAGUUGGAGAUACAUUGAGGCUAAGUGCUGUAAUUAAAGGAAUUCCAUUCCCAAAAGUGACUUGGAAGAAAGAAGAUAAGGAAGUUCCUACAAAGGCAGAUAUUGAGGUUACAGGAGUUGGCAGUAAGCUUGAAAUUCGACACGCAGUCCAUGAAGACGGAGGGAAUUAUUCCCUGACCGUGGAGAAUCCGGUUGGAUCAAAGACUGUUUCAGUAAAAGUUAUUGUUCUAGAUAAGCCUGGGCCUCCCAGGAAUCUACAGGUCAGUGAAGUGAGAAGAGAUUCUUGCUAUCUGACUUGGAAGGAACCCGAGGACAAUGGUGGCUCUGUCAUUACGAAUUACGUUGUGGAAAGGAAAGAUGUUGCUGCUGCUCAGUGGCUACCAAUAUCAUCAUCUUCUAAGAAACACAGUCUGUUGGCUAAAUACCUCAUGGAAGGCACUCAAUAUCUCUUCCGUGUUGCUGCUGAGAACCAGUAUGGAAGAGGUCCUUACGUUGAAACCCACAAGCCGAUUAAGGCUAUAGAUCCACUUCAUCCUCCUGGCCCACCAAAGAACUUGCAUCAUGUAGAUGUUGACAGGACACAAGUGUCUCUUGUUUGGAAUUGGCCUGAUCGGGACGGUGGUGCUGAAAUAACUGGAUUUUUGGUGGAGUACCAAGAAGAAGGGAAAGAAGACUGGACAAAAUUCAAAACAGUCCCUGUGCCAGAAUGUGUUGUUACUGGUCUACAACAAGGGAAGAUUUACAAAUUCCGCGUAAAAGCCCAAAAUAUUGUGGGUCUUAGUCUUCCAGACACAACCAUACCAAUAGAGUGCCAAGAAAAAAUAGUCCCACCAUCAGUUGAUCUAGAUGUGAAAUUAAUAGAAGGCCUUGUUGUUAAAGCUGGCAGCACAGUGCGGUUCCCUGCAAUCAUGAGAGGCGUACCUGUUCCCACUGCAAAAUGGGUCACUGAUAAUGUUGAAAUCAAAUCAGAAGGCAAUUACAAGAUUGAUACUGAUAAUUACUCUACAGUUCUCACUAUUCAAAGCUGCACAAGAAAAGACACUGGAGAAUAUCUGCUCACAGUAUCCAAUAUAGCUGGAAGCAGAACUGUUCCUGUUCAUCUAACAGUUUUGGAUGUUCCUGGUCCUCCAACUGGCCCAAUUGAUAUUCUGGAAGUCACUCCCGAUCAUAUGGUUAUUGCUUGGCGACCUCCUAAAGAUGAUGGUGGAAGCGCUGUAAUUAAUUACAUUGUUGAGAAACGAGAGACAAGGAAAGAAACCUGGGGAGUGGUCUCUUCAGGGACUAAUCAAACUAGAAUUAAAAUUCCACGUCUACAGAAGGGCUGUGAAUAUAUUUUCCGAGUUUGUGCAGAGAAUAAGAUAGGCGUUGGUCCACCUCUUGAUUCAAAACCAACAGUUGCCAAGGCUCUGCAUGAUCCACCAUCUCCACCUGGUAAACCAGUAGUUAAUGAUAUUACAGAAAAUGGUGCAACUGUAUGUUGGACUGUGCCAAAAUCUGAUGGUGGAAGUCCAAUAACUGGAUACAUACUUGAACGCCGUGAAAUCUCAGGGAAAUGGAUACGUGUCAACAAAUCUCCAGUGCUUGAUCUGAAAUUUAGAGCUACCGGCCUCUUUGAGGGCAGCACAUAUGAAUUCCGUGUUUUUGCAGAAAACAGUGCUGGCAUAAGCAAGCCAUCUCCACCUUCCGAUCCAAUCAAAGCAUCACGUCCUAUGUCACCUCCUGGACCUCCCAUUAAUCCAAAACUCAAGGAUAAGACCAAGGAAACAGCUGAGCUAGUAUGGACUAAGCCACUCAAAGAUGGUGGUAGCCCCAUCCUGGGAUAUGUUGUGGAAUGCCAGAAAAGCGGAACUACUCAGUGGAAUAGAAUUAACAAAGAUGAACUCAUCAGACAUUGUGCCUUUACAGUACCUGGGUUAAUUGAAGGAAAUGAAUAUAGAUUCCGCAUUAAAGCUGCUAAUAUUGUAGGAGAGGGAGAACCCAGAGAAUUGCCAGAAACAGUUCUUGCCAAAGACAUUCUCAUGCCUCCAGAGGUAGAACUGGAUGUGACCUGCCGAGAUGUAAUUACUGUCAGAGUAGGCCAAACAAUAAGGAUUAUAGGCAAAGUGAGGGGCAGACCAGAUCCUGACAUAACAUGGUCUAGAGAUGGCAAAAAUAUAACGAAAGAUAAGCGUACUGACAUAAUUCAUGAAUUCCCUCAUAUAGAGCUUCAAAUAAAACCUGCUGUAAGAGCAGACCAUGGAAAAUACCUAAUUACAGCUAAGAAUAGCAGCGGACACGCCCAAGCAUCAGCUAUUGUUAAUGUGCUUGAUAGGCCAGGACCUUGCCAGAACCUGAAAGUAACCUAUGUCACCAAAGAUUCUUGCAUGGUCUCUUGGGAGAAUCCUGAAGAUAACGGUGGCUCAGAAAUUACAAACUAUAUAGUAGAGUAUCGUCAACCAAACCAGAGAGGCUGGUCAAUAGUUUCUUCUGAUCUUACUAAGAGGAUAGUGAAAGCACAUCUCGUUGAAAAUCACGAAUACUUCUUCCGUGUUUGUGCAGAAAACAAAGUAGGUCCAGGUCCAGUUGUCGAGACCAAAACUCCAAUCCUUGCUAUUAACCCUAUUGACAGGCCAGGUGAGCCUGAAAACCUUCACAUUGCAGAAACAGGAAAGACAUUUGUAUAUCUGAAAUGGAGGAGACCAGACUACGAUGGUGGCAGCCCCAACUUAACAUACCAUGUUGAAAGAAAACUGAAGGAUUCGGAUGAGUGGGAAAGAGUGCACAAAGGUAGCAUUAAGGAAACACACUAUAUGGUUGACAAAUGCGUUGAAAAUAAAAUUUAUCAGUUCAGAGUUCAGACAAAGAAUGAAGGUGGUGAAAGUGACUGGGUGAAGACAAGUGAAGUUGUUGUUAAAGAAGAAAUUCAGAAACCUGUACUUGAUCUGAAGCUGUCUGGAGUACUGACUGUGAAAGCUGGCGAACCAAUAAAAAUUGUAGCAGGACUUAGAGGCAAGCCCCAACCAGAAGUAUCUUGGGCAAAGGAUUCUGCCGAUCUAUCCCAAUCUCCAAGGGCCAAAAUUGAAACAACUUCAGACUCAUCUAAGUUCCUUCUCUCCAAAGCAAGGCGCACAGAUGGUGGUAAAUACGUUAUUACUGCCACUAAUCCAGCUGGUAGCUUUGUAGCAUAUGCUACUGUAAAUGUUUUGGACAAACCAGGACCUGUCAGAAAUUUGAAGGUGGCUGAUGUUUCAGUUGACCGAUGCACAGUCAGCUGGGAUGUACCUGAAGAUGAUGGUGGUUGUGAAAUACAGAACUACAUUGUAGAGAAAUGUGAAAGCAGACGAAUGGUUUGGACUACGUAUUCCUCCUCUGUGCUAAUGACCCAUGUAAAUGUAACACAUCUCAUUGAAGGCAAUGAAUAUAUAUUCAGGGUCCGUGCAGAGAAUAAAAUGGGCACUGGUCCCCCAACAGAGACUAAGCCAAUUAUAGCAAAAACAAAGUAUAAUAGACCUGGUCGUCCAGAUCCUCCAGAAGUCACAAAGGUCAGCAAAGAAGAGAUGACCGUAGUUUGGAAUCCACCAGAAUAUGAUGGUGGUAAAUCAAUCACAGGAUAUAUAUUAGAGAAGAAAGAGAAAAGGUCAUUAAGGUGGGUUCCUGUUACCAAAAGUGCAAUUCCAGAGAGACGCAAGAAAGUUACAAAUCUCAUUCCAGGAUAUGAAUAUCAGUUCCGUGUCAGGGCAGAAAAUGAAAUUGGAAUUGGUGAACCAAGCUACCCAUCAAAACCAACAAUAGCGAAGGAUCCAAUAGAACCACCUGGUCCUCCCAUUAAUCUUAAGGUUGUUGAUAGCACGAAGACCUCUAUUACUCUUGGAUGGGGAAAGCCAGUCUAUGAUGGUGGUGCUCCUAUUAUUGGCUAUGUGGUAGAAAUGAGACCCAAAACUGAAAAAGCAGGUCCUGAUGAAGGAUGGAAAAGAUGCAAUGUUGCUACACAAGUUAUUCAUACAGAAUUUACAGUGACAAGCUUGGAGGAGAAAGAACUAUAUGAGUUCCGGGUUUCUGCCCAAAAUCAAGUAGGCAUUGGCCGGCCAGCUGAUUUGAAAGAAGCUGUUUCUCCCAAAGAAAUUCUUGAACCUCCUGAAAUUGAUUUGGAUGCAAGCCUGAGAAAGUUAGUCAUAGUCAGAGCAGGGUGCCCCAUAAGACUUUUUGCCAUUAUUCGAGGGCGACCAGCACCUAAAGUUACCUGGAGGAAGGUGGGAAUUGAUAAUGUGAUCAGAAGGGGCCAGGUUGACCUGGUUGACACAAUGGCCUUCUGCGUCAUCCCCGAUUCUACACGGGAUGAUUCAGGCAAAUACACUUUGACAGUUGUUAACCCUGCUGGAGAAAAGGCAGUCUUCGUGAAUGUCCGUGUCCUUGAUACUCCUGGACCUGUAGCAGAGCUUAGUGUCAAGGAUGUCACAAAAACGUCCUGUCAGGUUUCAUGGGCUCCACCUGAAAAUGACGGUGGUAGUCCUGUCACACAUUACAUCGUGGAAAAACGUGAGGCUGAGAGAAAGACCUGGGCAAAACUUACCGAUGAUGUAAAGAAGACCAGUUUCAAGGUUUCUAAUCUUAUGCCAGGAACUGAGUAUUUCUUCAGAGUCAUUGCUGUCAAUGAAUAUGGCCCUGGUGUUCCAAGGGACACGCCCAAACCAAUCCUGGCAACAGAUCCACUAAGUGAACCUGAUCCUCCAAGGAAACUUGAAGUGACUGAAAUCACAAAGAACAGUGCUACUUUAGGGUGGUUGCCACCGUUGCGUGACGGUGGUUCCAAAAUUGAUGGCUACAUCAUUGCAUAUCAAGAAGAGGGUCAUGCUGAGGAUCACUGGACACAGUACUCCGUUGUCAAAGAUCUUCAUAUUGUUGUUGCUGGCCUAAAGGAAGGAAAGAAAUACAAAUUUAGAGUGGCUGCAAGGAAUGCUGUAGGAGUAAGCCAGCCAAAACAAACUGAAGGCAUCUAUGAAGUUAAAGAGCAACUGAUGCCACCUAAGAUUCUGAUGCCAGAUCAUGUCAAUAUAAAGGCUGGGCAGAAACUCAGGAUUGAAGCACAUGUUUAUGGGAAACCCCACCCGACUUGUAAAUGGAUGAAAGGAGACAAAGAUGUGGCAAUAUCCAGCCGCCUGGCUGUGCAUAAAGCAGACAGCACUUCGGUUCUCAUCAUUAAAGAUGUAAUUAGGAAAGACAGUGAUUAUUACAGUCUAACAGCUGAAAACAGCUCGGGAGUAGCUACUCAGAAAAUCAAAGUGGUCGUCAUGGAUAUCCCUGGUCCACCACAGCCACCAUUCGAAAUUUCUGACAUAGAUGCUGAUGCUUGCUCUUUGUCAUGGCAUACUCCUCUUGAAGACGGUGGUAGCAACAUCACCAACUACGUGGUUGAGAAGUGUGAUACCAGUCGAGGAGACUGGAUAACAGUGGUAGCUUCUGUUACAAAGACGAAUUGCAGAGUUGGAAAACUCACCCCUGGAGAAGAAUACAUGUUCCGUGUUCGUGCUGAAAACCGAUUUGGAAUUUCUGAACCACUUCCAUCCGAUAAGAUGAUUGCAAGGUUUCCAUUUGAUGUUCCUAGUGAACCAAAGAAUGCACGUGUUACCAAGGUGAACAAGGACUGUGUUUUUGUGGCAUGGGACAGGCCAGACAGCGAUGGAGGCAGCCCAAUAACUGGUUAUCUCAUUGAACGUAAAGAAAGGAACAGUUUGCUUUGGGUGAAGGCCAAUGAUACACUUGUGCGAUCCACAGAAUACCCAUGUGCAAAUUUAAUUGAAGGCCUUGAGUACACAUUUAGAAUCUAUGCUCUGAAUAAAGCUGGUGCAAGCAAGCCUAGCAAACCAACAGAUUUUAUUACAGCAAGAACACCAGUUGAUCCCCCUGGCAAACCCGAGGUUAUUGAUGUCACUAAGAGUACUGUGUCGCUUGUCUGGGCAAGACCAAAACAUGAUGGUGGUAGCAAGAUACUUGGCUACUUUGUUGAAUCCUGUAAACUGCCUGGAGAAAGAUGGGUACGAUGCAAUACCACUCCCCAUCAAAUACCCCUGGAAGAGUACACUGCAACUGGUUUGGAAGAAGGUGCACAGUAUCAAUUUAGAGCCAUAGCAAAAACAGCAGUGAACAUUAGCUGGCCUUCUGAACCUUCUGAUCCAAUAACCGUUCAGUCAGAAAAUGUACCACCAAAAAUAGAACUCGGUGUAGCUAUGAAAUCCUUGCUUGUAGUAAAAGCUGGAACCAAUGUUUGUCUUGAGGCUAAUGUGUUUGGCAAGCCUAUGCCAACUAUUAGUUGGAAGAAAGAAGGGGAGAUCCUGAAACCAGUUGAAGGAGUCAAGAUAACCACCAAGAGAAAUUUAUCUACUGUGGAGCUCUUCAGCGUAAAUAGAAAGCAAACAGGAGAUUAUACUAUCACAGCUGAAAAUGCAAGUGGUUCCAAAUCAGCAACUAUUAAACUUAAAGUACUAGACAAGCCUGGUCCUCCAGCUUCAGUUAAGAUUGUAAACAUGUACACAGACCGAGCAAUGCUUUCUUGGGAACCUCCUCUUGAAGAUGGAGGCUCAGACAUUACUAAUUACAUUGUCGACAAACGGGAAACAAGCAGACCCAACUGGGCUCAAGUCUCCGCCAAUGUCCCCAUCACUAGCUGCAGCGUUGAGAAACUAAUUGAAGGACAUGAGUACCAAUUCCGCAUUUGUGCUGAAAACAAAUAUGGAGUAGGUGACCCAAUUUUGACUGACUCAGCAGUGGCUAAGAAUCCAUAUGAUGUGCCUGGACCAUGUGAACCACCUAUAAUUAGUAACAUAACAAAAGAUUUCAUGUCGGUAAGCUGGAAAGCACCUGCUGAUGAUGGCGGCUCCCCUGUGACUGGAUAUAUUGUUGAAAAACGUGAAACGAGGGCAGUUAACUGGACAAAAGUGAAUAGAAAGCCUGUCAUUGAAAGAACCAUAAAGGCCACUGGACUCCAGGAAGGAACAGAAUAUGAGUAUAGGGUAACUGCACUGAAUAAAGCUGGACCCGGCAAACCUAGUGGAGUAUCUAAAGCAGUAUAUGCACGUGAUCCUCAGUAUCCCCCUGGCCCACCAGCAUUCCCAAAAGUGAUUGACACCACCCGUAGCUCUAUAACCCUGUCUUGGACCAAACCAGCAUAUGAUGGUGGAAGCCCCAUUAUUGGCUACCUUGUCGAAGUAAAACGAGCAGAUACAGAUAACUGGGUGCGGUGCAAUUUGCCAAGGAAUUUGCCAGAUACCCGUUACGUUGUGACUGGACUCACGGAGAACACAGAAUACCAGUUCCGCAUUUAUGCUGUCAAUAAGGUUGGAUAUAGUGACCCAAGCGAUGUGCCAGACAAGCACAUGGCCAAGGACAUUUUAAUUCCACCUGAGGGAGAGCUUGAUGCUGAAUUGAGGAAAGUUCUGGUAUUACGUGCUGGAGUCACAAUGAGGAUUUAUGUGCCAGUGAGAGGCCGUCCACCUCCCAAGAUUUCUUGGUCUAAAGUGGAUGCCAACAUAAGAGACAGGCAAGGACUAGAUAUCAAAUCAACUGACUUUGACACUUUCCUGCGCUGUGAAAAUGUAAAUAAAUACGAUUCUGGAAAAUAUGUCCUGAGUCUGGAGAACGUCUGUGGCAAAAAAGCAUACACAAUGGUUGUAAAAGUACUUGAUACUCCUGGGCCACCUAUUAAUCUGAUUGUAAAAGAAGCAUCUAAAGAUUCUGCCUUUAUUUCAUGGGAACCUCCUAUAAUUGAUGGCGGGAGUCCAGUGAAGAACUAUGUAGUUGAAAAACGUGAUGCAGAGAGAAAGUCGUGGUCUACAGUAGCCACAGAGUGUCCGAAAACAAGCUUCAGGAUCUCUAACUUGGAGGAAGGCAAAUCUUACUUCUUCAGGGUUUUUGCUGAAAAUGAAUAUGGCAUUGGCGACCCCUGUGAAACUCGUGAUGCAGUUAAAGCUUCUGAAACACCUGGACCUGUUGUGGACUUAAAGGCUUUGGCUGUGACAAAGUCAUCCUGCAAUGUAUCGUGGAAAAAGCCCAUUAGCGAUGGUGGAAGCCGCAUUAAUGCAUAUAUCGUUGAACUUAUGACUGGUGAAAAUCAGUGGCAGGAAGUUAUGAGGUCAAAGAAUCUCCAGUAUUCAACAAGAGACUUAACAGAAGGCAAAGAAUAUACCUUCAGAGUGAGAGCACAAAAUGAAGCUGGGUAUGGAACACCUAAUGAAAUUACAGUGCUGGCAAGGGACGAUAUAGUGGCACCUGAUCUUGAUUUAAAAGACCUGCCAGGCUUGUGCUAUUUAGCUAGAGAAGGAAGCAGUUUCCGCCUGAAAAUCCCUAUUAAAGGCAAACCAGCACCAACGGUGACAUGGAAAAAAGGGGAAGACCUGGCUCUUACUGAGACAGGAAGAGUUGCAUUUGAAGCUACAGCAGUUAAUACCUCACUCCUUGUACGUGAUUGUCAUAAAGAUGAUGCUGGGAAAUAUACAAUCAAACUGAAGAACGUUGCUGGCAGUAAAGAAGCGACUAUUUCUGUGAAGGUUGUUGGCAAACCUGGAAUCCCAACAGGACCUGUGAAAUUUGAUGAAGUCACAGCUGAUGCCAUGACAUUAAAAUGGGCUCCUCCCAAAGAUGAUGGUGGUUCAGAAAUCACUAACUACAUUAUUGAGAAGAGAGACAAUGUGAAUAAUAAAUGGGUCACAUGUGUGUCUGCUGUGCAGAAAACUACCUUCAGAGUCACAAGACUUCAUGAAGGCAGUGAAUAUACUUUCAGAAUCAGUGCUGAAAAUAAAUAUGGAGUCGGCGAAGGUCUUAAAUCUGACCCAAUAAUCGCAAGGCAUCCAUUUGAUGUUCCCGAUGCUCCACCACCACCCAAAAUUGUUGAGAUUAGGCGUGAUUCUGCCUAUUUAACAUGGACAGACCCCAAAAAGACAGGUGGCUCACCUAUCACAGGUUACCACCUUGAAUAUAAAGAAAGAAAUAGUAUUUUGUGGAAGCGAGCAAACAAGACCCCACUAAAGAUGAGAGACUUCAGAGUGACAGGGUUAACGGAAGGUUUGGAAUAUGAAUUCAGAGUGAUGGCAAUCAAUCUUGCUGGAGUUGGUAAACCAAGUCUGCCUUCUGAGCCAAUUGUAGCCCUUGAUCCAAUUGAUCCUCCUGGGAAGCCUGAAGUUAUCAGUGUGACUAGAAACUCAGUGACUCUGAUCUGGACAGAACCAAAAUAUGAUGGCGGACAUAAAUUAAUUGGCUACAUAGUGGAGAAACGUGAUCUACCUUCAAAGACUUGGAUGAAGGCAAACCAUGUGAAUGUUCAGGAAUGUGCAUAUACAGUAACUGACCUUUUUGAAGGAUCUAAAUAUGAAUUCAGAAUUAGAGCUAAGAAUACCGCUGGUGCUAUUAGUCCUCCAUCAGAAUCUACCGGAGCCAUUAUAUGCAAGGAUGAGUAUGAGGCACCAACUAUUGUUAUUGAUCCUACUGUCAAAGAAGGCCUGACUGUUAAGGCAGGAGACACCAUCUCAAUGUCUGCUAUUAGCAUCCGUGGCAAGCCACUUCCAACUUCAGUGUGGUCUAAAGGAGGCAAAGAUUUCAAGCUUUCAGAGACUGUUCAUAUUGAAUCAACUCCAACUUCUUCAACGCUUUCUGUCAAGUAUGCCGCUAGAAAAGAUUCUGGUGAAUAUACGAUCACUGCAACCAAUCCUUUUGGUACUAAAGAAGAACACGUACAUGUAAAAGUUUUAGAUGUACCAGGCCCACCUGGACCAGUUGAAGUGAGCAAUGUUUCAGCUGAAAAGGCUACUCUCACAUGGACACCCCCAACAGAAGAUGGCGGGUCACCAAUCAAGUCUUAUGUACUUGAAAAGAGAGAAACUAGCCGCCUUCUAUGGACUCAAGUUGCUGAAGACAUUCAGUCUUGUAGGCAUGUUGUGACUAAGCUUAUUCAAGGAAAUGAGUACCUUUUCCGUGUUUCUGCUGUGAAUCAGUAUGGCAAAGGAGAACCAUCUCAAUCAGAGCCAGUUAAAAUGGUGGAUAGAUUUGGGCCUCCUGGUCCACCUGGUAAACCAGAAGUAUCAAAUAUUACGAAAAACACUGUUACUGUAACCUGGAAAAGGCCAACUGAUGACGGUGGCAGCGAAAUCACAGGCUACCAUGUGGAAAGAAGAGAAAGAAAAGGCGUGAGAUGGGUCAGAGUUACAAAGAAACCAGUAUCAGACCUUCGAUGCAAAGUGACUGGACUCCUAGAAGGAAAUGAAUAUGAAUUCCGUGUCAGUGCAGAAAACAGGGCAGGAAUUGGGCCACCAAGUGAUAUUUCUCAACCAGUAUUAACCAAGGAUGCUGCAUAUCCACCGGGACCUCCUUCCAACCCACGAGUAACUGAUACAACAAAGACAACUGCUAGCCUAGCAUGGGGUAAACCUCACUAUGAUGGCGGACUUGAUAUAAUCGGCUAUAUUGUGGAGCACCAAAAAGAAGGAGAAGACACAUGGGUGAAAGAUACCACGGGGACUGCUCUAAGAAUCACAGAAUUUGUGGUUGCUAAUCUCCAGCCAGGAGCCAAAUACAAUUUUAGAAUUAUUGCCCUCAAUGCUGCUGGCGCUGGUGAACCAGCAACGAUAAAAGAUGUUGAAAUCAGGGAACGUGAAGUAGCUCCUGAUUUUGAAUUAGACGCCGAGCUGAGGAAAACUCUUGUUGUUAGAGCUGGACUGACCAUUCGGGUAUUUGUUCCAAUUAAAGGGCGCCCAGUUCCUGAAAUCACAUGGACCAAGGAUGAUAUUUCACUUAAAGGACGUGCCAGUAUUGAAAAUACAGACUCUUUCACACUUCUCAUUGUCACAGAAUGCACUAGAUAUGAUGCAGGGAAGUAUGUCAUGACCCUUGAAAAUGCUGCUGGCAAGAAGACUGGUUUUGUAAAUGUAAAAGUCUUGGAUACACCAGGGCCACCAAUAAAUCUCAAGCCCAGAGACAUAUCUAAAGAUACCAUCACCCUACAAUGGGAUAUGCCUCUAAUUGAUGGUGGUUCACGCAUAACAAAUUAUAUAGUUGAAAAACGUGAGUCAACACGAAAGGCAUAUUCAACCAUCACAACAAAGUGCCCAAAAUGUUCACUUAGGAUUCCUAAUUUGGCUGAAGGGUGUGAAUAUUACUUCAGAGUAUUUGCUGAAAACGAAUUUGGAAUUGGUGAACCAGCCGAAACUGCUGAACCUGUAAGAGCGUCAGAGGCACCGUCACCACCAGAGAGCCUUAAUAUCAUGGAUAUCACAAGGAAGACAGUCAGCCUUGCUUGGCCAAAGCCCGAACAUGAUGGUGGUAGCAAGAUUACUGGCUAUGUUAUUGAAGCCCAGAAAAAAGGUUCAACUCAGUGGACACAUAUCACAACUGUGAAAACAUUAGAAUGUGUGGUAAAGAAUCUGACUGAAAAUGAAGAAUAUACUUUCCAGGUUAUGGCAGUUAAUAGUGCUGGAAGAAGUGAUCCAAGAGAAAGCAGACCAGUUGUCGUUAAAGAGCAAAUGAUGCUUCCAGAAUUUGAUUUGCGUGGCAUUUACCAGAAAACAGUAAUUGCCAGAGCUGGUGACAAUAUCAAAGUUGAAAUACCUGUGCUUGGUCGCCCAAGGCCAACUAUUACUUGGAAAAAAGAAGACCAGUUAAUUAAACAAACUCAAAGAGUAAACUUUGAACAUACUGCUUCUGCAGCCAUCUUGACCAUUAAUGAAUGCACUAGAAACGAUAGCGGCAGAUACCCAAUCUCAGCUAAAAAUAUUGUUGGUGAAGUUAGCGAUGUUAUAACUAUACAGGUGCAUGAUGUUCCUGGACCUCCCACAGGGCCAAUCAAAUUUGAAGAAGUUUCAUCCGACUAUGUCACCUUCUCAUGGGAACCUCCACUGAAUGAUGGAGGGGUGCCAAUAAGUAACUAUGUUGUAGAAAUGCGUAAAACCGACAGUACUGCAUGGGCUGAGUUAGCAACUACUGUUAUACGUACUACUUUUAAAGCUGCUCGCCUCACUACUGGGACAGAGUACCAAUUCCGUGUUAAAGCUCAGAACAGAUACGGUUCAGGACCAUCUAUCAGUUCAGAGAAUGUAAUUGCUAACUAUCCUUUUAAAGUUCCUGGUCCUCCAGGCACUCCUCAAGUGAUUGCAGUCACGAAAGAUGCAAUUAGCAUUAGCUGGCAUGAGCCUUUGACAGAUGGAGGAAGCCCCAUUUUGGGAUAUCACGUUGAGCAAAAAGAACGAAAUAGCAUUCUUUGGCAGACCGUAAGUAAAGCUUUGAUAUCAGUAAAUACCUUCAAAUCAAGUGGUCUUACAUCUGGCCUUGCCUAUGAAUUCCGAGUCAUAGCAGAAAAUAUGGCAGGCAAGAGUAAACCCAGCAAACCAUCUGAGCCAGCAUUGGCCCUGGACCCUAUUGAUCCUCCUGGGAAGCCAGUUCCUCUCAAUAUUACAAGACAUGCAGUAGCACUUAAAUGGAAAAAACCUGAAUAUAAUGGAGGUUUUAAGAUAACUGGCUAUACUGUUGAAAAAAGAGAUCUUCCUAAUGGCCGAUGGCUAAAGGCUAACUUCGGCAAUAUACUAGAAACUGAGUUCACUGUUAGUGGUCUCACAGAAGAUGCUGCUUAUGAAUUCCGUGUGAUUGCUAGAAAUGCGGCUGGUGCUGUUAGCCACCCAUCCGAACCAUCAGAUGCAAUAACGUGCAGAGAUGAGAUUGAAGCACCAAGGAUCAUGGUUGAUGCUAAAUACAAAGACAUUUUGAUAUUAAAAGCAGGUGAAAUUUUCAAACUUGAAGCUGACGUUUCAGGUCGCCCUCCACCAACUCUGACAUGGACGAAAGAAGGAAAGGAGCUUGAAGACACGGCAAAAUUAGAAAUUAAAAUAGCUGAUUUCUCAACUGUUCUUCAUAAUAAGGACUCUAUAAGAAGAGAUGGAGGUGCCUACACACUUACAGCCUCCAAUCCAGGUGGCUUUGCAAAACAUAUUUUCAAUGUCAAAGUACUAGACAGACCUGGUCCUCCAGAAGGGCCUUUGGCUGUGUCUGAUGUUACCAUAGAAAAAUGUGUCCUCUCAUGGUUACCACCUUUGGAUGACGGAGGCGCAAGUAUUGACCAUUAUGUUGUUGAGAAGCGUGAGACUAGCAGAUUGGCAUGGACAACUGUAGCCACAGAAGUUCCAGUAACAAAAUUAAAGGUCACAAAGCUAUUGAAAGGCAAUGAAUAUAUCUUCCGUGUUAUGGCUGUUAACAAAUAUGGCCUUGGCGAAGCCCUGGAAUCAGAGCCUGUUCUUGCAGUAAAUCCUUAUGUAGUACCUGAUCCACCGAAGACACCUGAAGUUACAGCUGCAACCAAAGAUUCUAUGAUUGUGUGCUGGGGACACCCUGAUUCUGAUGGUGGAAGCCCUAUAAUCAAUUAUAUUGUAGAACGUCGUGACAGGGCUGGACUACGCUGGGUGAAAUGUAACAAGCGGGUUGUCACAGAUUUGCGCUAUAAAGUAUCUGGACUCACAGAAGGUCAUGAAUAUGAAUACCGAGUGAAAGCUGAAAACGCUGCUGGUGUAAGUGAACCAAGUCUAAGCAGUCAAUUCUACAAAGCUGCUGAUACUGUAUUUAAGCCAGGUCCACCAGGUAACCCACGUGUAUUAGACACAAGCAAGUCCUCAAUUACAAUUGCUUGGAAUAAGCCAAUAUAUGAUGGUGGCUCAGAAAUCACAGGCUACAUGGUUGAAACAGCAUUACCUGACGAAGAUGAGUGGAAAAUUGUAACUCCACCAGCAGGGCUGAAGGCGACUUCCUUUACCAUCACUAAUCUAAAAGAAAACCAGGAAUAUAAAAUCAGAAUAUAUGCUAUGAACUCUGAAGGCAUUGGAGAACCUGCUCUUGUUCCUGGGACACCAAAAGCUGAAGAAAGGGUACUGCCUCCUGAGAUUGAACUUGAUGCAGACCUACGUAAAGUUGUGACCCUCAGAGCUUGCUGUACUUUAAGACUCUUCGUCCCAAUUAAAGGAAGACCAGCGCCUGAAGUGAAAUGGUCAAGAGAACAUGGAGAGUCUUUAGACAAAGCCACUAUUGAAUCCACAAGCUCUUAUACACUGCUUACAGUUGGAAAUGUGAAUAGAUUUGACAGUGGCAAAUAUAUACUGACUGUAGAAAACAGCUCAGGCAGUAAAUCAGCAUUUGUAAUUGUAAGGGUUCUUGAUACACCUGGCGCCCCACAGAAUCUGAAGAUAAAAGAGGUUACAAAGUCAUCUGUGACUCUCACAUGGGACCCUCCCCUCAUAGAUGGUGGCUCUAAAAUUAAAAAUUAUAUUAUUGAAAAACGUGAGGCAACAAGAAAAGCAUAUUCAACAGUUAUGGCCAAUUGCCAUAAGACCAGCUGGAAAGUGGACAAUCUACAGGAAGGUUGCAACUAUUAUUUCAGAGUUCUAGCUGAAAAUGAAUAUGGAAUAGGGCUUCCUGUUGAAACAUCAGACUCUAUUAAGGCAUCUGAAAGGCCUCUUCCUCCAGGAAAAAUAACUAUAUUAGAUGUGACACGAAAGAGUGUAUCUUUGUCUUGGGAGAAACCUGAACAUGAUGGAGGAAGCAGAAUUUUGGGCUACAUUGUAGAAAUGCAAAGCAAAGGCAGUGAGAAAUGGGCCACAUGCACUACUGUAAAAGUUACUGAAGCUGUUAUAACUGGACUGAUCCAGGGUGAAGAAUAUUCUUUCCGUGUUUCAGCUCAGAAUGAAAAAGGAAUCAGUGAUCCUCGACAAUUGAGUGUACCAGUUAUUGCGAAAGAUCUUGUGAUACCACCAGCCUUCAAACUGUUAUUCACUACCUUCAGUGUACUAGCAGGUGAAGACUUAAAGGUUGAUGUUCCAUUUGUUGGUCGACCCAAGCCAUCUGUAACGUGGCUCAAAGAUGAUGUGCCACUAAGACAAACUACUAGAGUAAACGAAGAAAAUACAGACAACAACACUUUGCUAACAAUAAAAGAAGCAUGUAGAGAAGAUGUUGGACAAUAUUUAGUAAAACUUUCUAACUCUGCUGGGGAAGCUACUGAAAUUCUUAACAUUGUUGUCCUUGACAAGCCAGGACCUCCAACUGGACCAGUGAAGAUUGAAGAUGUAACUGCAGACAAUAUUACCAUUUCCUGGGGACCACCCAAAUAUGAUGGUGGCAGUUCUAUCAACAAUUAUAUUGUGGAAAAACGAGACACCUCCACUACUGCUUGGCAGAUUGUUUCAGCUACCGUUGCCCGGACAACUCUAAAAGCAGCUAGAUUAAAGACUGGAAGUGAAUAUCAAUUCAGAAUUGCUGCUGAAAACAGAUAUGGAAAGAGUACAUAUCUCACAUCAGAGUCUGUGGUAGCCCAGUAUCCAUACAAACUACCUGGGCCUCCUGGAACUCCUUUUGUACCAAAAGUCUCCAGGGAUAGUAUGGUUGUACACUGGAAUGAACCAGUCAAUGAUGGUGGCAGCAAGAUUAUUGGUUAUCAUUUGGAGCGCAAGGAAAGAAACAGCAUACUCUGGGUUAAAUUGAACAAAGCGGCAAUUCCUGACACUAACUUUAAAACAACUGGACUUGAGGAAGGCCUUGAAUAUGAAUUCAGAGUUUAUGCAGAAAAUAUAGUUGGUAUCGGAAAAGCAAGUAAAGGUUCAGAAUGCUACAAAGCUUAUGAUCCUUGUGAUCCUCCUGGUCGUCCAGAGCCUAUCAUCGUCACAAGGAACUCUGUUACUCUUCAGUGGAAGAAACCAGCAUAUGAUGGCGGAAGCAAGAUCACUGGCUACAUAGUUGAGAAGAAGGAGCUACCUGAAGGCCGUUGGAUGAAAGCAAGCUUUACGAAUGUUAUUGAGACCCAGUUUGCAGUAACUGGCCUAGUUGAAGACCAAAGGUAUGAGUUCCGUGUCAUUGCGCGCAAUGCUGCAGGCGUUUUCAGUGAGCCAUCUGAAAGCUCGGGGGCAGUCACAGCAAGAGAUGAAGUAGAGCCACCUCGCAUAAGUAUGGACCCCAAAUUUAAAGAAACCCUUGUACUGCAUGCUGGCGAAUCGUUCAAGAUUGACGCAGACGUUCACGGUAAGCCGCUGCCUUCUAUUCAGUGGCUAAAAGGCGACAAGGAACUAGUGAAUACUGCACGCUUGGAUAUAAAAACCACAGACUUUGCCACAAGCCUAAGCGUCAAAGAAGCCACUCGCGUUGACAGUGGGCAUUAUGUAUUGCUGGCCAAGAAUGCUGCAGGUGAAAAGACAGCUUCCGUUCAUGUUAAGGUUCUGGACAAACCUGGCCCACCUGAAGGUCCGGUUGUUGUAACAGGAGUUACUGCUGAAAAGUGUUACCUGGCAUGGAAACCCCCAUUGCAAGAUGGUGGUAGUGACAUUUUACAUUAUGUAAUUGAAAGAAGAGAAACAAGCCGCUUAGUCUGGACUUUAGUUGAUGGCAAUGUACAAACCCUUAGUUACAAAGUUACUAAACUUUUGGAAGGCAACGAAUAUAUCUUCCGCAUCAUGGCUGUAAACAAAUAUGGGGUUGGGGAGCCUCUUGAAUCUGAGCCUGUAAUGGCUAAAAAUCCAUUUGUAGUGCCACUUCCACCAAAAGCCCCAGAGGUCUCGGCUGUUACCAAGGAUUCUAUGAUUGUCGUAUGGGAAAGACCACCCUCUGAUGGCGGCAGUGAAAUUUUGGGUUAUGUACUAGAAAAACGUGAUAAAGAAGGCAUUCGGUGGACAAGAUGUAACAAGCGUUUGAUAAGUGAACUUCGAUACAGAGUUACUGGACUUAUAGAAAAUCAUAAUUAUGAAUACAGAGUCUCGGCUGAAAAUGCAGCUGGCCUCAGUGAGCCAAGCCUACCUUCUGUUUAUCAUAAGGCUUGUGACCCUAUAUACAAACCAGGUCCUCCCAACAAUCCUAAAGCAAUAGAUGUUACAAGAUCUUCGGUUUUCCUCUCCUGGAGUAAGCCAAUCUAUGAUGGUGGCUCAGAAAUCCAAGGAUACAUUGUUGAAAAAUGUGAUGUGAGUGUUGGGGACUGGGCAAUUUGUACACCACCAACUGGAAUUAAGAAAACAAAUAUGGAAGUAGAAAAAUUGCAGGAGAAGCAUGAAUAUAAAUUCCGCAUUUGUGCUGUUAACAAAGCAGGAGUAGGAGAGCAUGCCGAUGUUCCUGGAACUAUUGUGGUCGAAGAAAAGCUGGAAGCUCCAGACCUUGAUCUUGACUUGGAACUGAGGAAGGUUAUCAACGUAAGAGCUGGUGGCUCCUUAAGAUUAUUUGUUCCAAUCAGAGGACGCCCAACACCCGAAGUAAAAUGGAGCAAGGUGGAUGGUGACAUCAGAGAGGCAGCUGUUAUUGACAGCACUAGCAGCUUCACCUCGCUGGUUCUCGACAACGUUAACAGAUUUGAUUCUGGAAAAUACACUCUUACUUUAGAAAACAGUGGUGGAACUAAGUCUGCCUUCGUCAGUGUAAGAGUCCUAGAUACCCCAGGCCCCCCAGUGAACCUGAAAAUUAAGGAAAUCACCAAAGACUCAGUGUCACUUGCCUGGGAACCUCCUUCGAUAGACGGUGGAGCUAAAAUUAAAAAUUAUAUAAUAGAAAAACGUGAAGCCACAAGGAAAGCCUAUGCUGCUGUUGUAACAAACUGCCACAAGACAUCGUGGAAAGUGGCUCAACUUCAGGAGGGCUGCUAUUAUUACUUCAGAGUUUGCGCAGAGAAUGAAUUUGGAAUUGGCCUGCCUGCAGAAACGAGUGACCCAGUUAAAGUUGCUGAAGUUCCUCAACCUCCAGGAAAGAUAACAGUGGACGAUGUGACAAGAAACAGCGUUUCAUUAAGCUGGGCGAAGCCUGAACAUGAUGGCGGAAGCAAAAUUUUGCAAUACAUAGUGGAAAUGCAAGUUAAGGGCAGCGAAAAAUGGUCAGAAUGUACGCGUGUGAAAGUUCUUGAAGCACUUGUUACUAACUUAUCUCAAGGACAAGAUUAUCUCUUCAGGGUAAUGGCUGUAAAUGAAAAGGGUAGGAGUGAUCCACGGUCCCUUGCUGUUCCAAUAACAGCCAAAGAUUUAGUUAUUGAACCAGAUGUACGACCAGCAUUCCACAGUUACAGUAUACAAGUGGGACAAGACCUAAAGGUGGAAAUACCAAUAUCUGGUCGACCUAUACCUACUAUUACUUGGACCAAAGAUGGCAUGCCAUUAAAACAGACAACUAGAGUUAAUGUCAUCGAUUCACCUAAACUUACUGUGCUGAGUAUUAAAGAGGUCACCAAAGAAGACAGCGGGGCGUAUGAAAUUGCAGUUGCUAAUGUUGUUGGACAGAAAUCUGCAGCUGUUGAAAUUAUAACGCUAGACAAGCCUGAUCCUCCAAAAGGCCCUGUUAAAUUUGAUGAAAUUAGUGCUGAAAGUAUUACAUUAUCAUGGAACCCUCCAGUAUAUACAGGUGGCUGCCAAAUCACUAACUACAUUGUUCAUAAGAGAGAUACAACCACCACUGUAUGGGAAACAGUUUCAGCUACCGUUGCAAGAACCACUCUCAAGGUGAUGAAGCUCAAAACUGGAUCAGAAUAUCAGUUUAGAAUAUUUGCUGAAAAUAGAUACGGGCAGAGCUUUGCCCUGGAGUCUGACACGGUUGUUGCUCAGUAUCCCUAUAAAGAACCAGGUCCUCCUGGCACACCUUUUGUGACAACAGUUACAAAGGACUCUAUGGUUGUGCAAUGGCAUGAACCAGUAAAUGAUGGUGGAAGUAAAAUUUUAGGUUAUCAUCUUGAAAGAAAGGAAAGAAACAGCAUUUUGUGGACAAAGGUAAACAAGACAGUUAUUCAAGACACACAUUACAAAACAUCUAACCUUGAAGAAGGCAUUGAAUAUGAAUUUAGAGUAGCUGCAGAAAAUAUUGUUGGUGUUGGCAAAGCAAGCAAAGCUUCUGAGUGUUACGUGGCGCGUGACCCUUGUGAUCCUCCAGGAUGCCCUGAAGCUAUUAUUGUUAAAAGAAGUUCAAUUACUCUGCAAUGGACAAAGCCAGAAUAUGAUGGUGGCAGCAAAAUUACAGGCUACGUAGUAGAGAAACGUGAUUUGCCUGAAGGUCGUUGGAUGAAGGCAAGUUUCACCAAUAUAACUGAAACUCAGUUUACCGUAACAGGCCUUACUGAAGACCAACGAUAUGAAUUUAGAGUCAUUGCAAGGAACGCCGCUGGAGCAGUAAGCAAGCCCUCUGAUAGUACAGGACCGAUAACAGCAAAAGAUGAAGUUGAGCUUCCAAGAAUAUCCAUGGAUCCCAAAUACAAAGAUGCAAUUGUUGUAAACGCUGGAGAAACAUUCAGACUUGAGGCUGAUGUCCAUGGGAAGCCAAUUCCCACUAUUCUGUGGUUGAAAGGAGAUAAAGUACUUGAAGAUACUGCCCGAUGUGAAGUAAGGAAUACAGACUUUAAGGCCUUGAUUACUGUUAAAGAUGCCAUACGUGUUGAUGGUGGGCAAUAUAUUUUGCAGGCCUCUAAUGUUGCAGGAACAAAAUCAGUACCAAUAACAGUAAAAGUACUGGACAGACCAGGACCUCCAGAGAGUAUUCAAGUUUCUGGAGUUACUGCUGACAAGUGUUCCUUAACAUGGGCGCAACCGAUCCAUGAUGGUGGCAGUGACAUUUCUCACUACAUAAUUGAGAAGAGAGAAACAAGUCGCCUUGCAUGGACAGUUGUUGCUUCAGAUGCUGUAGCCACAAUGCUGAAAGUAACAAAACUUCUGGAAGGAAAUGAGUAUAUCUUCCGCAUAAUGGCAGUUAAUAAAUAUGGAGUUGGGGAGCCUCUGGAGUCUGCACCAGUGUUAAUGAAAAAUCCAUUUGUUGUUCCUGGUCCACCAAAAUCCAUUGAAGUAACCAACGUUACAAAGGAUUCCAUGACCGUCUGCUGGCAUCGUCCAGAUAGUGAUGGUGGCAGUGAAAUAGUUAACUACAUUGUCGAAAAAAGGGACAGAGCUGGUAUCAGAUGGGUGAAAUGUAACAAACGCCGAAUUACAGACCUGCGAUUAAGAGUCACAGGAUUAGCAGAAGAUCAUGAGUAUGAAUUUAGAGUAUCCGCUGAAAAUGCUGCUGGAGUUGGUGAGCCAAGCCAAAUCACUCCCUUUUGGAAAGCAUGUGACCCUAUGUUCAAACCUGGCCCACCCACUAAUGCCCAUGCUGUGGAUACUACCAAGAAUUCAAUUACAGUAGCAUGGGGUAAGCCUAUUUAUGAUGGCGGCAGUGAAAUCCUGGGAUAUAUUGUAGAAAUCUGCAAAGCGGAUGAAGAAGAAUGGACAAUAGUUACCCCACAGACUGGUCUGAGAGUCAAUCGCUUUGAGAUCAAGAAACUCAUUGAACAUCAAGAAUACAAACUUAGAGUUUGUGCUCUUAACAAAAUUGGAGUAGGUGAAGCUGCAGCAGUUCCUGGCACAGUUAAACCAGAAGAUAAACUUGAGCCACCUGAACUUGAUAUUGACUCAGAAUUAAGGAAGGGAAUUGUGGUUAGAGCUGGUGGAUCUGUCAGGAUAAACAUACCUUUCAAAGGACGCCCAACUCCUGAAAUCAUGUGGUCUCGAGAAGAAGGAGAAUUUACAGAUAAGGUUCAAAUUGAAAAGGGCCUGAAUUACACACAGUUAUCCAUUGAUUACUGUGAUAGAAAUGAUGCUGGAAAAUAUAUCCUUAAACUGGAGAACAGCAGUGGCUCUAAGUCUGCAUUUGUCACAGUUAAAGUACUUGACACACCGGGACCACCACAAAAUUUAGUAGUCAAAGAAAUAAGGAAAAAUUAUGCUGUACUGACGUGGGAGCCUCCAGCUAAUGAUGGUGGGGCAAAGAUAAAGAACUAUGUGAUUGAUAAACGCGAAUCAACCAGAAAAGCAUAUGCAAAUGUGAGCACAAAGUGCAGCAAAACAAGUUUUAGAGUUGACAACCUUAUUGAAGGGGCAAUUUAUUAUUUCAGAGUAAUGGCUGAAAAUGAAUAUGGAAUUGGUGUUCCAGUUGAAACUGCAGAUGCCUCAAAAGCUUCAGAACCACCUUUGCCUCCUGGAAAAGUGACUCUCACUGAUGUGACUCAGAGAAGUGCAUCAUUUAUGUGGGAAAAGCCUGAACAUGAUGGAGGUAGCAGAAUUGUGGGGUACGUUGUUGAAAUGCAGCCAAAAGGAACUGAUAAAUGGAGUGUUGUUACUGAAACCAAAGUCUGUAAUGCAGUUGUGUCUGGUUUGAGUUCUGGACAUGAAUAUCAAUUCCGUGUCAUGGCAUACAAUGAAAAAGGCAAAAGUGACCCUAGACCACUGGCAGUUCCUGUGAUUGCCAAAGAUCUGACCAUUCAGCCAAAUAUCAAACUGAUGUUCAAUACAUACACUGUACAAGCUGGAGAAGACCUUAAAGUUGAAAUACCCUUUAUAGCUCGACCAAAGCCUACUAUCACUUGGGAAAAAGAUGGUCAGCCUCUAAGACAGACAACCAGGUUACACGUUGAAGAUACACCUACAUCAACUACUUUGUAUAUUAAAGAAAGCAACAAGGAUGAUUUCGGUAAAUAUACUGUGACAGUAACCAACACUGCAGGCACAGCAGCAGAACAUCUUAAUAUCAUUGUGCUAGAGAAGCCUGGCCCACCACAAGGACCUGUCCGCUUUGAUGAAGUUAGCUCGAAUUUUGUUGUUCUGUCAUGGGAACCACCAGCAUACACAGGUGGCUGUCAAAUAUCCAAUUACAUUGUAGAGAAGCGUGACACUACUACCACUACCUGGCAGAUGGUCUCAGCGACUGUUGCAAGAACAACUAUUAAAGUAACAAACCUUAAAACGGGUAGUGAAUAUCAGUUUAGAAUUAGUGCUGAAAACCGAUACGGGAAGAGCACCGCACUGGAUUCUAAACCAGUUCUUGUUCAAUAUCCCUACAAAGAACCAGGUCCACCAGGAACACCAUUUGUCAGCAUAGCUACCAAAGAUCAUAUGAUAGUACAAUGGAAUGAACCAGUUAAUGAUGGAGGAAGCAAAGUUCUUGGUUAUCAUCUAGAACGUAAAGAUAAAAACAGCAUUCUUUGGACAAAAUUGAAUAAGGCCCUCAUUCAGGACACAAAAUAUAAAUCAGAUGGCCUUGAGGAAGGUCUUGAAUAUGAGUUCAGAGUUGCUGCUGAAAACAUUGUUGGCAUAGGUAAGGUUAGCAAAUCAUCUGAACUGUAUGUUGCUCGAGAUGCUUGUGAUCCACCUGGCCGUCCAGAUGCCAUUGUUAUCACAAGAAAUUAUAUAACACUAAAAUGGAAAAAACCUGAAUAUGAUGGUGGCAGCAGAAUAACUGGAUAUGUUGUGGAAAAGAGAGAACUUCCUGAAGGCCGUUGGAUGAAAGCCAGUUUUACAAAUGUAACAGAAACAGAGUUCACAGUAACUGGUCUUGUGGAAGACCAACGAUACGAAUUCAGAGUAAUUGCAAGAAAUGCAGCUGGUAGCAUAAGUGAACCAUCUGAAAGCACAGGACCAAUUAUUGCCAGAGAUGAAAUUGAAGCUCCAAGAGCUUCACUGGAUCCAAAAUACAAAGAUGUCAUUGUUGUUCAUGCUGGAGAAACAUUUGCUCUUGAGGCUGACAUCCAUGGCAAACCCAUUCCUGAUAUUAUAUGGUCGAAAGAUGGAAAGAAUUUGAAGGCAACUGCAAGAAUGGAAAUUAAGUCUACCAUUGAGAGAACAACCCUCACAGUCAAAGAUUGCAUCAGAGUGGAUGGAGGCAUUUAUACACUUAAACUGAGCAAUGUUGGUGGCACAAAGUCUAUACCAAUCACUGUAAAAGUACUUGACAGACCUGGACCUCCAGAAGGUCCUUUGAAAGUUACAGGUGUGACUGCAGAAAAGUGUUAUCUGGCAUGGGGACCACCUUUGCAUGAUGGUGGCUCUAACAUUUCACAUUAUAUUAUAGAAAAGAGAGAGACAAGUCGACUUUCAUGGACACAAGUGGCAUCUGAUGUGCAAGCUCUGAACCACAAAGUAACCAGGCUUCUUCCAAACAAUGAGUACAUUUUCCGUGUAAUGGCUGUCAACAAAUAUGGAAUUGGUGAACCACUGGAAUCCGAGCCUGUGUUGGCAUGUAAUCCAUACAAACCUCCCGGCCCUCCUUCAAUACCUGAAGUUUCUGCAAUCACAAAAGAUUCUAUGAUUGUAACCUGGGGUCGUCCAGAGGAUAAUGGUGGUGCUGAAAUUGAAGGGUACAUACUAGAAAAGCGAGACAAAGAUGGUAUUCGGUGGACCAAGUGCAAUAAGAAGAGACUAACAGACUUAAGACUCAGAGUAACUGGACUUACAGAUGGCCAUUUCUAUGAAUUUAGGGUUUCUGCUGAAAAUGCUGCUGGUGUUGGUGAACCCAGUGAACCAUCAGUUUUCUAUCGAGCCUGUGAUGCAGUGUAUCCACCAGGCCCUCCAAGCAAUCCAAAGGUGACAGAUACCUCCAGAUCAUCUGUAUCCCUUGCAUGGAACAAGCCCAUUUACGAUGGUGGUGCACCUGUUAAAGGAUACAUUGUGGAAUUUAAAGAAGCUACUGCUGAUGAAUGGACAACUUGCACACCUCCAUCAGGGUUACAAGGAAAGCAAUUCACAGUAGAAAAACUUAAAGAGAAUAGUGAGUAUAAUUUCCGCAUCUGUGCUAUGAACUCUGAAGGAGUUGGAGAACCAGCAACUAUACCUGGUAGUGUUGUUGCUGCUGAAAAAAUUGAACCUCCUGAAAUUGAACUUGAUGCAGAUCUCAGAAAAGUUGUCACCGUACGUGCUAGUGGCACAUUGCGAUUGUUUGUCACUAUCAAAGGGAGGCCAGAGCCAGAAGUAAAGUGGGAGAAAGCAGAAGGCACUCUGAGCGACAGAGCCCAGAUUGAGGCUACCAGUUCAUAUACAAUGUUGGUCAUUGAUAAUGUAAACAGAUUUGACAGUGGUAGAUAUAACCUGACCUUAGAAAACAAUAGUGGCAAAAAAUCUGCUUUUGUUAACGUGAGAGUUCUUGAUACACCAAGUGCACCUGUGAACUUGAACAUCAGAGAAGUGAAGAAAGAUUCAGUGACAUUAGCUUGGGAGCCCCCACUUAUUGAUGGUGGUGCUAAAAUUACAAAUUACAUCAUUGAAAAACGAGAAACCACAAGAAAGGCAUAUGCCACUAUUACAAAUAACUGUGCCAAGAAUGUCUUCAGAAUUGAUCAGCUACAGGAAGGAUGUAGUUACUACUUCCGUGUCUUGGCGGCAAAUGAAUAUGGAGUUGGUUUGCCAGCAGAAACAACUGAACCAGUUAAGGCUUCUGAACCACCCUAUCCACCUGGAAAAGUUACCCUUGUUGAUGUUACACGCCACACUGCUACUAUUAAAUGGGAGAAACCUGAGAGUGAUGGUGGCAGUAAAAUAACUGGCUAUGUAGUAGAAAUGCAAACUAAAGGAAGUGAAAAAUGGAGCACCUGCACACAAGUUAAAACAUUAGAAGCAACAGUAUCAGGAUUAAGUAUGGGAGAAGAAUACACUUUCCGUGUAUGUGCUGUCAACGAAAAAGGGAAGAGUGAUCCAAGACAGCUUGGGGUUCCAGUAGUUGCGAAGGAUAUUGAAAUCCAGCCUUCAGUUGAGCUCCUUUUCAAUACUUUCAGUGUUAAAGCUGGUGAAGAUCUUAAGAUUGAUGUGCCCAUCAGAGGAAGGCCAGUUCCAUCAGUUGGCUGGAAGAAGGAUGGAGUGCCUUUAAGAGAGACAACAAGGGUAAAUGUCCACACAUCAAAGACAUCAACCUCACUAACAAUCAAGGAAGCAUUGAAAGAAGAUGUAGGGAGUUAUGAAUUAAAUGUUUCAAACAGUGCUGGCUCUACAACAGCUUCCAUUACUGUAAUUGUACUGGACAAGCCAGGACCUCCAACAGCAUUGCAUAUUGACAAUGUCAGCAAUGAUAAUGUAACCAUAUCUUGGAAACCCCCGGAGUAUGAUGGUGGAUGUCAAAUUAAUAAUUAUAUUGUGGAGAAGAGAGAAACAACUACUACAACAUGGAGUAUAGUGUCUGCGGCAGUUGCACGAACUUCGAUAAAAAUAAUUCGCUUAACCACAGGAUCAGAAUAUCAAUUCCGUGUUUCUGCAGAAAAUCGCUAUGGCAGGAGCACCUUCGUUGAAACUGCACCUGUUGUUGCAGAGUAUCCAUUUAGUCUUCCUGGACCACCUGGUACUCCCCGAGUAACACACGCAACUAAAGCCUUCAUGGUUGUAACCUGGCAAGAGCCAGUUAAUGACGGAGGUAGCAGAGUACUUGGUUAUCACCUUGAGCGUAAAGAAAGAAGCAGCAUCCUUUGGACUAAAGUAAAUAAAACCCUUAUAAGUGACACACAGAUGAAGGUCACAGGCCUUGAUGAAGGACUAAUGUAUGAAUAUCGUGUGUAUGCAGAAAACAUUGUAGGAAUAGGUAAAUGUAGCAAAUCAUGUGAGCCUGUUGCUGCAAGGGACCCAUGUGAUCCUCCUGGCCAACCAGAAGUGACUAACAUUACAAGAACAUGUGUCUCACUCAAAUGGACCAAACCAGAAUAUGAUGGUGGUGCUAAGAUCACAGGCUAUAUUAUAGAGCGGAAAGAGUUACCAGAUGGUCGUUGGCUGAAGUGCAACUUCACCAAUGUGCAAGAAACUUUCUUUGAUGUAACAGGACUUACUGAAGACCAGCGAUACGAAUUCCAUGUAAUUGCAAGGAAUGCUGCUGGACUAUUUAGUGAGCCAUCUGAAUCAACUGGGCCAGUGACUGUAAAGGAUGAUGUUGAAGCUCCAAGAAUUAUGAUGGAUGUCAAAUUCAGGGAUGUUGUUGUUGUUAAAGCUGGAGAGAUCUUGAAAAUCAAUGCCGAUAUUGCAGGGCGACCCUUACCAGUAGUUUCAUGGACAAAGGAUGGCAAAGACAUUGAAGAGAAAGCAAGAGUUGAAAUUGUUUCAACUGAUAACACUACUGCAAUAACUGUCAAAGACUGCAUUCGACGUGAUUCAGGGCAAUAUGUGCUAACAUUACAAAAUGUUGCUGGAGUUAGAUCAUUAGCUGUCAAUUGCAAAGUACUUGAUAGACCUGGUCCACCAGCAGCCCCACUAGAAAUCAAAGGACUUACUGCUGAAAAAUGUCAUCUGUCAUGGGGACCGCCUCAAGAAAAUGGAGGUGCAGAGAUUGACUAUUAUAUUGUGGAAAAGCGUGAGACCAGUAGAAUUGCAUGGACUCUUUGUGAAGCAGAGCAUCCAACAACAUCCUGCAAAGUGACAAAACUACUUAGAGGAAAUGAAUACAUCUUCAGAGUCAUGGGGGUUAACAAGUAUGGUGUUGGUGAACCUUUGGAAAGUGAAGCUGUCAAGGCCCUUGAUCCUUUUACUGUUCCAAGCCCACCUACAUCUUUAGAGAUUACUAGUGUGACAAAGGAGUCCAUGACUAUUUGCUGGGCAAGACCUGACAGUGAUGGAGGUAAUGAAAUUUCUGGAUAUGUGAUUGAAAGGCGUGAGAAAAACAGCCUGAGGUGGAUACGUGUGAACAAAAAGCCCGUUUAUGAUCUAAGGGUAAAAUCUUCAGGCCUUCGGCAAGGAUGUGAAUAUGAAUAUCGGGUAUUUGCAGAAAAUGCUGCAGGUCUUAGUCUUCCUAGUGAUACUUCACCACUCAUUAAAGCAGAAGAUCCUGUUUUCCUUCCAUCACCUCCAUCUAGACCUAAGAUUGUGGACUCUACAAGGUCACAUAUAACAAUUGGAUGGACAAAGCCAUUAUUUGAUGGCGGUGCUCCUGUUACUGGAUACACAGUUGAAUACAAGCUAACCAGUGAAACUGAUUGGUCAACUGCUAUUCAAAGCUUAAGAGGUACAGAAUACACUGUAAUCGGUCUUACAUCAGGAGCUGAAUAUGUUUUCAGAGUAAGGUCUAUCAACAAGGUUGGCACUAGUGAUCCAAGUGAUGUUUCAGAACCUCAGGUGGCAAAAGAAAGGGAAGAAGAGCCUGCAUUUGAUAUUGACAAUGAAAUGAGAAAGACUUUAGUCGUGAAAGCUGGUGGCUCAUUUACAAUGACUGUACCUUUCAGAGGAAAGCCUAUCCCUAAUGUAAUGUGGAGCAAGCCAGAUACUGACCUUCGUACUCGAGCAAGUAUUGAUACUUCAGAUAACCGCACCUCAAUUACUGUUGAAAAAGCAACCAGGAAUGACUCUGGAAAGUAUACACUAACAUUACAAAAUAUUGUAAGCACAGCUACUUUGACAUUAGUUGUCAAAGUACUUGACUCACCAGGACCUCCAUCUAAUAUCGUUGUAAAAGAUGUCACAAAAGAAUCAGCAGUGUUAUCUUGGGAAGCUCCUGAGAACGAUGGAGGUGCUCCUGUGAAGAACUAUUAUAUUGAAAAACGAGAAGCAAGCAAGAAAGCUUGGGUCACUGUAACCAACAAUUGCCAUCGUCUUUCCUACAAAGUUACCAAUCUGCAAGAAGGUGGAAUUUAUUACUUCAGAGUCUCUGGAGAAAAUGAGUUUGGUGUUGGAGUCCCAACUGAAACAAAGGAUGGAGUGAAAAUAACAGAAAAACCAAGCCCACCCGAAAAACUGGGAGUAUCAAACGUUACUAAAGAUAGUGUAUCUCUUGUGUGGCUAAAGCCAGAACAUGAUGGAGGAAGCAGAGUUGUCAGCUACCUUGUUGAAGCCCUAGAGAAAGGGCAGCAGAAAUGGGUCAGAUGUGCUGUAGUCAAGACAACUCAUCAUAUUGUCCAGGGUCUCAAGGAGAAUGCGGAGUACUUCUUUAGAGUAUUUGCUGAAAACCAAGCUGGUCUAAGUGACCCCAAAGAGCUUCUUCAUGCCGUUACAGUUAAAGAACAACUAGAAUCUCCUGAAGUCGACAUGAAAGGUUUCCCAAACCACACCGUUUAUGUAAGAGCAGGUUCAAACCUAAAGGUAGAGAUUCCAGUUUCUGGAAGACCAUUGCCGAAGGUGACUUUAUCCAGGGACGGCAUUCCUCUCAAACCAACGAUGAGGUUUAACACUGAAACCACAGCUGAAAGUGUCAUCGUUAAUCUCAAAGAAAGUGUGGCUACUGAUUCUGGUAGAUAUGACAUCACAGCUUCCAACUCCAGUGGAACUACUAAAUCUUUCCUUAAGAUUGUUGUCCUAGACAGACCAGGCCCUCCAGUUGGUCCUGUUGUUGUAAGUGAUAUCACUGAACAAGGUCUUACCCUUAAGUGGGAGCCACCUCGUUAUGAUGGCGGAAGUCAAGUUACCAACUACAUUGUACUGAAAAGAGAAACAAGCACUGCUGUGUGGUCUGAAGUGUCUGCAACUGUUGCUAGAAACAUGAUUAAGAUCACGAAACUAACAACAGGAGAAGAAUAUCAAUUCCGUAUUAAAGCAGAAAAUCGCUUUGGCAUAAGUGACCAUAUUGACUCAGCAUGUACAACUGUUAAGCUUCCUUACACACCCCCUGGACCACCUUCCACACCAUGGAUCACCAACGUGACUCGAGAAAGCAUCGUUGUUGGAUGGCAUGAACCUGUUUCCAAUGGAGGCAGUGCAGUCAUUGGCUACCAUUUGGAAAUGAAGGACAGGAACAGUAUUUUAUGGAAGAAAGCUAACAAAACGAUUAUACGCACAACUCACUUCAAGGCCUCCAAUAUCACCGCCGGUCUCAUUUAUGAGUUCAGAGUGUAUGCAGAAAAUGCAGCUGGUAUUGGAAAAGCAAGCCAUCCAUCUGAUGCAGUUCUUGCUAUAGAUGCCUGUGAGCCGCCAAGAACCCUUCGUGUCAAAGAUAUUUCCAAAACAUUUGUCAAUCUUUCUUGGACACAGCCAGCUUUUGAUGGUGGCAGCAAAAUUACUGGAUAUAUUGUUGAGAAACGUGAUCUUCCAAAUGGAAGAUGGACAAAAGCAAGCUUCACCAAUGUCAUUGAGACUAAUUUCACUGUAUCAGGAUUGACUCAAAACUCCCAAUAUGAAUUCCGUGUUUUUGCUAAGAAUGCUGCUGGUUCAAUUAGCAAUCCAUCUGAUGUUUUAGGCCCUAUAACCUGCGUGGAUACAUAUGGUGCACCUGAAAUUGAUGUACCCCCAGAAUAUACAGAAGUAGUGAAAUACAAAGCAGACACAGCAAUUAAACUGAAACUUGGCAUCUCAGGAAAGCCUGUGCCUACAAUUGAGUGGUUCCACAAUGGUAAAGAAAUACAUACCAGUGCCCAGGUAUCUAUUGAAAACACCACAGAAUUUUCAGCUAUACUGAUCAAAGAAGCAACUCGUAUUAACAGUGGAAGUUACGAACUGAAAUUAAAGAAUGCCAUGGGUUCUGCAUCUGCCACCAUUAGGGUACAGAUACUUGAUAAACCAGGACCGCCAGGUGGACCUAUACAUUUCAAAACUGUCACCGCAGAAAAGAUUACCCUUAUGUGGCAACCGCCAGCAGAUGAUGGAGGUGCUGCUGUAACACAUUACAUUGUUGAGAAACGUGAGACAAGCCGUGUGGUAUGGUCUGUGGUUUCAGAAAAACUUGAAGAAUGCAUUGUCACUACCACAAAAGUCAUAAAAGGAAAUGAAUAUAUAUUCCGUGUACGAGGCGUAAACAAAUUUGGUGUUGGUGACCCACUGGAAUCUGACACUGUCAUAGCUAAAAAUGCAUUUGUUACACCUGGACAACCUGGUAUACCAGAGGCCUCCAUGAUAACUAAACAUUCUAUGACCAUAGUCUGGAGCAGGCCAACUGUAGAUGGUGGUAGCGAGAUAAAUGGAUAUUAUCUUGAGAAACGGGAUAAGAAAAGUCUAAGCUGGUUCAAGGUGUCUAAAGAAACCAUUCGUGACACCAGGCAGAAAGUGACGGGACUAACAGAAAACAGUGAAUAUCAGUUCAGAGUUUCUGCUGUGAAUGCAGCUGGGCAAGGUCCCUUCUCUGAUGCAUCGGACUUCUACAAAGCUGAAGAUCCUAUAGAAAAACCUGGGCCACCUCUUAAGCUAAAAGUUGUGGAUACUACAAAGACAUCUGUCACACUCAGCUGGACUAAACCAGCCUAUGAUGGAGGAAGUGCAAUUACCAGCUAUGCUAUUGAAAAGAGAGAAGGGGAAGAAGAAGAAUGGACUCUGGUCAGUGCAAGAGGAGAAGUGCGAACCACAGAGUAUGUUGUUUCUCACCUUCAGCCAGGAAUCAAUUACUACUUCCGUGUAGCUGCUAUAAAUUAUGCUGGACAAGGUGAACCCAUUGAAAUGACAGAAGCUGUACAAGCUAAAGACAUACUUGAGGAGGCACAGAUUGAUCUAGAUGUUGCUCUCAGAACCUCCAUUGUGGCUAAAGCAGGUGAAGAUGUACAGAUAAUGAUUCCAUUCAAAGGAAGACCACCUCCAACUGUGACAUGGAGAAAGGGUGAAAAAAAUCUAGGUGUUGAUGAAAGAUACAGCAUUCAGAACACAGAAUCGUCCACACUCCUUACUAUUCCUCAAGUCACUCGCAAUGACACAGGAAAAUAUGUCCUCACAAUUGAGAAUGGAGUUGGAAAACCCAAAACUUCAUUUGUGAACGUUAAAGUCCUUGACACUCCAUCUGCAUGCCAGAGACUGCAUCUUAAACAUGUUUCUCGUGGAACUGUGACAUUGGUAUGGGACCCACCACUCAUCAAUGGUGGUUCUGAAGUAACAAAUUAUGUCAUUGACAAAAGAGAUGCCACCAAGAGAGCAUGGUCCUCUGUUACAGCCAAGUGCUCUAAUACAUCAUUUAAGAUAACUGACUUGUCAGAGAAGAUCCCAUACUUCUUCCGUGUUCUUGCAGAAAAUGAAAAUGGAUUGGGCGAACCAUGUGAAACUUCAGAGCCAGUGAAAGCAGCAGAAGUCCCUGGACCUGUACGGGAUCUGGCCAUGAAAGAUUCAACAAAGACAUCUGUCACUUUACAGUGGAGUAAACCUGAAUUUGAUGGUGGUAGUAUCAUAACUGAUUACGUGAUUGAGAAGAAACUGAAGGAUGAACAUGAAUGGUCAUAUGCAGGGGCAAGUAAAGCUUGCGAAUUUGAAGUUGAAAAACUUAAGGAGCUUUCUGUUAUGGAGUUCAGAGUUUCUGCAAAGAAUGAAAAAGGAAGAAGUGAUUUUUCUGUAAUUGGACCCAUUACAGUGAAAGACUAUGUAAUAACACCUGAAGCAGACCUUUCUGAUAUACCUGGAGGACAAGUAACAGUGAGAAUAGGUUAUAAUGUACAUGUUGAAAUACCAUAUAAGGGAAAGCCCAAGCCAACUAUGAGCUGGCUGAAAGACAACAUUCCUCUUAAAGAAAGUGAACAGGUUCGCUUCAAGAAAACUGAAAACAAAAUAACUUUAAGCGUUAAGAAUGUGAAAAAAGAAAAUGGUGGCAAAUAUACCUUAAUUCUUGAUAAUGGUGUUCACAGGAAGUCAUUCCCAAUCACAGUUAUAACACUUGGCCCACCAUCUAAGCCCAAGGGACCCAUUAAACUAGACGAAAUCAGAGCAGAUAGUAUGGUUCUUUCAUGGGGUGUUCCUGAAGAUGAUGGGGGAGGAGAAAUCACUGGCUACAGCGUUGAGAAGCGUGAAACCUCACAGACCAACUGGAAAAUGAUCUGUUCUAGUGUGUCAAAGACAACCUUCAAAGUUUCCAACCUUGUUAAAGAUGCAGAGUAUCAGUUCAGAGUCCGUGCAGAAAACAGAUACGGAGUGAGCCCACCACUAAACUCCAUUGAGGUCAUAGCAAAACACCAGUUCAAACCACCAGGUUCACCAGGGAAGCCUGUUGUUUACAAUGUGACAGCUGAUGGAAUGACCAUAUCUUGGGAUGCUCCAGUCUAUGACGGAGGAGCAGAAAUUACUGGAUACCAUGUGGAAAAGAAAGAACGAAAUAGCAUAUUGUGGCAGAAAGUCAAUUUGUCACCAAUAUCUAAUAGAGAAUACAGAAUUACUGGAUUAAUGGACGGUUUGGACUACCAGUUCCGUGUAUAUGCAGAAAACUCUGCUGGAUUAAGCUCUGCUAGUGACCCAAGCAAAUUUGCCUUGGCCGUUUCCCCAGUAGAUCCACCUGGCACCCCUGAUUACAUUGAUGUGACUAGGGAGACUAUUACUCUGAAAUGGACAGCACCUCUGCGUGAUGGAGGCAGCAAGAUUGUGGGCUACAGUAUUGAGAAACGUCAAGGAAGUGGUGAUCGCUGGGUCAGAUGCAAUUUUAUUGAUGUCAGUGAAUGCCAGUAUACAGCUACAGGGCUUAGCCCCGGCGAUCGGUAUGAAUUCAGAAUACUUGCAAGAAACGCUGUUGGAACUAUCAGCCCUCCUUCUCAGUCUUCGGGCUAUAUCAUGACCAGAGAUGAAGCCGUUGCGCCAAAUAUUGAGUUCGGUGCCGAACAUUUCGAAGGCCUUACAGUGAAAGCUGGGGAAAGCAUAAGGUUUAAAGUUUUCAUCACAGGCCGGCCAGUUCCUCAGGUGAUGUGGUAUAAAGAUGGAGCUGAGAUUGACAAGAGGCUGAAUAUGGAAAUAAACAAUGCAAUUGGCUAUAGCACCUUGUUUGUUAGAGAUGCUUCCCGGGAACAUCGUGGAGUAUACAGAAUAGAAGCCAAGAAUGCAUCGGGCACCAGACAGGCAGACAUAACCAUAAGAGUACACGAUACCCCAGGAAAAGUCGGUGGGCCGAUACGAUUCACCAAUGUCACUGAAGAGAAGGCGUCAUUAUGGUGGGAGGCUCCCGCUAAUGAUGGCUGUGCAGCCAUUACUCAUUACGUGAUUGAAAAGCGUGAGACCAGCCGAGUAUCCUGGGCAUUGAUUGAAGACCACUGUGAAACAUGCAGCUACACGGCACACAAAUUAAUAAAGGGCAAUGAAUACCAGUUCCGUAUCUCAGCAGCCAACAAGUUUGGUGUCGGCAGGCCACUGGAAUCUGAUCCAAUCGUAGCACAGGCACAUUAUACUGUCCCCGAGGCUCCUGGCACUCCAGAACCAAGCAACGUAACAGGAAACAGCAUUACACUUACAUGGACAAGGCCAGCAUCAGAUGGUGGAAGUGACAUUAACCAAUAUAUCUUGGAGAGGAGAGAAAAGAAAAGUAUUCUCUGGGUUAAAGUGUCCAGCAAGAGGCCCAUUUCUGAGACACGGUUCAGAGUCACAGGCCUAACCGAAGGCAAUGAAUAUGAGUUCCAUGUCAUGGCGGAAAACAACGCAGGAGUUGGGCCGCCGAGUGGUGUCUCAAGGCUGAUUAAAUGCAGAGAGGCAGUUCAUCCACCAAGUGCUCCUACUGUUGUCAAAGUGACCGACACAUCAAAGACAAGUGUCAGCUUGGAAUGGACCAGGCCUGUUUUCGAUGGAGGCCUGGAAAUAAUUGGCUACAUCAUCGAAAUGUGCAAAGCAGAUUUAGGAGAAUGGCAUAAAGUCAAUGCUGAGACUUGCAUUGCUACCAAGUACACUGUGGUUGAUCUAGAACCAAACGAAAACUACAAAUUCCGAGUCAGUGCUGUAAAUGGUGCAGGCAAAGGAGAAAGCUGUGAAGUUUCUGCUUCGGUGCAAACAAUAGAUAGACUCUCUUCACCAGAACUUGAUAUUGAUGCUAGCUUCAAGCAGACACAUAUUGUCAGAGCAGGUGCAACUAUCCGUCUGUUUAUUGCCUUCAAGGGCAGACCUGUUCCUACUGCUGUAUGGUCCAAAGCAGAUUCAUCUCUUAGCCUGCGUGCUGACAUACAUACAACAGACUCAUUCAGUACAUUAACUGUGGAGAACUGUAACAGAACAGAUGCUGGCAAAUACAUAUUGACUGUAGAAAACAACAGUGGUAAGAAAUCUGUUGCUUUCACUGUUAAAGUACUAGACACUCCAGGGCCACCAGGCCCCAUUACAUUUAAGGAUGUGACCAGAGGCUCUAUCACUUUAAUGUGGGAUGCUCCUAUUUUGGAUGGAGGUGCUCGCAUCCAUCAUUAUGUCGUGGAGAAGCGAGAAGCAAGCCGUCGCAGCUGGCAGGUUGUCAAUGAAAAAUGUACUCGUCAAAUUGCUAAGGUCACAGAUCUUGCAGAAGGUGUGCCCUAUUUUUACCGUGUUUCAGCAGAAAAUGAAUAUGGAAUAGGUGAACCUUGUGAAUUAACAGAGCCAGUUGUAGCCACAGAAGAGCCUGCUCCACCUAAGAGAUUAGAUAUUGUUGAUACUACCAAGUCAUCUGCAAUACUAGCAUGGCUGAAACCUGAUCAUGAUGGUGGUAGUCGCAUCACUGGAUACCUCCUAGAGAUGAAACAAAAGGGAUCUGACUAUUGGCUUGAAGCCGGUCAAACUAAACAGCUGACUUUUACAGUUGAAGGUCUUAUAGAGAACAAUGAAUAUGAGUUCCGUGUCAAAGCAAGGAAUAAUGCUGGCUACAGUCAACCAAGAGAAGCCUUUUCUUCUGUUAUUAUUAAAGAGCCACAGAUUGAGCCAACUGCAGAUCUCAGUGGAAUAACUAAACAACUUAUAACUUGCAAAGCUGGUAGCUCUUUCACUAUUGACAUACCAAUUAGUGGACGUCCUGUUCCAAAGGUAACAUGGAAACUUGAAGAAAUGAGACUCAAGGAAACAGACAGAGUGACUAUAAAGACAACAAAGGAAAGAACCACACUGACUGUUAAGGAGAGCAUGAGAGGUGACUCUGGUAAAUAUUAUUUGACACUCGAGAACACAGCUGGCGUGAAAACUUUCACUGUCACAGUCGUUGUUAUUGGAAGACCUGGUCCAGUUACACGCCCCAUAGAAGUAUCAUCUGUGACAGCUGAAUCCUGUGUGUUGUCAUGGAAGGAGCCUGAAGAUGAUGGUGGCACUGGUAUUACAAACUAUAUUGUUGAAAAACGUGAAUCUGGUACAACAGCAUGGCAACUGGUAAAUUCCAGCGUCAAACGUACACAGAUCAAAGUAACUCACCUCACUAAAUAUAUGGAAUACACGUUCCGUGUAAGCUCAGAAAACAGAUUUGGUGUCAGCAAGCCAGUAGAAUCAGUACCGAUAGUGGCUGAGCAUCCAUUUGUCCCACCAAGCCCACCCACUAGACCUGAAGUCUAUUUUGUUUCUGCCAAUGCCAUGUCCAUUCGGUGGGAAGAACCGUAUCAUGAUGGUGGCAGCAAAGUUGUUGGAUACUGGAUUGAAAAGAAAGAACGCAACACAAUCCUUUGGGUGAAGGAAAACAAAUCUCCAUGUAUUGAAUGUAACUACAAAGCUACAGGGCUCGUGGAAGGUCUGGAGUAUCAAUUCAGAAUAUAUGCAUUAAACGCUGCUGGGCUGAGCAAAGCCAGUGAAGCUUCAAGAUCUGUCUUGGCCCAAAAUCCUGUUGAUCCACCGGGCAGGCCAGAGGUCACAGAUGUAACAAGGUCUUCAGUGUCAUUAACCUGGUCUCCCCCACUUUAUGAUGGUGGAAGCAAAAUUGUUGGCUAUAUUGUAGAACGCAAACCAUACAAUGAAGCUGGAGAUGGACGCUGGCUGAAAUGCAACUAUACCAUUGUCUCUGAAAACUCCUUUACCGUGACAGCUCUUAGUGAAGGAGAGGAAUACGAAUUCCGUGUUUUGGCAAAGAAUGCUGCUGGUGUAAUUAGCAAGGGUUCUGAAUCUACUGGCCCUGUUGCCUGUAAAGAUGAAUACUCACCGCCUAAAGCUGAACUGGAUGCCAAAUUGCAAGGAGACGUUGUAACAGUUCGGGCUGGAUCUGACCUGGUUCUUGAGGCAUCGAUUGGAGGAAAACCAGAACCGAAAGUAUUUUGGUCUAAAGGUGACAGAGAACUGGACCCAAGCGAAAAGGUCGCUUUGCAAUACACAAGCAAGCAUGCUGUUGCAAUCAUCAAGUUCUGUGACCGAAGUGAUACUGGAAAAUACACAUUAACUGUUAAAAAUGCCAGUGGGACAAAGCAAGUUGCUGUCCUUGUCAAAGUGCUUGAUUCGCCUGGUCCAUGCGCUGGCAAAAUCACCAUAAGCAGAGUUACAGAAGAGAAGUGUACCUUGGCUUGGCGGAUGCCUCAAGAAGAUGGAGGGGCAGAAAUUACUCAUUACAUUGUAGAGAGACGUGAGACAAGCAGGCUGAACUGGGUUAUUGUGGAACCCGAAUGUCCAACACUGUCAUGUGUAGUAACCAGACUUAUAAAGAAUAAUGAAUAUAUAUUCCGUGUAAGAGCUGUCAACAAAUAUGGACCAGGUGUUCCACUAGAAACAGAACCCAUUAUUGCUAGAAAUUCAUUCACUAUCCCAUCACCACCUGGUGUUCCUGAAUCAGUGGGUGCUGGCAAAGAGCACGUCAUUAUUCAGUGGCUGAAGCCAGAGUCGGAUGGGGGUAACGAGAUCAGGACCUAUCUUGUAGACAAACGAGAAAAGAAAAGCUUACGCUGGACCCGCGUUAACAAAGACUACAUCAUUUAUGACACAAGACUGAAAAUUACUGGUCUGAUGGAAGGCAGCGAAUAUCAGUUCCGUGUCACUGCGGUAAAUGCUGCUGGCAACAGCGAGCCUAGCGAUGCUUCGCAGUACGUUUUGUGCAAAGACCCAUCAUAUACUCCUGCUCCACCUUCACCGCCAAGAGUUGUGGAUACUACUAGAACUAGCAUAAGCUUGGCUUGGACAAAGCCCAUGUAUGACGGUGGCGUUGAUUUAUUAGGCUAUGUCCUUGAAAUGAAAGAAGAAGGAACUGAACAAUGGUAUCGGGCCCAUAGCACUGCCACCAUAAGAAACACCGAAUUCACUGUGACUGGUCUGAAAAUAAGCCAGAAGUACCGCUUUAGAGUGGCUGCCACAAAUGUAAACGGUAUGAGCGAAUACAGCGAGACCCCUGCUGAAAUAGAACCUGUGGAAAGGCUAGAAAUACCAGAACUUGAGCUUGCUGAAGACCUCAAGAAGACUAUUACGGUCAGAGCAGGUGGCUCUUUACGUCUAAUGGUGUCAGUAUCUGGCAGACCAACACCAAUGGUUACAUGGAGCAAGAAGGGUGUUGACCUAGCAAGUCGAGGUAUCAUUGACACCACAGACAGCUACACACUGUUGGUUGUGGAUAAAGUGAACCGGUACGAUGCUGAAUACGUCCUUGAGGCUGAAAAUCAAUCAGGAAAGAAAUCUGCCACAAUUAUGGUUAAAGUCUAUGAUACCCCUGGACCACCAGGAGCAGUGAAAGUUAAAGAGGUUACAAAAGAGUCUGUGACAAUUACUUGGGAUAUUCCAAUUAUUGAUGGAGGAGCUCCAGUCAACAACUAUAUAAUAGAGAAACGGGAGGCUGCCAUGCGAGCAUUCAAGACAGUAACUACUAAAUGCAACAAAACCUUUUACAGAAUUUCCGGGCUCAUUGAAGGAGCGCUAUACUACUUCCGAGUACUGCCAGAAAAUAUCUAUGGCAUUGGUGAACCCUGUGAGACAGCAGAUGCAGUGCUGGUGUCAGAAGUUCCAAGUGCGCCUCAGAAACUGGAGGUGGUUGAUAUAACUAAAUCUACUGUAUCACUUGCAUGGGAAAAACCACAGCAUGAUGGUGGCAGCAGAUUAACUGGCUAUGUAAUUGAGGCCAGUAAAGCUGGAACAGAAAGGUGGAUGAAAGUUGUAACACUGAAACCUACAGUCCUUGAGCACACAAUAAUUUCAUUAAAUGAAGGUGAACAGUACCUGUUUAGAGUAAGAGCGCAAAAUCAAAAGGGUGUGUCUGAACCAAGAGAGAUAGUCACAGCAGUGACAGUACAAGAACAAAAAGUUCUACCUGCAAUUGACCUUACUGGAAUACCUCAAAAGACCAUUCAUGUACCAGCUGGCAGACCUAUAGAGCUAGCUAUCCCAAUUUCUGGACGACCACCUCCAGCUGUUUCUUGGUUCUUUGCUGGCUCUAAACUACGAGAAUCAGACCGGGUCAAAGUUGAAACAGUUGCUAAGGUAGCUAAAUUAACCAUACGUGAAACCACAAUACAUGACACUGGAGAGUACACACUUGAACUGAAGAACACAACUGGAACAGCUACUGAAAGAAUAAAAGUUAUUAUUCUGGACAAACCUGGACCACCUACUGGACCUAUUAAAAUUGUUGAUAUUGAUUCAACUUUUGUAACCAUUUCAUGGGAACCACCUGAGAUGGAUGGGGGCGCAGCACUAAGUGGAUAUGUGGUGGAGCAACGAGAUGCGCAUCGUCCAGGAUGGUUACCAGUGUCUGAAUCUGUAACCCGGACAACAUAUAAGUUUUCUAAACUUACUGAGGGUGCUGAAUAUGUGUUCCGCGUGGCUGCCACAAACCGCUUUGGAAUUGGAUCAUACUUGCAGUCUGAAAUUGUAGAAUGCAAGAGCAGAAUUAGUGUUCCUGGUCUUCCUGGUACCCCAGAAGUGUUUGAUAUCUCCCGUGAUGGAAUGACACUUACUUGGUAUCCACCAGAAGAAGAUGGUGGUUCACAGAUCACUGGUUAUAUUGUGGAACGCAAAGAAGUUAAAUCAGAGAGAUGGGUCCGUGUAAACAAAGUUGCAGUCACUAUGACACGCUAUCGUUCCACUGGGUUGAUUGAAGGACUGGAGUAUGAACAUCGUGUCACAGCUAUCAAUGCUAGGGGUGCUGGCAAACCAAGCCGAAUUUCCAAGCCUGCAGUUGCUAGAGAUCCAAUUGCUCCUCCGGGUAAACCUCAGAAUCCAAGAGUGACAGAUACUACAAGAACAUCUAUUUCCUUGGCUUGGAGUCCACCAGAAGAUGAAGGCGGGUCUAAAGUCACUGGCUACUUGAUUGAAAUGCAAAAGGUUGAUCAGUUUGAAUGGACCAAAUGCAAUACCACCCCCACCAAGAUCCGUGAAUACACUCUAACACAUCUUCCACAAGGUGCAGAGUAUAGAUUCCGUGUUAUAGCAUGCAAUCUCGGUGGCCCUGGCGAACCUGCUGAUGUUCCCGGAACAGCCAAAGUGACUGAAAUGCUUGAACUCCCCGAUUAUGAACUUGAUGAAAAAUACCUGGAAGGUGUAUUUGUAAGGCAAGGUGGAGUAGUUAAGCUUACAGUGCCAAUUAAAGGUAAACCCAUUCCAAUAUGCAAAUGGACUAAAGAGGGACAUGAUGUCACCAAGAGAGCCAUGAUUGCGACUUCUGAAUCAGAUACUGAACUUGUGAUAAAAGAUGCAGAACGAGAAGAUUCUGGUACCUAUGAUUUGACGCUUGAAAACAAAUGUGGCAAGAAGGUUGUCUACAUCAAGGUCAGAGUGAUUGGUAUUCCAAAUCCACCAGAAGGGCCACUUGAAUAUGAUGACAUACAAGCACGCUCUGUUAGAGUCAGCUGGAAGCCUCCAAGUGAUGAUGGUGGCGCAGAUAUAAUAGGAUACAAUAUUGAGAGACGUGAAGUACCAAAGACUGCCUGGUACACCGUGGGCUCCAGAGUAAGGGGUACAUCACUGGUAGUGAAAGGACUCAAAGAAAAUGUGGAAUACCACUUCCGUGUUUAUGCUGAAAACCAGUUUGGUGUAAGCAAGUCCCUGAAAUCUGAAGAGCCAGUUGUGCCAAAGACACCUUUGAAUCCUCCGGAGCCUCCAAGUUAUCCACCAGAAAUCCUUGAUGUCACAAAGAGUUCCAUUAGCUUAUCUUGGUCCAGACCUAGAGAUGACGGUGGCUCUCGCGUCACUGGCUACUAUAUUGAACGUAAAGAAACAACUACUGAGAAAUGGGUCAGGCACAACAAGACUCACAUCACAACUACAAUGUAUACAGUCACAGGGCUGGUUCCAGAUGCUGAAUAUCAGUUCCGUAUUGUAGCCCAAAAUGACAUCGGUGAGGGUGAACCCAGCCCUGCUUCUGAACCAGUUGUGUGCAAGGAUCCAUUUGACAAACCAAGCCAGCCUGGAGAAAUUGAGAUCACGUCCAUAUCUAAGGAUAGCAUUACUUUAGAAUGGGAGCGCCCUGAAUGCGAUGGUGGUAAAGAAAUCAUCGGAUACUGGAUUGAAUAUCGCCAGUCUGGAGAGUCUACCUGGAAAAAGUGCAAUAAAGAACGUAACAAAGACAGGCAGUUUAUCAUGGGAGGCUUACUGGAAGCUACAGAAUAUGAAUUCAGAGUUUUUGCAGAAAAUGAGACUGGACUCAGCAGACCUCGUAGAACAGCUAUGGCAGUAAAGACAAAACUGACAUCUGGAGAGGCACCAGGAGUAAGACAAGAAAUGAAGGAUGUUACUACUAAUCUGGGUGAAUCGGCUCAGUUAUCAUGCCAGAUCCUUGGGAGACCUCUCCCUGAUAUUAAAUGGUAUCGUUUCGGCAAAGAAUUGGUACAGAGCAGAAAAUACAAGAUGUCAUCAGAUGGGCGCACUCACACACUGACGGUGCUCACAGAAGAGCAGGAAGACGAAGGAGUUUAUACUUGCAAGGCUAUCAAUGAAGUUGGAGAGGUUGAAAGUAGUGGCAAGCUACUCUUACAAGCUCCUCCACAAUUUCACCCAGGCUUUCCAUUGAAAGAGAAAUAUUGUGCAGGUGUAGGAUCCACACUUCGCCUCCAUGUUGUAUACAUUGGUCGUCCAGUGCCUGCUAUCACUUGGUUCCAUGGCAAGAAACUAUUGAAGAGCUCAGAAAACAUUACUAUUGAGAACACAGAGCAUUAUACUCACCUUUCCAUUAAAAACGUACAGCAUAAAGCCCACGCAGGACACUACAAAGUACAACUCAGUAACACGUUUGGAACUGUUGAUACUGUACUAAACGUGGAAAUACAAGAUAAACCAGAUAUGCCAGCAGGGCCAAUUGUUAUAGAAGCUUUGCUGAAGAACUCUGCGGUCAUCAGCUGGAAGCCACCUGAAGAUGAUGGAGGUGCUCUAGUAACAAAUUAUGUUGUAGAGAAAAGAGAAGCAAAAGAAGGCACAGAGUGGCAGCUGGUUUCUUCAAGCAUUUCUGGCACAACCUGCAGAAUUGUUAACCUAACUGAAAACGCAGGCUAUUAUUUCCGUGUCUUUGCUCAGAAUGCAUUCGGCAUCAGCGAAGCAUUAGAAGUUUCAUCUGUUGUUAUUAUCAAGACUCCAUUUGAAAAGCCAGGCCAACCAAGUCAGCCAGUUGUAUCUGCUGUGACAAGUGAAUCCUGUGUUGUUUCUUGGAGGCCACCUGCUAGCGAUGGAGGCUCAAAGAUCAGAAAUUACUUCCUGGAGAAACGUGAAAAGAAACAAAACAAAUGGAUUGCUGUAACCACAGAAGAAAUACGCGAAACCGUCUAUUCUGUCACAGGUCUUAUUGAAGGCCUGGAGUAUGAAUUCCGUGUAAAAUGUGAAAAUCUUGGCGGUGAAAGCGAAUGGAGCGAAAUUUCACAACCAAUCACUCCCAAAUCUGAUGUAGCAAUUCAGGCACCGCAUUUCAAGGAAGAAAUCAGAAACCUAAAUGUGAAAUUCAGAGGUCAUGCCACAUUUGUUUGCAAAGUCACUGGUCACCCGAAGCCUGUUGUAAAAUGGUUCAAACAGGGCAAAGAGAUUUUGCCAGAUGGUGAAAAGGUGAAGGUACAAGAAUUUAAGGGCGGCUAUUACCAACUGGUAAUUACAGAUGUAACAGAUGAUGAUGCCACUGUAUAUCAAGUGAGGGCAACCAACCAGGGAGGAUCCGUUUCUGGAACUGCUUCCUUGGAUGUUGAAGUUCCUGCUAAGAUCCACUUGCCUAAAAAUCUUGAAGGUAUGGGAGCCGUUCACGCUCUCCGCGGUGAAGUCAUCAGCAUCAAAAUCCCAUUCAGUGGCAAGCCUGAUCCAGUGAUCACAUGGCAGAAAGGGCAAGAUCUUAUCGAUACUAAUGGACACUACCAAGUUAUCGUGACACGGUCAUUCACAUCUCUUGUUUUCCCUAAUGGUGUGGACAGGAAAGAUGCAGGCUUCUACAUUGUCUGUGCUAAAAACAGAUUUGGCAUUGAUCAGAAAACAGUUGAAUUAGAUGUUGCUGAUGUUCCUGAUCCCCCAAGAGGACUGAAAGCAAGCGAGGUUUCAAGGGACUCGGUCAACCUGACAUGGAAUGCUCCAGCAAAUGAUGGCGGAAGCCGAGUCACACACUAUACUGUUGAGAAACGCGCUACCACAUCUGAGAGAUGGAUUCGUGUUGGCCAGGCUCGUGACACUCGAUACACUGUGAUCAACCUAUUUGGCAAGACAAGCUAUGUAUUCCGUGUUAUAGCAGAGAAUAAAUUUGGACAAAGCCAGCCUUCUGAACCUACAGAUUCUGUAAUAACAAAGGAAGAUAAGACCAGAACAGUCAAUUAUGACGAAGAAGUUGAUGAGGCCAGAGAAGUCACUACAGCAAAAGCAGCUCACUCUAAUACGAAAGAACUCUAUGACAGAUAUAUGAUUGCUGAAGAACUUGGGCGGGGACAAUUUGGAAUUGCCCACAGGUGUGUUGAGAUAGUUUCAAAGAAGACUUACCUGGCCAAGUUUGUCAAAGUAAAAGGUGCUGAUCAAGUGCUCGUAAAGAAAGAAAUCUCCAUCCUCAACAUUGCCAGGCAUAGAAAUAUCUUACAGCUUCAUGAAUCAUUUGAAAGCCUGGAAGAACUUAUCAUGAUCUCUGAGUUCAUAUCUGGAGUUGACAUCUUUGAAAGACUUAAUACUCCUGCAUUUGAACUUAAUGAAAGAGAAAUUAUAAGCUAUGUACGUCAAGUAUGUGAAGCACUUGAAUUCCUGCACAGUCAUAGCAUUGGGCACUUUGAUAUCAGGCCAGAGAACAUCAUCUAUUUCACAAGAAGAAGCUCUAUAGUUAAAAUCAUUGAAUUUGGUCAGGCAAGGCAGCUGAAACCUGGUGAUAAUUUCAGACUCCAGUUUACUUCUCCUGAAUAUUAUGCGCCUGAAGUCCAUCAGCAUGAUAUGGUCAACACAGCCACAGAUAUGUGGUCACUUGGAACCCUAGUGUAUGUACUUCUAAGCGGCCUGAAUCCUUUCAUUGCUGAAACAAACCAACAAACAAUUGAAAACAUCAUAAGUGCUGAAUACAAUUUUGAUGAAGAAGCCUUCAAAGAUAUCAGUAUUGAGGCCUUGGACUUUGUUGACCGCCUGCUAGUAAAAGAAAGGAGAGCUCGUAUGACUGCUACUGAAGCCCUUGAACAUGCUUGGCUGAAGCAAAGGACAGAGAAAACAAGCACCAAAGUUAUCAAAACACUGAGACACAGACGUUAUUAUCAAACACUGGUGAAGAAGGAAUGGAACACAGUUGUGUCAGCGGCCCGUGUUGCAUGGGGUGGUGCAGUCAGAUCUCAGAAGGCUGUUACAGUUGCUAAAGUUAAAGUGGCAUCAAUUGACAUUGGACCCAUUACUGGGCAGAUAAUGCAUGCUGUUGGAGAAGAAGGCGGGCAUGCCAAGUAUGUCUGCAAGAUUGAAAACUAUGAUUCAUCCACAGAAGUAACCUGGUACUUUGGAGUCAGACAAUUGGAGAACAGUGAAAAACAUGAGAUCAGCUACCAUGAAGGAGUGGCCACAAUGUAUGUCAAGGACAUUGCUAAAUCAGAUGACGGUACCUACAGGUGCAAAGUUACAAAUGACUAUGGUGAAGACAGUUCCUACGCAGAACUAUUUGUUAAAGGUGUGAGAGAAGUUUCUGACUUUUACAGACGCAGAACUGUCAGGAGAGUGAAGCGCCGAGUAGAUACAUUGAGACUUUUGGAGAAGCCACCAGAAUUUACACUGCCUUUGUACAACCGUACUGCCUACGUUGGUGAAAAUGUCAGGUUUGGAGUAACAAUAACAGUUCACCCGGAACCUCGUGUAACGUGGUUCAGAUCAGGUCAGAAGAUCAAGCCAGGAGAUGAUGACAGGAAGUAUACCUUUGAAACUGAUAAGGGUCUUUAUCAGCUUCUUAUCCAUAAUGUCAAUGAAGAUGAUGAUGCUGAAUAUACUGUGCUGGCUCGCAACAAAUAUGGCGAGGACAGCUGCAAAGCUAAGUUAACCGUUGUUCAGCAUGCUCCUCCAGAGGCUACCACGAUGAGACCCAUGUUCAAAAGACUACUGGCAAAUGCAGAAUGCCAAGAAGGCCAGAGUAUCUGCUUUGAGAUAAGAGUAUCUGGAAUACCAAAACCAGCUCUAAAAUGGGAAAAGGAUGGACAGCUCUUAUCAGCUAGUCCAAAUAUUGAAAUUGUACAUGAAGGAUUAGAUUACUAUGCUUUGCAUAUCAGGGAUACUUUACCAGAAGACAGUGGUUAUUACAGAGUUACUGCUACAAACAGUGCUGGAUCAACAAGUUGCCAGGCUUACUUGAAGGUAGAGCGCUCAAAAUAUAUCAAGCGCCAAUACAAGAGUGAAGAAGAGCGGCAAAAGCACGUACAGAAAAGCAUUGACAAGACAGUGAGAAUGGCAGAAAUCCUUUCUAGAACAGAAUCUGUCCCACUGACAGAUGUAGCACAGGAAGCUCUCAGACAAGCUGCUAUCCUGUAUAAACCAGCUGUAAGCACCAAGACUGUCAAAGGUGAAUUUGAACUUAAAAAGGAAGAAAUUAAAGAAGAAAAGAGACUCAGGAUGCCUUAUGAGAUCCCAGAGCCUCGCAGACGUGCAGCCGCUACUCUGGAAGAAGAUCAGAACAUCAAACUGUUUGUGCCUAUGUCAGACAUGAAGUGGUACAAGAAGCUGAGAGACCAAUAUGAAAUGCCAGGGAAACUUGAUAGAAUUGUUCAGAAGCGACCAAAGCGCAUUCGCCUUUCCAGAUGGGAACAGUUCUAUGUGAUGCCACUGCCACGCAUUACUGAUCAGUAUAAACCUAAGUGGCGCAUACCCAAAUUGUCACAAGAUGAUCUCGAGACUGUCAGGCCAGCACGCCGGCGUACACCAUCUCCUGAUUAUGAAUUUUAUUACCGACCAAGAAGACGAUCACUCAGUGACCUGUCAGAUGAAGAACUGCUGCUACCAGUUGAUGAUUAUUUAGCCAUGAAGAGAACUGAAGAAGAAAGACUGCGACUUGAAGAAGAACUGGAGUUGGGCUUUUCUGCAUCACCUCCAAGCAGAAGCCCUCCACGCUUUGAACUGUCUUCUCUCCAUUACACGGCAGCAGAUGCUCAUAUUGCCACAGAGGAAUCUAGGCAAAGAGAGCUGAGGUAUGGCACUUAUCACAUACCUUCUAAAGAAGAUACCGCUGCAUCUUAUGCACAGCUCCGGCAACGCCAUGACAGAGCAAUUUAUAGACCACCAAAACAAAAACAGAGAAUUAUGUCUGAGAAAGAGGAUGAAGAGCUGCUGCGACCAGUAAAAACAACCCGCCGGCUUGCUGAAUACAAGAGUGAGCUUGAGUAUAUGUCACAAGAAGAAAAGAGCCGACUGAGAAGAAGGAGAGAGAGAGAAAUAACUGAGGUCAGAUCAGAAGAGGAAGAGGAAGAAAUAGAAAUGGUGAGGCACGUUCACAGGGAAUUUUCCCCUCCCUCAAGAUUACUAGGAAGAAGGCGCUCUCUUUCUCCAACUUACAUUGAAUUAAUGCGUCCUGUGUCUGAAUUAAUUCGACCCCGAUCACACCCUGUGGAAGAAACGGAGAGAAGAUCUCCUACCCCAGAGAGAACACGGCCACGCUCACCAAGCCCAGUGUCUAGUGAGAGAUCUCUCUCGCGAUUUGAAAGGACAGCAAGAUUUGAUAUAUUUUCCAGGUAUGAAUCCAUGAAAGCUGCUUUGAAAACCCAGAAAACAAUGGAACGGAAAUAUGAAGUUCUGACUCAAGAACCUUUCACGCUGGAUCAUGCCCCACGCAUAACUCUGAGAAUGCGCUCACAUCGUGUACCGUGUAACACCAACACCAGAUUCAUUUUGAAUGUCCAGUCCAAACCGACUGCUGAAGUGAAAUGGUAUCACAAUGGCGUUGAAAUUCAGGAAAGCCAUAAGAUUCAUUUCACUAAUACUAGUGGCGUAUUAACCUUGGAGAUUCUUGAUUGCCAUAUUGAUGAUAGUGGUACAUACCGUGCUGUGUGCACAAAUUAUAGAGGAGAAUGUUCUGACUAUGCAACAUUAGAUGUUACAGGAGGAGACUACACUACAUAUACCUCCCAGCGAAGAGAUGAGGAAGUACCAAGAUCUAUUGUACCAGACUUGACAAGGACUGCAGCAUAUGCAAUCUCCUCAUUUAAGAAAGUCUCUGAAACGGAAGCAAGUUCUUCAAUAAGAGCAAGCAAAUCAGAACUGACAGAAACCAGAGAAUCGCUAUCAUCAUAUGAGCACCAUGCUUCUGCUGAAAUGAGAGUCAGUGCUUCAGAGGAGAAAUCACUGGAAGAAAGAGCUGUUCAUCGGAAGUUUAAGACCACUCUGCCUGCAACAAUAUUAACAAAGCCACGGUCAAUCACUGUCUCUGAAGGGGAGACUGCAAGAUUUUCUUGUGACAUUGAUGGUGAACCAACACCAACUGUAACAUGGAUCCGUGCAAGUCAAGCUAUUGUUUCUUCUGGACGUUUCCAAGUAACACGUACGCAGUAUAAAUCUACCUUUGAAAUUUCAUCUGUCCAGACCUCAGAUGAAGGAAGUUACACUGUUGUGGUAGAAAAUUCUGAAGGAAGACAGGAAGCCCACUUUAGUUUGACUGUACAAAGGAAAAGGGUCCCAGAAAAAGCAAUUACAUCACCUCCAAGGGUCAAAUCUCCUGAGCCUCAUGUGAAGUCCCCAGACAGAGUAAAAUCUCCCAAGCGAGUAAAAUCCCCUGAACCAUCUCCUGCACACUCUAAAGCCAAGUCAACACCUGCAGGUAAAACAACACCAUCAGAGAAAGCAGACUUGCCUGUUGCUGCUCCCCCUAAGAUAAAACAACAGCUGAAAGUGGAAGCUUCUGGGGACAAAGCAAAAUUCUUCUGUUCAGUUGAAAGCAGUGUUUUGAGUGUCCAAGAAGUAGCCUGGUACAAAGAUGGCAAGAAACUAAAAGAGGAUGAUCAUUUCAAAUUGCAUUAUGCAGCUGACGGAACAUAUGAACUUAAAAUCCAUAACCUCAAGGAAUCUGAUCAAGGUGAAUAUACCUGUGAGAUUAUUGGGGAAGGUGGCGCCUCCAAAACCAACUUUCAGUUUGUUGGCCAAGCUUUUAAAAGUAUUCAUUCUCAGGUGUCAAGCUUAAGCAAAACUCAAAAAUCAGUUCAGAAAGAGUCUGAAAUACUUGAGGUAUCUGCCCAGAAAAAAUCUGCAAUGACUUCUCAAGAAAAGGCAGUGGUUGAAGAAGAAUAUGUUAAAAAGUCUCUUGUGUCUGAUGAAGCUAAAACAUCUUACACAGAAGUUAAAUCUACUACCACUAAAAUGACUGUGUCUGAAGGUCAAAAAUCUACCCUUAAAGCCAGUAUUGCUGGUGCUUCUAAUGUAAAAUGGUUACUGAAUGGAAUAGAGCUAACUAACUCUGAAGAUUAUAGAUAUGGUGUAUCAGGAAGUGAUCAUACUCUAACUAUCCAAAAAGUGACCCAGAAAGAUGAAGGAAUACUUACCUGUGAAGGAAAGACUGAACAGGGUAUCAUCAAAUGUCACUUUGAAAUGAGUCUUUCAAAAGAUCAAUCAAAUGCCCCAGCCUUUAUCAUACAACCGAAAUCUCAAAACAUCAAUGAAGGACAAGAUGUGUUGCUUACCUGUGAAGUUUCUGGAGAUCCUUCCCCUGAAAUCCACUGGUUUAAAGAUAACCAGCCAAUUGCUCUCUCAUCCAACAUCCGAGUAAAUCGCUCCAAGAAUGUUUAUUCUCUUGCAAUCCAAAAUGCUGCAGUGAGUGAUAGUGGAAAAUACACAGUCAAAGCGAAAAACUUCCAUGGGCAGUGUUCUGCAACAGCAUCUCUGACCGUCCUUCCUCUAAUUGAAGAACCUCCAAAAGAGGUAGUGUUGAGAACAAGUGGCGAUGCAAGCAUGCAGGAAAGUUUCUCUUCGCAGUCAUUUCAAAUGUCCGCUUCUAAACAAGAAGCUUCGUUCAGCAGUAGCAGCAGUAGCAGCAUGAGUGAGAUGAAAUUUGCAAGCAUGUCUGCCAAAAGCAUGUCCUCCAUGCAAGAAUCCUUUGUAGAGAUGAGUUCCAGCAGUAUAAUGGGGAAAUCUAGUCUGACCCAACUGGAGAGUUCUUCUAGUAGAAUGAUUAAAUCUGGUAUGAGAGGAAUACCACCCAAAAUUGAAGCUCUUCCAAACGAUAUCUCCAUUGAGGAAGGAAAGGUUCUCACCAUAUCCUGUGCCUUCACUGGUGAACCUACUCCUGACAUAACAUGGUCCUGCAAAGGGAAAAGCAUUUCUAGUCAAGGUGGUAGAUUCCACGUUGAAACCAGUGAAGACUUAACCACUCUUAUCAUCAUGGAUGUUCAAAAGGACGACGGGGGACUUUAUACACUGAAUUUAGGAAAUGAUUUUGGCACUGACUCUGCCACUGUGAAUAUUAACAUUCGAUCAAUUUAAAAGCUUGAUCUUUUUUAUUUUUUGGCACUUGACUUUUGGCAAGUGAUUCAUAUGGACUGAAAUAAUUGAUCUGUAAAUAUAUAUAAAAAAAAUAUUUUUGUACCUACCUGAACCAGACAAAGUCCAAGGAUAGACGCUAUGACUUAUAGUCAUUAUUAUUUGACUUUAAAACAAUUUUUCAUUUGACAUGUACAUACUGUAUAUAGCCGCAGAUAACGGUUAUGGAGCUUUGUACCAUUUAUUUUAUGACAUUUUAAAAUGUAACUUUUGGAACAAACCGUUGGUAGGAGAAAGUUUCUUAGGGAACGAAUACCCUGCUCAACAUUUAACUAAUUUUUGUGCCUCAACAAAAUGUUGAUGUCUAAGAAUGCCUCAACAGGUAGAGAGGCUCCCUGUUGAAGACUUAUUUUACCGACACCUAAGAGAUGAUGCUGUGCACGGUUUCAUUAUACGUGCACGAAUUUAUUUUGAAUCAGAGACAUAAGGCAUUGGUGAGGUUUGCAAAUACCCUCCUGUAAGCCACACUUUAAUAUCUUAUGUUACAUCUGAUCGACGUCAAAACUAUAUUUUGUUCAUGACUGACUCGCAAUACCUUGAACAAAGUGCAAGCGGCCAGCAUUUUGUUCAGCACCUAUCGUAUUGUUUCUGACACGCCGACUACCCAAAUAGCUUUCCAAUAAAGUAACAUCACCUGGCCAUCCCGUUAAAAAAAAAAGCCAUUUGGGUACUUGAGUGCAGAAACAGUACCAACUCUUGGAGGUUCCUAGGAUGCAGUGAUUGUGUGGUAGCAAUUAGGAUUUUGGCUAGAUACUGUCAACUGCAGGCAACUAAGAUUUGAACCACAGUUUAAGAAAAGCUAAAACUGUUGUUAUAACAUCACAUCUUGCCCUGAACUUAGAAAAAAAAAUGAAUUAGUUUUAUUUUAUGUAGUAGUAAGUUGUUCGGUUAGCUGUUUUGUUGAACCUCCUCGAGAUAGUAUUGUUCAUUUGAAAUAAAGCAUGCUACCUGCACCUCA